AUGGCGUCGAGCGGAGGCGAUGGGGAGCACGAAUGGACAGCAGCAGUCCGACCGCUUCUAUCAGCGUCGUACACCGCUUUUGAAACGAAAGAGCUACCUCAGCUUAUUGGAUCUAUAAUUAACAGGUAACUGGUCAAUCGUCAAUGCAUUUCGGGUCUCAUUUAACUUCUAAUGGGGUUGUGCCCACCGAGGAGUUAGCAGAAAAGCUAAAAUGCUACCUUAUCCUCGCCGGACAGUUUCGAUGGCGGUUAGCGGCUAGCUAAUAGGCCAACUGUUGGCUAACUUUGUCUUAAUGUAGAUACGAAUGUCAUUACUGUUCAUUCAAAGUGAUUGUAACAAGGUACAGCUAAAGACUAAUGGGUGUUGAUAUGUCUGUUGUUGUCAGUGCUGACUAAAUCGAAACAGAAAUUGUACCGUAACGUUGUGAAAAUUUGCUUCAUCAUUAGCUAGCUAACACAAACAUUAGCUAGCUUACAACUGGGCCUUCAAGAUGGAUUGGAAAACGUAACGCUAAAUUGGCCUGGCUUCUGUAGUUUUUGAUUACGUCAAUGGCAUGUUGUUCCAAUAUGUUUAGUUUUUAUACUUAACUUGUCCUACUCGGUCAAAGUUGUGCGUGACCACCCACCGUUUGGACAUUUAUUACCGUUGAAUGACAGAUUGCUAUAGGUUUUCUCUGAUAUGUCUGUGGUAGAGCUGGAAGUAGGCGGGGACUCUGGAUUAACCCAGGAGUCAUAUUUGAUGAGAUUGUUUGUAGUUACUUUGCCGCGGUUUCUAUCAUAACUCGUCAGUCGCUGUUAAAAUGGGUUAGGGUGGGCAAUUAUCUCUGCGGGUUUGUGUAGUGUUUUCUGGGAUCGUACAUUUUCUUGUAAAACUGGGCAACAUAAGUAAGUUUCUCGCUGUAAGCACAUAGUGCAUAAACACUGAGGUGACUUGACAACCAGCUCUAACACAGUUGCCAGGUUGUUACUUGACACUCCCGUUUCAUGGAGACAUCAGAGGAUCCCUCCUGACACUGAAGUGAAGAUCUUCCUCUGUUGUAUGAGAGUUUAAUUUUAUUGAGACUUUUUACCAGCUACAGCAGUCUCAAUUCCUCCAGGCCACUUAGUUUCAUUUUGUUAUGAUAGAUUUCUAAAUUGUAUGAAUAAAAUCCUAUUUGGGGGCCGAGAUAAAUAGCAGUAGAUGCAUUCUUAUUAUCAUAUAAAUUAAUAUUUUGAUUGUUUACUAGUUCUGCACUAUUUUGCCAGCAGAUGGGUAAUAAGAUUGGUGUAACAUGGAUUUAGGAGCGCUUUGUUUCUUUCACCUGAGUACUAAACAGAGUCUUUUCCAUUUGUAAUUAAAAAUUUUAAUAAUUUAUAACAGUUUUGAAUAACUUAAAACAGUGCAGGAUUUUGGUACACAUAUUGCACAAGACAUUAAAAAGUGACAUCUGUUCACAGAAAUAAAGAGAAAUCAAAGAGAAAGGAAAUAAUAACAAUAAUAUUAGAGAUGCACCGAUUAAUCGGCCGCCGAUUUAAAAAGCCGGUUUUAUAUCCAACCGGCCGGUCACUUUCGUAAUUUGCCGGUUUUCCCCGAGCAAACUGACCCGCAUGCGCGGUGCGUAUCAGCUCCGAGCAAAACUGCUAAAAAUUAGCAAGACUCAGGAGGAAAACAUGUCGGUGAUUUGACACUGUGUGCCAGAGCGACCAAAAACACGCUGUUUGUAAUGCUUGCAAGUCAAAAGUCAGCCGUGGAGGAUCAACGCCUAAGACAUUUGGAACAACAAACUUAAUACGCCACUUGGAAAAGAAGCACCCAGGCUUGUUUAGCAAAUAUAAGGAAUACACUGCCGCUAGGCCUGUCGCGAUAAUCAAUAAAUCGCCUUAUCGCUCGAUAAAUAAAAACGAGGUCGAUAACUUUGCCAGCCUCGAUAAUUGACGUGCGUUUGUUUUCCUCCUCUCUCGCUACCAAACACGCUGGAUGAGAGAAGAGGUCUCACUCUGCGCAUUGUUCUCGGCACCUGGGGGCGUUGGCCGGAAUCCGGAAGAUUUUUGUGGAGCGUGCCGGGCAGUUUUGGGGUUAACUUGUAUGGUGGGUAUGAGCUACUUAUGAGAGUAUUUGUAUUUAGAUUGCUCAUCUGAAUAGUAAUAAGUGAAGCUGCACACUUUUUUGUUUUGUUUUAACAUAACAAAUGGUAAUAAAAAAAUAAUAGGUACAAUUUGCCCUGAACUUAAUUAGUUCUAAUAUUAAUGUUAAAGUCCUCAUAUGUUUUACAUGCUCUCCCGUAUGAGGCUCUCUGAACAUCCAUGAGUGCAUUACAGCACCCUUUUAUCUGAGGCUGCCCUGAACGCAUCACUCUGAGACAGUGCAAGACUUUCAAUGUUUGUUUCCAUUUCACUAAAGUGUUAAUUUUGCAGCGAACACUGCUUAAAUAUAGUUUACAGUUUAAACUAACCCGAAUCAUCCCAAAUUGUCAAGUAAAAGUAUCACUUCUGUGUCUGUGAGGCUCAGCAGAAACACAGGACAAUCUUCGGUUGUCUGGAAAACUGGCAGCUUUGGACAAACAUAGUGAUCCGAUUCGUGAAUGAAUGUGGACCAUGCAAACUACGGGAGAUUCCCGGGAGAAAUGACAAUACGGGAGGUGGGUGGGAAAUAGGUCUGAAAUAUGGGAGAGUCCCGGGAAAACAGAAGUGUUGGCAGGUACGGACAGAUGAUAGGUUGACCAUAUUCUGAAGCCCCCAAAAGAGGACACGACUUUGGGGGGCGGAAAUUCCAAGGGUGUUUUUGUGUUGGGUCGAGUGUUUUUAUGCACUUCUCACUCAGACAGUGCAUGUGUGUGUUGCGUCAGUGGCUUUGCUUAGAAGUGAGCAGAGGGGCAGAGCUGUAGAGAGCACUGAUGCACUGCCCAGUUUUGUGAUGAAAGACAACCCCCCAAAAGAGGACAUGUCCGGGUAGAAGAGGACGUAUGGUCAACCUGUGCGUACCUUCAGUGCCGUGCUGAGACAGAGCAGCAGCGGCUGACAACCGGCAGAAAGCAUCGAAUACCAUGAUACCGUGAUACCGUCCCCCUUUGACAAGUGUUUAAGCAUGUUGCUGGUGUUUCCACCUUUGCAUGUUAUCACUGCUCAACAAAUGUUGCACUGUUGUCAUCUUUCUUCCUAAAAUUAAGCCACACUUUAGAUUGUUUCUGCCUACUUUUUGUACCCACCUUCUAGGGCUGGGCGAUAUGAACCUAAACUCAUAUCCAGAUAUAUUUAGGCUGAAUAUCGAUAUACGAUAUAUAUCCUGAUAUUGUUAUCGCCAAGUGAGAGCAAAUGCCAAAGAUGACAUGUCAAAAGUAGUUCUAUUUAAACUAGCUGGAUGAAAUUAUGCUCAGCUGUUCAAAGAACAAUAAAAUGUAAACAUAAAUACUGUAUGACCACAGGAGUACCUUUUUUUUUAGUUGGAGCUCCAUAGGGUACACAUUUAAAUGAAAAAUAUAUCUUAAAUAAAAAUAGCCCAUGAAGUAAAAUAGGCCAAUCUUUUUCUGAAAUAAAUUUAUUUAUAUGAGAAAAGCAUCAACAUUUUGACAACUAUAAAUAACAUGUUAAAAUCAAAUAGCAGAUUUUCUUCUUCUCUCUAACAAAUCCACAGAUGUAAACAUGAACACUACAAAAUAAUUAAAUAUGACAAACCCUAGUAAGGGCAGCACUUACAUCUUUAAAGACAGAACAAAAUAAAGUGCUCAGUUUAAGAAAAUAGUUUUUAAAAAUCAUUUUGAGAUUACCUAUCUGUCUUUCUUAUCUUCCUAACAGUCUCAACCAGUUGCACAAGACUAUGACAGAUUAUGAACUCAGGAAAUAUUUCCCCCUUUCUUAUUUACUGUGAUAAACAGUUACUGCUGUCUUCAGAUUGACACAAGAGGACAGACAAGUGUGUCCCUCUUUAUUUAACCCAUUAAGACCUGAACCCUGUCUGAGAUACGCCUCUGAAAUCCUGAGGGCAAUUCUGAGAAGGGCUCCCAGAUCCUGAGGUUUUUUCAAGUGUUGAGGUUUACAAAAAAGCUGAUAUCUCGGCCUCUGUAGCAGAUAGAAACAAAAUUCAAAAUGUAUUUGAGAGCUCACACGUGUGGCUUUAAAGAUAACUAUCCCUUAUUUUUCGGAACCUUAAUCACAUUAUUGAAAACCUUGAACAAACAAGCUCAAAUGAAGUCAAGCGGCUUUAAAUAAAAGUAAAGGCUCUGCAAUGGAGAGUAACAAAUAAUUUGCUUUCUGUAAAACAAGUGGCAGUCAUGAUAAAGUGUCCAUCCAGCGUUGAAAGGGUAUGCAGCUGCCCUCGUAUAGUGACAGUGUGUUCAUCUUUGUGCUCACCCAAAGACAUGCAACACUCACAGAAAACGCCGACAGUGAGAGCUAAAGCACUCAAUAUGAAGAGGUUGUUCGCCCUGCUGGAUGUUUCUCCUCCGAAGCUGCUCUCUCCCUCUGUCAUUGUUUACUUUCCUCAUGAAGCACGUAGCAAGAUCUGAGCAUGAAUCUGAUCGCUUUAUCAAGCUUUAUUAGCCUAUCAGAGGCAGACGGGUAUGAUGAUUUGAUUCACCAUGCCACAAUUCGCCAGAAAUGAUUGAAAAACUACAGAAUGUUACGAAAUGAUGUAUCUGCACUCCCGGCUCAAAGGGCAGAAAUACGCAGUGGCGCUGCCAGUGUUGGGCCGUAGAAUGCACCCCUGAUGGGAGCGCGGUUGAAAGUACAUAAUGAGGCGAAAUAAUCCAGGUUUUCCUUACCAUUGGGUGGAUUCAAAAGCGUGUGCCUUAAAUGAUUUCAUUCAGAGUAUUCAGAUAAGCCAAAAACAAUAGUCCUCUGAUACGAAAUAUUUGCUGUCCCGAAAAUAUAAUGUUCUCUACCUUGACAGCUUACUGUACAGUUUAUUUGCCCAAGUACACCUCUAUAUGUGCAUUUUUGAGAGACAUAAAAACAGAACAAAUGUUUGCUGCUCCAUUUGACAUGUUGUCAUGAUCCAAUACUCAUGUUUUUUAAAAUAUCAGAUCAUAUCUCUUCCACUUUAAGAAGCUAAUGAGCGGAUGGGAUGCAUUCUUCGACAGGGGUGCAUUCUAUGGCACAACACCGGCUCAGAAGGUUGAAAUGCGACAAGCUUCUCCUGGCUUGAAGGGUUGAAAUACCUACAUGCACCCGGCUUUCCGAGUAGAAAUGAGCAGCCUUGCUCCUGGCUUGGAAGGUUGAAAUGCGGACAUGCUGUCCCGGUUUAAAUGGGUUAAAGAUUUUGUGCGAGGAACACCAGCCUGUCAACAACAGCAUCUGAUAUCUGUAUAUCCGUAUAUGCGAUAUGGUCCAAUUCCAUAUCUCAUUUAAAAAUAUAUCGAUAUUAGGGAUGUCCGAUAAUAUCUGCCGACCGAUAAUAUCGGCCCGAUAUUGGCACAUUUAUGUAAUAUCUGUUCAUAUCGGCAUCGGGUUUUGGCCCGAUAAUAAAAACCGAUCAUUGAAAGCCCGGGUUGUGCCUGUCCUUAAAUGCUUGUGAGGUUCUGAGACUGGUGCGGCGCGCUUGAUGACCUCAUCAAGCCGUGCCAUCAGCGGCUACAACAGCAUGCGACUAGUGGAUAACGAACCUGCUCGCUCGUCGCUCGAAAAUGUCUGGGGUCUGGAAGUUUUACCGGCAGAUAAAAGAUAUGCUGUUUGUAAAAACUGCAAGGCACUUGUCAUGUAAGGGGGGAAUAAGACUUUGUCUUACAACACUCACAUCAGAAACAAGCACCCCUAGGCACACGAAGUGUUUGUGCAGUGAAUGAAAGAGGAAACCCAAGGAAAGGAGGAUGCUAUGAAAAAAACAACCCAACUCUCACUAAAAGAGUCAGCGGAAAGAAAAAAUAAAUACAGUAAGGAACACCCUAGACAAAAAGCUAUCACGCAGAAAAUUAUGCAGUGCAUUGCCCUGGACAACCAGCUUUUUUCAAUAGUGCAAGACAGGGUAUUCAGCGAACUAGUCGACUUCCUUGAAUCACGAUUUUCCAUGCCGACUCGAAAGUAUUCAUUGGAUGUUUGCCUCCCCAAAUUAUACAGUUCUGUUCAUGGACGAGUCUAGAAGCUAAUUUCAGAUGCUGUUGCAAUUAGCUUCACAACAGACAUUUGGUCUUCCAGCGUUAGCCAGGUCAGUAUGCUGUGCUUAACUGCACAAUGGUUAGAUGCAGACUUUGCUCUUAACAAGGCUGUGGUUCACUCUCAGGAGUGUCGUGGAUCUCACACAGCGCAGGCAACCGUGUGUGCUUUUGAAAAGAUGUUUGACAGGUGGAAAAUCCCAAAGGAAUGGGUGCAUGUAGUUGUGAGGGACAAUGCACGCAACAUGGCCAAAGCCACGACGGAGUUCGGUGUACCAAGCCUGCCCUGUAUGGCCAACACCCUGCAGCUGGCAGUGAACGGAGGUGCUCUGUCUCAGCGCAACAUAGCAGAUGCUCUGGCUAUGGGGAGGUGAGUGAUAGGUCAUUUUAAACACUCGCCACUUGCUUGCAGUCGUUUAGAAAACAUUCAAAAAGAACUCAACAUACCAGUGAAAAAGUUGCAACAGGAUGUGUCCACAAGGUGGAAUUCCACGUACUACAUGAUACAAAGCCUGGUGGAGCAGAAGAGGGCAUUGAAUGUGUAUGCCACUGAUUUUUAACUCCCUGCAACAUUAAAUGGAAGUCACUGGGGGAUUUUUGAGAAGAUGAUCAACCUUCUGGAGCCCUUUGAGCAGCUAACCAAAGACAUCAGCUCUGCAGAGGCAACUGCUGCAGAAGUCAUUCCUGCUGUGAUGUCCCUCAAACGACUGCUGGCCAGGGUAGAUGAAUCUGAAAACGGUGUGCAAACAGCCAAACGCAGCCUGCUGGAAGCUGUCUGCAGUCGCUUUAAUGGUGUGCAAGAUGAACCACUGUAUGCCAUUGCAACAAUGGUUGAUGCUGGAUAAAAAGAUUGUUACUUUAACUCUGAUAAGAGGGAAGAAGCACUUAACAUGUUGCUGAACGUUGUGGAUGAAAUGGCUGGAGGUGGUAGUGAGUCUGACCAUGAGGAGAAGGCUGCUGGUGCCAAUGGAAGUGACCCAAGCCAGAAGGAUGAGAGGCCACCACCAAAGAAGGCAAGAAAUGAAAGCCUGCAGGACAUGUACAAAGAAAUCCUCGCAGAGAAUGAUAACAUCAAACAAGCAGCUACUGGUGAAACAGCUUUGCAGGUUAGUAAAUAAUAAACAUAUGAACAAACUAUUUUCAUUCACUAAUUGUACGCAUAAAAUGAAAAUAAAAACACAUAGCUGUAAGUGCUCUGAAGAAAAACUAAUAAAAUUCCAUUUUUGUGUUUACUUUUUCUUUAGGUGCAUACAUUCUUGGGAGAGGUCACCAUCCUCAAGAAAGAAUGCCCUUUGAACUACUGGAAGAGCAGCCAGACCCGCUUUCCUGCUCUUGCCAAUGUUGCACGCAAGUACCUCACGGCACCCUGCACGAGUGUGUAGACAGCGAACGGCUGUUCAGUGCUGUCUCACAUGUCAUAGAUGAGAAGAGGAAUCAUAUACACUGUGACAAUGCUGAGAUGCUUAUUUUCAUUCAGAAAAAUCUACCUCUCACACAUCAGUACAAACCAGAAGUUGAGCAGUCCACACCAAACAAGCCAGCAUCGGUCUUUCAGCCUCAUUUGUUGCACUUUAAGAAAGGCUUAUGUUUACUUUUUUCAGUUUAAGCUGUUUUUAUUAUGUUGCCUUUUUUUACAUUUUUUACUCAUAUUAACAGGAGGGCCGAAUGAGCCCAGUUUCUAAUUUCAAUGAUUGUUCUAGCCAAGUGAUGGACAGUUACGUAGGCCCAUCUUUCAUUAUUUAGGCCUACUGGACUUUGACAAAUGGAGAACUUUCUUUACUAAUCUCAAAAGUCUGGACUGAACUUUGUGCCUUUUAUUGUUUUUAUUUUGCACACCACAUUAAUAAUGCAAGUUUUGCUUUUGUAAAUUCAAUGUAGCAAGUUGUCCUACACAAAACAUUAUUGGUCAACUGAAAGCUUUAAAAAGUGUGCGUGAUCCAAUCUGUAAGAAAAAGGAUGUUAAAAAAUAAACUUCAAAUAUGGCUAUAAGUUGAAGUAGUGUCUUAAUUUUGUAUGCAUCUAACAGAGCACCCUGAUAAAAGUAGUUAAUGUUUUAAUUUUACAACAGGAGAUAUAUAAUGUGACCUAAAUUAGUUUUGGGGGGAAAAAAAACUCUUACUGUAUAUCUGUAUCGGUUUAUAUCGGAAUCUGAAAUAAAGUGUUCAGACAAUAUCGGCACAUUGAAUAUCGGUAAAAAGUCAAUAUCGGACAUCCCUAAUCAAUAUAUUUUUUACAUCGAUAUAUCGCCCAGUCCUACCGCCUGCCAUGUUUUUGUCUCUCUCUCUGUUCCCGUUCGUGUAGACCACACUCGUGAGACCGUGAGAAGAUAAAAUGUAAACCAUGUCGAUGGAUUGAACCAUUCGAAACUGGUUCUCAACAAGAACCAGUUCUCGAUUCCCAUUCCUAGUAGGAAUUGUAUGAAUGUGUGCUGUGUAUAUUGAUAUCUAUUCAGCAAGACAAUCCCCUUGUUUUUUUUGCAGUGAAUCGGACAUCCUUCACCAUGAUAAACAGUAUGAGCCUUUCUACUCAUCAUUUGUGGCACUCUCUGCUCAUUACAUCACCACUGUAUGUGGACAGAGUAUGUAUCUUCUUUUUACUACUGCAAAAAAAUAAAAGAUUUUAAUGUUUUAAUGUUACAGGCUAUGUUUCUUACCACUAAAUAGUUUGUGCUCUUUAUUGGUAGUACCAAGAAAUCAGCUGUUGUCGGUUGCUGCAGCAUGCAAGGUAUUGAUUGAAUUCUCAUUGCUGCGCUUGGAGAAUCCAGAUGAGGCAUGUGCAGUGUCACAGGUACGAAAAAAAAUACACGUGGGCAGCUUGCAUUUCCUGAGCUUGCAUUCAACUGUUAUUUGUUGCUUUUGACUUUUAAGCAGAAGGACUUGAUAUCUGCCACAAACAUUAUGUUGCAUCAUUUUUUGUGUCAGCCAUUUGGUCUCAGUUCUGCAAUACUGCGUUUAACAUAUCUUUUUUUUUAUUUUUGAUAUACUGCGAAGAGUACUCAAGCUAAACUUUGACUGUUUUCUUUUUUCUUGUCAGAAACACCUGAUUCUUCUGAUAAAAGGACUUUGCACUGGUUGCAGCAGACUAGAUCGCACAGAAAUCAUAACUUUUACUGCUAUGAUGAAAUCUGCCAAGUUGCCUCAAACAGUGAAGACACUGUCAGAUGGUGGGUAUACCUUCAAAUAUGACCCAGAUAAAAAAAAUGUUUAACUUUUGCUGAUACAGACCUUCUACUUGAAGAAUUGUUCAUUCAUUUAAAAAAAAAAACCACAGUAUAUCUUGAAAAAGAAACAGUGUUCAUAGAGAAAUAAUGUUUUUGGUCUCCUGCAAGCAAAAAAAUCUGUAAAGCCUUGUUAUCAGUAAAUGUGCCAUGUGUCAUUGUACAUUACAGUGGAAGAUCAGAAGGAGUUGCCCAGUGCUGUGAAUCCAGAGCUUCGACAAAAAGAAGUACAAAUGAACUUCUUUAAUCAACUGACUUCAGUUUUUAACCCCGACCUUACCACCAUCUUGGCCUCCCCAUCAGCAGCACACUUGCAGGCAAGUGUAGCUUAUCAGUUGUGCAAUGGCUGACAGCCACAGUUGUCAAAGUUCUUGCUCAUCACUGCAUUUGUCAUAAUUCAACCUGUUUAAGUUACCAGACACAAACUAGCUGCUCAGUCAUUGAAUUUGAUUUAAAUGUUUUUGUUCUCCCUGAUGAUAGGCUGAAAGUGAUUGUGAUGACCAAACCACAGAUCAAGCCAUUCAGGCCAAAAUGAAAAAUGCCUUUGUCUCUCAGAAUGUGUCAAGCUUACAGGAACUAGGUAGGUACUUGUGGCUUUGUUGUAGUGACAUUGUUAGUUUACAAACACAAUCUUUUGUACUGACAGCCAUUGGACUGUUCUCUUCUUUUGUAAUUAGUAGAUAACCUGAGACUACAGACAAACAAACUUCCCUUUGCGGAUUAUUUUUAUUAUUAUGAUUAUGAUGAUGAUGAUUAUUAUUAUUAUCAUUAUUAUUAUUAUUAUUAUUACUAUUAUUAUUAUUAUCAUUUUUAGGACCUGAGCCGAUGCUGCAAGCAGCAGGCAAUAGCCCUAUUGAAAUUGCAGGAAUUAUUUAUAAUUAUUAUUAAUAUUAAUAAUAUGAUUUACUUUAAAACUUUUUCACCCUCUAGAAGGGCUCAAAAACCCCUGAAAUUUGGCAGGCGGGUUGGGCCCAGCUUAUAUUCACAUUCCCGUAUUUUACCGCGCCUCUUUAUAUACAAAAAAAAAGGCUUGCUUGCGCACCCUACAGUUUUCAUGCUUAGGGAGUUUCCUGUAUAACCCCCCGUACACUGGUUCCAGCCCCCCCUAGAUUUUAUUCAUUUGAUGAGGGUCGAGCACUGGACAAUUUGACACCAAACUUUUGUCUGUAUGUUGUAGAUACCUGAUGGCAGAGGGGAAUGUGUUUUGCGGUUAAUGGCCUGUAACUCCUUUAUUGAUGGGAUGCAGCUGAAAUUUGUUCUGGACAUACCUGAAGGGUACCAGAUAGGCUAUAAAAUCAGCACCUUUUUUCAAAGAACUGCACCUAAGAGGCACUAUGAAAUAUCUCAAAAAAAGAUAGCAAUCUGUGAUAUUGCUAUAGAUAUGCACAGCCACAUAAAGUUUGGUACACAGAUCAGGAGGGAAGUCCUCUUCAGGGCUCCAAUGUCAAAAUGGAGGUCCAACUAAAAAUGGCUCCAUAGUGCCCUACAAAAUUUCAAAAUGUUAUCCCCGCUCCUGUGUGUAACCUAGACCUAUGGAGUAAAGGACACUUAUGUUGGACCCCAAGAUGAACAAAAAGGGCUCCAAUAUCAAAAUGGAGAUCCAACUAAAAAUGGCUCCAUAGUGUCCCCUACAAAUUUUCAGAAUGUAACCCUUGCUCCUGACUGUGACCCAAACCUAUGUAAUCAGUGACACUUAUGUUGGACCCCAAGAUUAACAAAAAGGGGAGGCGGUCCACAGGGGUGGCCACAUGACAAAGUUUGGGCCCAUUGGUGCUCCGUGGGGCGCUAGUUGUUAUUAUUCUUACCAUCAAAUCUCCCCCAAGUGCAAAGUUUAUGAAUCUUGAUUAGAAUUUUUGCAGUGCUGUUUCAGCUCUAACUGAUACAUUGAACCAUCAAAUUGAACACAUAUACAGUUGCAGAGGCUUUUUCAAUUAGAAACAAAAGAGAAAGGAUUGUUGAAGUUAGCUUUCGGUUGUAUGUUCUUUUUCGAUAGUACAGUCAGUUGCAUUUUCAAAAUUCCUUGAGUAUUUUCAAUAUGGCGUGUUUACUUAGCAAUUCAGUAACUUGAAUUCUGCUUAAAAUUGGAUUUUCCCCCACAUUUCUAGGUGGGUCUGAGAAAUUGCUACGAGUGUGCCUCAACCUGCCCUACUUUCUACGCUACAUCAACCGUUUCCAGGAUGCUGUAUCAGCCAACUCUUUCUUUAUCAUGCCAGCCACAGUGGCUGAUGCCACUGCUGUUCGCAAUGGGUAUUUUUUCUUCUUUAUCUAUUUAAGUUUAAUUUUUAAUCUUGCACAGUAGCAGCAGAGUCUGUUUAAAUGUGAUACGCUUUAGAUGACCAGUAAACCCCCCCCCCACCACCACCACCAAGCAUUCAUAGCUCCAUUUUUAAAACCCAUAGGUUCCAUUCACUGGUGAUAGACGUGACCAUGGCUCUAGACACACUUUCUCUCCCUGUGCUGGAGCCCUUGACACCAGGGAGAUUACUGGAUAUGACUGUGCUGGCUUUGAGUUGUCUCUAUGCUGGUAGGUGACCACGUUGUUUGUGAAAUAAAGGUCAGAUGAUGUAAACUGCUUCGUAGGCUACAGUUGUUUUCUGUGUGCUGUUUAAAUCUAAAUGGGAAGAUUAAAAAACAAAAAAUGACCGUGUUGACCUCUUCAGGUGUAAGCGUGGCUACUUGCAUGGCCAUUCUGCAGGUAGGUAGUGGCUUGCAACUUCGCUCUGCCUCCACUGGGACUAAAGAGGAAGACUAUGAAAAUGAUGCGGCCACAAUUGUUCAGAAAUGUGUGAGUAGACCACAAAUAAAAAAGGGAUUGUUGGGGAUUUUGUAUGAAUGUAUGAUUUUGUUUGAACUAUACGUUCAUACUGUUUCAAUAAGUGUUCAACUUAACAAUACAUCAAAUGUACCAAAAAGAUCUUUCAUAAGCUAUCUCUAUAUAUCUAUCUUUCUGUCUGUCUGUCUGUCUGUCUAAUGACUGCCUUGUCUUUCUGCAUGCUUUGAUAAGAUACAGUUCAUUUUCAAAGGUAACAAGUGUAGUCUUUUUGUUGACAACAGUUGGAGAUCUACGAAAUGAUUGGACAGGCCAUCAGCAACUCGCGUAGAGCUGGAGGAGAGGUGAGUACCAUGUUUAAGUGCCUCUCGAUACACUUCUGUUCUUUCGAAGGCUACAUAUUCUGUGUUUUUUGGUGGGAAACAAGGUGUUCAUUUUACUUUUUUUGUGUUCUACAGCAUUAUCAGAACUUCCAGCUGCUUGGUGCCUGGUGCCUGUUAAACAGCCUGUACCUGAUUCUUAACCUGAGCCCAACUGCUCUGGCAGAUAAAGGGAAAGAGAAAGAUCCUUUGGCUGCUCUGCGUGUUCGGGAUAUUGCUGCUCGCACUAAGGAUGGCGCAGGAUCGCCUAAACUUGGUCCCGGCAAAGGGUAUUUUUUUUUUUACCCUUUAAUAUGUUUUUAAAAAGUAGCGUUGUUUUUGUUUUAGCAUUUUUCCUCACCCUGAUCUUUUAACAAGUCCUUGCAUAGAAUUAAUUCAGGGAGGAGGACAGUUGUUACAAAAACGAAAUCCCGACAUUGUAUCUUACAUCAUGCUCCAGAAAUACCAAACCAUUAAGGUUUGGUAUUUCUGGUAUACCAUGAGUUUUAUUUAUUAAAAUGACAAAUAUACACAGCACAAUUUCACUUAAUUGUUUCAAUGUCUUAAGAAACAAGCUAAUAUUUGAUACUUGGAGUUAUUUGUGUUAUAAUAACUUUUCCUUGUGUUAUUUUUCUGUCAAGACACCAAGGGUUUGGAGUUUUGUCUGUCAUCCUGGCCAACCAUGCCAUCAAAUUAUUGACUUCGCUUUUCCAGGAUCUGCAAGUCGAGGCUCUGCAUCGGGUAUUUGAAGCAACAAACAUUUGCUCUCUUUAACAUAAGAGAAAUUUCUGUUUUUUACAGCCAAUGCCUUUUACUACCUACCUGAGCAAUCCAUGUGUGUCAUAGCACCACAUCUCUCAUAUGACACUCAUUACAGCAUGCUAAAGCACACACAGCCCAUGAAAAUAGAGUUACAAAGAGUUCAUGCCAUUGUGCACAAUCCCGUGAUUUGGGGUCUUGCCUGUUCCCUCUGCAUUUUGUUUUCUGUCUUCAACAAAAAAUACAUUUCAGAUUUUGUUCUGAUAUAGAUUUGAUAAUGAAAUGACUCCAACCAUUCCAACAUUGAUGGCCACACUUAGUUUAGAUAAAUGUUGCAGCUUUGCAACUAGUGCUGCAAAAGAGAUACUGUGUGGAGACAUCACAGACAAGUAACAGGGUUGGGCAGUGUAACCUAAAAAGAGUUUCACUCUUGGCCAACAUGACAUCAUUUUGGUGAAGAGCUUUGUUAUCUUUUUGGUAAUUCUUGACAAAGACCCUCUGUACAGUGAGGGCUCAUAACAGCUGUAAUAUGAAAAGUAUGUUAGUAGGGGUGUGCCUUUUGUGCUGACAAAGUAUAUCAUCACUUUGGUUAAUCAGCACCAGAAAUACUGGUUGGUUAAACAACUUAUUAAUUUUUGACUGAUGUAGGCCUGAAAUGCUGGCCAAAUGUUGUUUCUGAGCCCUAUCUAAUGGUGACGGCAGUAAGGCAGUAAUAUUCUACUGUUCAGAUGGAAAUGGGCACAUGGCAAUCUGGGAAAUGAUGAUAAAGAAGGAUAUCCGCCAGGUCUCUUUAACUACAUCAGAAUAUUGUGUAAUAAGCAUGGGCUUGUGGACAACAAACCUGCGGGUAGAUAAAAAGCUUUAUCUAGUUCUGCUAAUAUUAUACACACUCAUCAAACCAGUUUGACAUUAUUUACCAUGCAGACGGUGUGAGCCUGUGUUAAGCUGUGUUCAAGAAAUUGUGCUUAGUUUACGUGUGCCUUUCUUUUAGACUAGUCAGCUAUUUAAAUUUAAAAUUUACCUUCAAGCAAGUAAAAAGAUUAGUUGCUUCAUAGCAAACCUUUGUAUAAUAGCAUGUAACAUGUAGCUCGAACCCCAUGACUACUGCCUAUCAGCGAUGCUGUCUGUGACCACUAUUCUGUAUAACCUUAGUUUUUGCUUGUAACUUGUUUCAUGUCGCUUCCUUUAAGUACCUGAACAAAAAAAACAAAAACAAAUUUUGCAAGAAAGCAAGUACAGCUCAUCUGCUAUACCCAAGCUUUACUUUGGAGGACUCUUUGAGGCGAUAGAAUAACAAAAGAAUUUAAUGUUAAAUUAUUUGUUUUGUUUUAUAAAAGUUAAAUAAAUACUUAGAUUUUUAUGUUCUAACCAUCCAGAAAAAUGGUUAGAACAUAAAAACCUUGAAAGCCAUGUUUUAUGACUCCCGUCUUUUCUUGUAGGGUUGGGCAAGUGAUGGGCCACCAGCAGAGCUCAACAUCAUGGCACAAAGCACUUCCAUCCAGAGAGUUCAAAGACUUAUUGACUCUGUACCCCUGACAAAUCUCCUCUUCACCCUUCUAUCCACCUCCUACAAAAAGGUACUUUAAAGUUGUCCUUACAAACCUUUGAUGCGUGAUACAGCUAAUGUUGUAUUAUUCUUGCAUCUUUGAAAAAGUUUAAGAGACUGAGAGGGUUUCAUUAAGAAUUCAUACUGUAUUCCAGUUCAGUCUGGCACAGCAGGAAAGUUGACUUUAAUUACUAAGACAUGUACAACAAAUGAUACACCCAAGACAAAACAGACUAUGUUAAUACUCUGGAAGACAUAUUGGGGAAAAAAUUUUGACUGCAACUUUUUUAUACUCAGCUGUCAUUUAUUAAGUAGACAACUUAGUGAUACCAAACAAAAUCCAAAGCCUGAGAUAUUUGAUCAUCAUCACAGCACUUUGUGCUUUUGCUCUUACCAGGCAUGUGUUCUCCAACGCCAGAGGAAGGGCUCAGUCAGCAGCGAUGCCAGUGCGUCUACAGAUUCAAACACCUACUAUGAGGAUGAUUUCAGCAGCACAGAGGAAGAUAGCAGCCAAGGUAUCUUGUCUCUCUUUAUAUGAGCAAUUUCAUCAUAAUGUCAGAAAGCCUAUUUCAUGUUAGAGAAUACCCUCACAUGGCAGCUUUAGGUUCCUAAAUUGGCAUAUACUGUAUGAAACAGGACAAAUACAAAUAAAUGUAAAUAAAAUCUGAAAUAAAUAGCAAAACAACAGUUUCAGACAAAUUAAUAUUGGAGUGUUAAUUUACUAUUUUAUUAGGUGGAUUUGACAAUACAAGGACAGUGUAAUCAUCUGGAGAUAUUUCAUUAUCAAAUUUAUCUCAGUUACCUUUUAGGGAUGCCUGAUAAAUGACUGGUCAGGAUGUGAUCAUUCAUAAAUAGUUAUUAAUAAAUAAGACUAUUAGGUUAUUGUGAUUAGUAGUGGUGCAACGGAUCAUCAUUGAUCCGUGAUCCAUUCGGGUCGACGUCAUCGGUUCGGCACACACGUUAACCGCGGUUCGAUUUCUGAAAAAAAAAAUUUGGCUUCCCUGUCAACUAUGAUGAGGAAGGAAAGAGGUCAGUGGACAAAACUGCGAAGGUGUGUAGGCACUGUGGCAUAAGAAAGCCAUAUGACAGUGGAAACACAUCGAGCAUGUUCACGCAUUUGAAAGCGACAUCACCUGGGUGUUUUAAUGACAGGUGUUGUGCCGUAGACUGCAACCCUGCCGUAGAACGCACCCCUGCAUCCCCUCCACUCGUUAGCUUCUUAAAGUGGAGAUAAUGAUCUCAUAUUUAAAGAAACACGAGUAUUAGAUCAUGACAACAUGUCAAAUGGAGCAGCAAACUUUCAUUUUCUUUUUAUGUGUCUCAAAAAUGCAAAUAUAGAGGUGUACUUGGGUAUAAACUGUACAGAAAGCUGUCCAGGUAGAGAGCAUUAUAUUUUCGGGACAGCAAUAUUCCAAGGGCUGUUGUUUUUGGCUUCUUUGAAUAGCCUGAAUGAAAUUAUUACAGGCAAACGCUUUUGAAUCCAUCCAAUGUAAGAAAAACUUGGAUUAUUUCGCCUCGUUAUGUACUUUAAACCGCGCUCCCGUCAGGGGGUGCAUUCUACGGCAGGGGUGCAUUCUAUGUCACAACACCUGAGAUAAAACGAAAGCUGGCCAGCAACCACUCAUCACCGCAGCAUUUAAGCAGCCUCUUCCUGCGCAAUCCGACCGGGUUAAAGCUAUCACAAACGCUAUCGGUGUGUUUAUAGCUACAGACAUGAGGCCAUAUUCAGUUGUGCAAACGAGGGCUUUAAAAACAUGCUGAAAGUGCUUGAGCCACGUUACAAUAUCCCACCGCGCACAUACUUCAUUUUUGGUUCAUUGUUACAUUUUAAAGGAAGGAGAUAUGCCUAUAUAUUGCACUUUAAGUUGUUUUUCAUUAAUAAUUAUGUUGAAAAGAAGAUAUUAUGCCGUAUGCACUACUUUUAUAUAUUUUAAUUCAACCAUUUAAGUGUUUAAUAUACAGACAAAACUGCUUUUUGCUGAUCCGAAAAAUGAUCCGAUCCGUGACUCUUGAUCCGAGGAACGAUCCGAUCCAUGAGUGUUGUGAUCCGUUGCACCACUAAUAUAUGUGUGUGUAUAUAUAUAUAUAUAUAUAUCUAAAAUCAUGACUGAUGGCUCUGUGUGACCUACUAGAGAAAGUAAGACCUUCCUAUGAUUUACUUAUUUUACUUAAUUUUAAUCUUUAUCACUGUGGAAAAGGGGUUUUAUAACAAUGUCAAGCAAUUAUCUCUUAUGGUCCUGAAAUUCUGUAUCAGAGCAUCCCUAAAAGUUCAUUUAGCAGAAACAGUUUGAAACCAUAACAUGGAUUUAUACCAGAAGGUAAACACACAAUUGUUUUCAGUGCUUAAAUAAGUGAAAAACCAAGUCAAUAUUCCAAAAGUUAUAUGUGCUGUCUUUAAAGUCCCACUCCGAUCGAUUUUUUUACUGUUUGUGUUCUCAGUGGUCAUUAAAUUGUGACGAUGAAGAUUUUAGCCAAAAUCACAUUACCUGUGUCAUUUUCAAGGGCUUUUUUUCUGCAGAGCUUCAGUUGCAUAUCAGCAAUUGGCCUCUGAGUCGUGGGUAGAGACAGUGCUGCUCUGCACACUCCUCUUCACGCUAGCUUGUAGCCUAACAUUUUUGCUGCCGCAGAAGUAGCAGGUAAUAUAGAAGCUAUUUAGCUCUCCGAUACUAAUUUCUUUUGAAAGCGAAUAUCACAAUCAGCUUUCUUAUGAGCAUUGCAGUCUGCUACCGCACACAUUUGUUCCGCAAUCGCCCUCUUAACUUCUUGGGAUCUGGCCUGCAGAGUGGGGCACCAGGAGCAGAGCUUGGAUUUGUGACAUGGAAAAUCCCACUGUGUCUGAACCAGCCGUUUGGGUCUGCCAGAGGUUCACAGCAAUUUGAAAGCAGAGAUACUCAGAAAUGCAAUUUUGCACUUAGUUUUCUCAUAUGUCCUCUAGCAUCAGGAAAAUGCUUAAAAUGCAAACAUAUAGACAAAAAGAAAAACAUGAUUUUCAUCGGAGUGGGUCUUUAAGGUAUGCCUCAGAUUUCUGUCUAGGUGAUAGGUGCUGAAAGCAAAGUCAUGUUUGUGUUUGAGCUAGUGUCAGUGCUGAGCUGCAUCAGUGAUACAGUAAAACAGGUGUGCUGUCAGUGGAUCAGUCAGUCAGGUUUUGGCAGCAGUGAAAAUGGUAAACACAUGCACGCUCACACAGUAUUGUUUAAGUUAAAUUUUUGUCCCUUCAUCACACAAUGACAGUGUAGUUGACAGUGUCUACUAUUUCAGCAGAGAGAAGACAGGAGAAGACAAGCGCAGCUUGUGUCUCAGGUCAGCUGUUUUCUAUCCUCAGGUCAAAGAAUUGGUGUCCUCUUCACUGUCCUAGAUUCAUUUUGUUAUUGUAUGUCUCACAAUUUAGGCUCUGAGCUGUGGCCCUAUAGCCUAGAAUAUGGCAGAGCCACAGAUGUAGAGGCUUUGGCAAACCAUCUCAAAAUAUGAAAUUGGCUUAACCCUUGGUUCCUUUUAAUUUUAAGCUUCGUUUGGCCUCGUUUAUCCCAAAAAUGGACAUGCAGAUAAGUGUUAAUAAAAUAAUCUUUUUCAAUAUUUUUUUUUAUUUUAAUCCAAUUUCAGCUCUAACCUCAAAAGGAAAAAAAAAAAGAUGUCACACCCUUUUAUUUUUUUUACUUAUUUUGACUCAGAUCUCUUUAACAACUUCAGCUCUAACAAGUAAAAAAAUAUAUAUAUAUAUAUAUAUAUGUAUAAAAAAUUGCAUGUGUCACCCUUUUUAUAACAGUUAUUGUGCGCCAUAACUACUAGGACUAGGAUUCAAUGAGAAAGCGUUCAUUCCAAACCAGCUGAGACUAUCGGAGUGGAAAAACCCGUCAGUUAAAGUUGGGGUAGGCAGAAAUCCGUUAAAGACGCAUCUUUUCUGUGGUGUAUAUACAAAACAGCUUUUAAUAUCAGUCAAUAGCUAUUAGUUAUUGAUGACCUUUGGAAAUAUAAUGAUAUCACUGUGUUUUAUUAUGUCUGUGUAGUCAACAUUUUAAAAUUUUUGAGCGGCCCGCUCUUUCUGAGGCAGAUGCUGCUCCUUAGUGCUGAUUGGUUGUGAGGCAGACGCUGCUCCCCCGCGUUGUUCAUGAGUCGUUAGCGUGCUACAGUAUCGGACAGUAGAAACCAACCAGAAAGUACAGACAAUUGUCUGAAUCCUCCUUUGACCACAGCUGCUGACACAAGCAAGAAAAUGAAGUAAAUACCAGAUACAAGCCGCUUUAACAAAGUAAGCCAAGUGUCUGUUACAGAGGAGUUUCUUGUCAAACGGGACCUGCUGGGUGUUGUUUCGCCACUAAAAUGUUUACCUCGGGUCCUGGAGUAUGUCACUUAAUCCUGGUUGGUUGUGAGGCUGGUUGUAGAAGUCCUGCAAACAUUGUGUUUGAUGGUAGUCUGUUGGCAUCUGCAGUAGCACCAAUGCUGUUUACUUUAAUGCUGACUGGGCCCCAUUUGUAAUUAUCUGAAGUAUUUAUCUGCAUUGUAAAUAAUGAAUUUAAUUGAAACAAUACGAGCGAGCUGGAGCGUCAAUUUGUGGGCGGGGCUUUCUGGAGCAAAGACUGAGGGGAGAGGAGGAGCUGAGGGAAAAACUGGUUGGGAAGGGUAGUGUUUACAUUCAAGAUUUCUCCCAAAAACUGGCACUUUCUCAGACCCUGCCUACCCCACCUUUAACCUCCUUGUCUCAUCUCAUCCUCUACCAAAUCGUAUUUGGGCAAAUUCAUUUGUUCGUGGUAAGUUGAUUAAAUAUAAAUCAGUGUUUCCCCUACAUUUAUUAAUUACGUGCGCCACUUCUAAAAUUUCACAUGAUCAUUAAUAUCAAUGCUCCACUAGUGAUUUCUACUCGCACUGUGUGAGCACAACAACACACAACGUUAUUUUUUAAUUGUUUUGAGUCAUCAAUGAGCGCAUCAAAUCCUGUCGGACCCUCUUCCAUUAAUGUGAAGGGUAAUGUUCAAGCUUAUACAUGGUCUAUAUAGCGAGUAGCACGAGUAAAGUAACGUAACAUGAAUGUAGCAGCGUAACUCAGCUCAUGGUGCAUCUGGGUAAAAACAUAGAUGCAGAUUUUCACCCGUGCACACAUGUAGGAGCACAUAAACUUUUCCUUACAGAUAGGGCUGAGCGAUAAAACAAUAAUAAUAUAUAUUGAAAAUUAAUUUCCCCCAAUAUGGAUACAAAACACGGUCAAUAUGCUUUUUGAUAGUCAUGUUUUGGUAGACUAUACGAAUAGCCAAUGGAAAGAAUUAGAACCAAGUAGCAAACAACUGCGUAGUAGCAGGCUGCAGCUACACGCAACCAUAGCACAUAGCACAACACUGGCAUGAAAACAUUGGUGGUAUGGAGGUAUUUUGAUUUUUUGAGGUCGGACAUGAAGCAGAGUAAUGUGCACUACAAAUAUGUCUGGUACAUAUUCUCGCAAAGUUGGGGAAUACCUCAAAUCUUUUUCAUCACCUGAUGCAGUGACACGUGGCAGAGCACGCGCAAUGCAAAAGGUUACAAACCCCGAGUGGAGCGAGGAGCCCAUGGCGCCUGUGCAUCCUAAACAGCUGGCCAUUCAUUCCGCUUUCUCUAGCGCAACUCCUUACGACAAAACGUUAAGGAGACACAAAGACCUUACAGAUGCAGUAACUUACUGAAUUGCAAAAGACAUGCUACCAAUAAGCACUGUUAAAUUUCAUUUUUUAUAUCGUGAUUUAAAUCGAUAUCGACUGGUAUGAAAAAAAUAUAUGGUGAUAAACUCUUUCCCAUAUUGUCCAGCCCUACUUACACACAUAGCCCACUCUUAGACAUCCAUAUCUAGUAGCACAUAUAGUUUUAUUUAACUCUGGUGAUGUUUAGAAUAGCACUUCAUAUGCUCUAAGUCGUCUAAGGGACGUUUUUUUUAAAUUUUUUUUAUAUCAAUCAAUCAAUUCAUAGUUAUCAGCGAGUUAAAAAGUUUAAAAACUUAAAAUAAUAAACUUAAAAAGACAAAACUCUGACAGACAAGACAGACAUGCUUCCCACUGCUACCGGUUGCUGCAUAGCACAUUCACAAAAGCUGCCCAAAAGCUUUCUUAUAUGAAGAAAAACAAGAACUCUCGCCAAAUUUGAAGGGUUACACCAUCUCUGGUUGACAAACAAAGCCAGACCUCCUCCUUUCUUCUUGCAUCUCCGUUCAGGUAGAGCCACACUGGAGUCCGAGUUGUUUUGAUUCAACCAGGUUUCAGUAAAACACAGGAAACUGCACUCACGGUAUGCUUUCUCAGUCUUCACCAAUAUCUCCAGCUCAUCACUUUUGUUGGGCAAAGAGUUGACGUUUCCCAUGAUGAUUGAUGGAAGAAAGGGUUUAUAUCACCACCUCCUAACAUUCAGCUUUGCCUUCACCUUUGCAUCAGCACGACAACCACGAUAACACCUCUUGAUGUACUCUGGAAUUGUAUGUUGUUUUCCAGAUUUGCUUUUCCUCAAUGAAAGGAGCUCUUCUCUUGAGUAAACUCUUCGCCUAGCAGAAUUAUCCAUCAGCAGCCAACAAAGUGACAACAAAAAUAUGAAAAAAAUCUAGCAAAAAUUACAGAUAAUGCCGAGAGACCAGAUUUGCAGCAACCUCUCGGUUCAAGUGCAUCAUUUGAAUAUAGUUUUAAAAGCAUUUAUUUCCAUUGUCAGUAGCCCCUGUUUUGGGUGCUGGGUAAAAGAAGAACACUUUCAUGUGACUUUUCCAUGGCAAUCACAUGCAUAUACAAAACUUGCAUGCAUGCUUAAGAACAUACUAAAUGUUUUAAACAGUUACAUUUAACUGGAAAACCCCCUCUAAAUUUGUCCCCUCCCCCAACUGUUAUAUUGUUUUUUUAAUUCAUUCUCAUGUCAAAGAAGUACUAUGAAAACUUAAGGGGAGAAGGUAAAUUAGAUUUUUUAAAGGGUGUCAGAACCAAUUGUGAUAAAAACAACAGCACUACUAUUUUGGAGACAAGAGAUCAAAUACCAGAAUUUCUUCACUUUUCUAUUUCCCCUUUUAUGUCCAUUACUGUGUGUUACGGACCAAAUUAGAUUUUUUUGGGUUGCGAUUGAACAACAGCUCAGAGCAGAAAAAACAACUUGGGAUAGAUGAUUGAUGAAAUUGAAUGUUGAAUGUGUUCUUGUACAUUAACAGUUGCAUCAAUGUGAAAACACUCAAAUGCUUUAAAUGCUUAUAUAAUCACAAAAGACACACAACAAUAUUUCAGAUUUUCCCAGAUUAUAUUGUGCAAAAUUUAGUUGGAUAUUGAGUGACAGUUUUGAGAAUUCUCAUGAGCUACUUAACUUUGAGAACAUUAGGUGUUGGUAACAGUUUAAUUUCAUUUAGAGGUAAGGUGCAAUGAAAGCAGAUAAAUGAACAAACUUCUACAAAGUGGAUAUUGUGGAAAAACAAAACAAGAAAGAAUUAUUCAGCUGUCCAGUUAAGGUGGAUAUUCCCCUAGAGGACAUCACUGUAUGUUAGCUAUUUACUGCAGUCUUUGUCCACUGCCUGCAGUGUUAUAGGUGUCAUAAACUAAUUGAAAGCUUUCAUGUCUUGUCUACUGAUGUCACCAACACCACCUCAUAAAUUUCUUGCAUUUCUUGUGUAAUUUCUUCCCCAGACUCUUAAGAAAAUUAUGCAAGCUAUUUAUAUUUUGCAGAUGAUGACAGUGAACCAAUCCUGGGGCUUUGGUUUGAAGAGACGAUUUCCCCCACAAAAGACAAAGUCGCUCCCCCACCCCCUCCACCGCCCCCACCAUUGGAGACCUCUCCCAGACUUAAGAGUCCCAGCAAGCAGAAUCCAAGUGAGAAUGGCAACAUUUUAGCCGGUCGUAAAGAUCCAGAACUGGUAAGGGGUUUUUAAAUAUAGUUUUAUUGACAUCAGGUUUUAAGACAACAGUUCAUACAACCUUAGUUCCCUAAAAGCAGGGAUGCUGUUAAGAUGUUCACAAAAGCAGAGUUUGAUAGUAUGAUUGUUUUUAUGUAGCUCAUUCUCUAAAACAAUCUACAAAAGCUUUUGUGUGUGACAAACCAAAUGCCCUUUUUUCUGUAGUUUCUGAGUUUAGCUUCAAGCAUUUUGAACUUCAUCACCACCUCAAUGCUGAAGUCCAGGAACAACUUCAUCCGCAACUACCUGAGUGUGUCUCUCACAGAGCAACAUAUGGCUACACUUGCCAGCAUCAUCAAAGAUGUGGACAAAGAUGUUAAGGGUAUGCCAGAAAAUACUGCUUUGUGGUCAAGUCAUAGCCCUAAUGUCCCUCUGUUGGUUUAGCUGCUAGAAAUGAUUGUAGCAUGUAGCUGGUUAAUGGCAAAACAUGUUGCAUAUUUAAGUGCACUUUUUCUUCUUAGGUUCCUCGGAUGAAGUGUUUUGUUUAGCUCUCUAUCACUUUAACCACACCCUGGUAACAUCAGAUCUUCCAUCCCCGGCACUGCAGGUGAAAAUUAAUUUCUUAAUUCAGCAUGCAUCUUGUUUAGCAUCAAUAACAGAGCGUCAGCAAGGUCUUAAAAAGUCUUAAAACAUCUAAAAUCCAAUAAUUUGAAUUUAAGGCAUUAAAAUUACCUUAAAUCUCAUAAAAUAUCUUAUAUACGAUUUUGAUAGGUCUUAAAAAUGUAUUAACUCUACUUACAAAUUAGGGAUGCACUGAAAAUGGUCCAAAAGUGUAUUUUUAUCCAAAACAACCGGAAAUUCCAACUGAAACAACAUGGCCGAAACGGAGGUUAUGAUGACACAAGCAAAAACAGUAGCCAGCACAUGCUUGUCUGGAUAAGGGCCAACAUGUCUGCGGUGUAGACGUAUUUCAAUAUAAUAUGUCUAAGAACUACUGAUAGUGAUUUGCAUGGCAUGUAAUGCUUAAAUUUCAAGAAGGGGUGCUUCUGCAAAGAGUAUCUUCACAUCAGAUUUAAUUUAUCAUCUGAAAUCCAAACAUCCUGAUUGCCAUUCUGAAUAUAAGGGGAACGCCACACAGAAAUAGGAAAAUCCCUCUGAGCAUGCUCUCUCCAUCUGUGGCAGAUGUUGUAGCCAAAUACACUAGUAGACGCUGGGGAAAGUUUUAUUCUUAAUUCUUUAAUUCUUCUUUGAUUCUUCUCACCUUUAUUCAUAACUUAAACAGAAAUCAACAUUGCUAUGCAAACUAAUGCUCGGCUCCUGCUCCCGACUGAUUGGAAAAAAAAAAACACUGACGCUACUUCUACUACAAGUCUCUAGCGCUUCUUCUCUUUCUCUGAAAGUUUUGAGUUUAAUUUGCCCCUGACUUGCGGGCGCCAUCUUACGGUGUAAACAACACAGAACAUGCAACAACACACUGACUCAAAAACUCUGAACUCAAGUUGCAAUUGCAUAAGAAUAAUAUUAAUUUAAUUUGUAAUAUUAAUUUAAUAUCAAUUUAUGCAAAUGCAAUCCCUUUAUUUUAGUGAGAUUAGUGCACAGUCAUUGCCAUAAAUGCAGUGGUACUAAUGAUUGGCAUAAUGACUUUUUGCGUUUUGUUUCUUUUGGCCUUGGUUUCCUCAUUUUCAGUUUUCGAUUUCGGACAAGAAUUUCUGUUUCGGUGCAUCCCUAUAACAAACAAAUAAUGUGCCAUAGGAAUAAAGAUUAAUUUGAAGUAAUGAGAAAUGUUCAGAUUUGCCUUCAUGUCUUUUGUACUUUUUGCCAGUAUGAAUGGUAAACGGGUCUUAAAUGAUAUUCAUUAUGGUCUUUAAAAAGUCUUAAAAGGUCGUAAAUUUGACUUGUUGAAACCUGCAGAGACCCUAGAUAAAAUCGCUACAACUUCUAUCAGUCAGAUUACUUUUCAACAUUUGUAUUUUCUCCACUGAAGUCACAGACUUAUUUUUAUGUCUUGUCACUUUCAGAGCACUCUUCUUCAGCAGCUAGGUGUUGCACCAUUUUCAGAGGGUCCCUGGCCUCUGUAUAUUCACCCUCAAUCAUUGUCAGUCCUCUCCAGACUUCUUCUCAUAUGGCAGCACAAAGCAAGUGUGCAAGGGGAACCAGAUGUUCCUGAGUGUAUGAAAGUUUGGGAACGGUAUGAAUUCAUUCAUGAAUUCAAUUUUUAUCUUGCACAUGUAUGACAAUUUCAAGUGUUCCAUUUUUUAAUAUUUACAAGUAUUCUGGAACAUGUGCCUCAGCUGUUUUGAUGUAGUUUUGAAAAUGUUAUCCUCUUAUCUACCCGUCUUUUAGAUUUCUAGGAACACUGAAGCAGCACACAAUCCAGAGCUCUGUUCAUGGAGAAGAUGAUCUUAAUGUGGAGCACCUCCAGCUUCUGCUGCUCCUUUUCCACAACCUGUCAGAGCGUGGUCGACGGUCAGUGCUGACCCAAGUCACCCAAGCCAUCACUGAAGUGGCACAGAGCAGAGACUCCCAGUUGAAGGCAGUGCCCCUCAACCUGGCCCGCCUGUGUCUGGUUUUUGAUUACCUUCUGCGCCACUACUCCAAGGCUCCUUUGUACCUCUUUGAACAGGUCAGUUGCUGGUUUUCUAAAGGGUUAUAUAGUGUUUGGAGACAUCUAACAGUUAACUGUAAACUGAUCACUGGGGGUUUUCCAUGUAUUAAAUAGUGGUGAGAAGAAGAAGAAGAACUUCAUUGAUCCCCUAAGGGAAAUUCAAUUGUCUGUUGUCUCAUAAAAUAUGAGACAACAGACAAAUAGUGGUAAAUAGGACUGGGCGAUUAUAUGAUCGUGAUAAAUUUCAUUCCGAUAACGGUGAUCAGCUGUGAGCAUUUUUACUGUAUCAAACAUAGCAGAAAUGUGCGUGACUGAAGCCCAUUCGAGUUGAGCUUUUUUCUGCUCACUUCUGUAAGUUGCUGGAGAAGUAAACAGGGGAAGUAAACAGAAUGAACAAACGUGGAGCUAAACACAGAGCUGAGGGCAGCGAAAUAGAUGUCAGCCUUGACUUUGAGUCAUCAAAGUAAUUUAUCGUCACUUGUGUGGUUUGGGUAUCUCCAAAGUGACAUUGAGCAAUUUAGCUGAUGUGCAAGGUAUGUCGGCGAUUGAUGCCCUCAAAAACUGGCAACACAACAAAUCUGUUAAACCAUUUGAAGAAGUACUUUCCGAGUGAUUAUGUGGAAAGCAUGAAAAUGCGAGCAGAGUCUGCACUGCCUGCCUCUGCUGACGUUGCUAGUAGCAUAAGCAGUUUAGCCACUGCUAGCAGUACAGCCACUAGACCAAAACAGCAAUCAAUCGUAUCAUCUACGUUUACAUCAUCUAAUGUUUACAUUUUAAGGCUUCUUUAUUAUUCCUGAGGGGGCGCUUUGUUUAUUUUGGGUCUUGCAUACCUGCAAAAACAGUCAGGACUGUAAACUAGUUCACUGUGUUGUUAAGUAUUUAUCUACAUUUGUUGUGCUGUUAAAUAAAAUUGGUUUUUAUUUUUCUGAGUUUAUCCUCUUCAGUUUUCUUUGUUAUUUACUUUGUAUGUUAAUAAAAUGCUGAACUAAUCUCUAGUUUCUUUAGUUUUUAGUGCAGAUGCUUUAAAACUGGCAGUUAAAAAAAAAAAAAUUGUGAUAAUAAUCGAGAUCGGACGAUAUGACAGAAUGUAUUGUGAUUUUUUUUUUUUUGUCAUAUCCCCCAGCUCUAGUGGUAAUAUGGAUUUGGUUAAUUUAAAACUUAAAGCAAAAUUAUGGAUCCCAUCCAAAAUUUUACAGGCUGAUAUGUACAGGACAUGGCAAUGACUUUUCUGUAUGAUUGAUAUUGUAGGUGCAGUAUAACCUUCUCACCCCCCCAUCUGCUGGGCCAAGUACUGUUCAGGAAGGUGGCAAACGCAGCAGUCUCCCACUAUACUACGGAUUCAAAGAGGUUGAAGAGAACUGGGCCAAACACUGUUCAGCUGGUAAGAUCUAUGAACCAAAUGUACUUUUUACUUACCAGUUGUUUCUACUGAGUCUUGCCAACCUCAAAUUUAUGUUGUCCCUAAAUUCACUGGUUAGUCUCGCUUAAUGGGUUAAUUAUGUUUUUAUUAUUAUUAUUUUUUUUUAUUAACCAAUGUCGAUAAUUAGCAGAGCUGGUAAGCUAGUGUCUGAUUUAUAAACCUAUAUUGUGAGUUUUUAUGCACUUUUGUGCAUAUACCAACUUAAUCAUUUUAACAAAUGAGAAACAUUACUCAGACCUCAUUCUUUUUUUAUAACUUAUUUUUUAUAAAAAAAAUUCUUGAACAGUUACCAUGUCAGGGCAAAACCUAUUUAAAUCAUUCAGCAAUCUUUCUAAUAUCAAUCUCUUUAUAGUCAAAUGAAGGCGGUGGUGCCCUCCUCUGUCCUCUUGAAAUCAGUCCAUUUUUCCCCAGUUUUCUACCAAUUGUAUUUCCUGUAAUCUUAAUUUAUGCAUGAGUAUUUUUAUUACAAAUAUGUCUUCAACAGUGCACACACACUGUUCCCCAGUAGGUGAUUCUACUCUUUACCACCAUCUGGUAGUUACUUUAUCUCUUUUUUUAAAUAUUUUUUUAAGCUGUUAACAUUCAAUGACACCAGUGGUGGGCAAUAAAGCCUCAAAAUGAUAUCACGAUAUUUUAAGACAAUAUGCGAUAAUGAUAUUAAUGACUAUAUGAAAAAAACUUACUGAACAACAUAUGAUUAGUGAUUGCUGCUUCUGAACAACAGCAUUUUUAUUGUUGGUUUUAAAAAGGGGGUUUAUUAUGAAUAUAAAUUCAGAUUUGCCAUACAUUAAAGGUGGGGUAGGCAGGAAUAUGUUAAAGAAGCAUCUUUUUUGUGGUGUAUAUACAAAAAAGCUUUGAAUAUCAGCUAUUAGUUAUUGAUGACAUUUGGUAAUAUAACAAUUUCGCUGUGUUUUGUUAUGUCAACAUUUUUAAUUUUUUGAGUGGCCCGCUCUUUCUGACUGUAAACAAAGUCAUUCUCCGCCUCCCCCAGCCUGAUUGGUUGUGAGGCAGACACUGCUCUAACGUGUCGAUCAUGAGCCCAAACAAAAGGUAGCGUGCUACAAUAUUGGACAGUAGAAUCCAACCAGAAAGUACGGAAAAUUGUCUAAAUUAGGGCCCGACUGAGAUGGAUUUUUUUGGGGCUGAUGCCUAUACCGAUUAUUAGGGAGGAAAAAAAUCGGAUUACCAAUUAAUCGUCUGAUUUUUUAAAUUUUUUAUGAAGUUAUAAAAAAUAUAUAUAUACUGUAGAUAUCUACAGUAUACUAUAUACUGUAGAUAUACUGUAAGCUACUGCCCUUCACGCUGACAGGAAGACCGACUGAUCAAACUCAGACCAGAAGAGCAGUUUCCCAUUUGUAAUUAUCUAAAGUAUCUAUCUGCAUAAUAUCUGAAUUUAAUUAAAACGAUGCGAGCGAGCAGGAGUGUUUGUUUGUGAGUGGGGCUUGCUGGAGCAGAGAAGGAGGGAAGAGGAGGAGCUGAGGGAAAAACUGGUUGGGAGGGGUAGUGUUUACAUUCAAGAUUUCUCCCAAAAACUGGCACAUUCUCAGGUCCUGCCUACCCCACCGUUAACAGGACAGGAGCCCCCCCCCCCCCCCCCCUUGGAGGUUUAGGCUGUAUUGGGACAAAGGAUAAAGUGCCUAGAAAGUGAAUUUUGUUCCACUAAGCUAGUGCUACUUGUUCAAUGCAUUUUUGCAUAGACAAUACCAUUCUGGACUUUGGGUUAAAGUAUCUGCUCAGACUAUCUGACCGACAUUUGUCACCAGCCAGAAAUGUACAUAUGUGAGUAACACAAAAAACAACUAUAUGGUGCUGCUGUUUUUGCUUGUAGAAACUGCUAUGUUGAUUCUGGCAAGACAAAAUCUUUCUCAAAUGUCAUGAAUACAUCUACCUAACAUCUGAAACAGUUAUUGGUGCCUUAGUAUUCGCAUAAGUGAAUUCAGAUUAGGAAAUGUUGCAAAUUUCCUAAAGAAAAGUGAUUUGCACCCAGCACAAUGAAAUAUAUACAGUAAAUUCAGCUAAAAGCUAAUGUUUCAUACAUAAAAAAUGACACAACCUACAAAACAAAAUUCCCCCUCCCAUUCUUUAGUGGUGGUGAUUAGGCUGUGUUUUACAACUGUCAAACCCAACAUAUUGCUCAGACUUCUCAAUGUAAAGCAAUUUAUGAUAAUAAUGUAAAUAAAGUUCAUCAAAGGACUACAGACUUGAUCUCUAUCUGUAUUCUGUACAUCUCCCUUACCAAAAAGACCAGAACACUACAUCACAGUUGCAGCCCACACAUUAUAACUUAACAUUUUAUGACUUGAACAGAAGAGCACAUCAAGUAGUGUGUGAAGUAAUUGAAUGGAAUGUAUAAUAUAUAGUAACAGCACAUGCAAAAUAAUAAUAAAUAGUGUGUGUGGGGGGGCUUACCUGCAGUCAGUGUCUCGGUUCGUGUGAGUUGAUCCCUUUGUUGUUUGCCAGCCACAUGAAUCAUCUUUUCCACUCUUUUGCAAGUAAUGCACAACGGUGGAGGAACAGGGCCAACUGAAGGUACUGGCAAACCUGACCUCGAGUGAAGUUUCUUUAGCGGAGUUUCAAAUGUGUGGACGUGGAUGGAUCAGCGAUGCUGGCUGAAGGGUUUGACUGACCCGCUGCUGCAUCACGUUCUUGUUUCUUUUCGGCAAAACUCAGUGCCUUUUGCAAAUAAAUCACCUUUUAGCAUGUCAUGUGAAACCCAGCGUUAUCAGGAACAUUGUCAAAAUCGACAUCAAUGCAAUGGUUAUAAGUUUCUACAAGGUCCUUUGUCUCACCCCGUAGAUAAAGCCACUUUCUAAUACAAGUUCAGUCAGUUUCCCAGCGUGUCCUCGUAAAGUCGAGAACGUCUUCGCCCUGGGCAGAUGAUAGAUGCAUAUAGCAUCGUUUCAUUCCUUUUUUAUGCACAUUUGAAGGCUGUUUUCUUUUUUCCUUUACUUUUCUUGCUCCUCACUUGUCUUGCUGCUAGAUGCGCUUGUCGCCAUGUUUGUGUUGUUCUGAUACUAUGGCAAUGAGACUCGGCUCCUAUUGGUCCACGUGACAAACAUUGCUUCAUCCCUUUGCAUAUUCGAUUGCGCGUGUGCAAGUAUCACUACGCCGCAGAAAGGAAAUAGUUCGACACCGAAACACUGAUUACUAAUUCAUCUUUCCCACCAGUAUUUUUCAUUUUGUUGGUAUUGUCUUGUCGCUUAUCUUUUAAAAGGAAAUUGCUGUGGUUCUUCUGGAAAAGAAAAUAAUCUGUGACCAUCAAUUUUAACCUUUUGUAGAUUCGAAUGUUCAGCCCAAAUUCUUCUGUGUCCUGUCCCCUGAGGCUUCUGAAGAUGAUAUCAGCAGACUUGACAGCAAAGUGAGAAUUGAACCUUAAUCAAAUAUCUUCAGUUGCUGCUGCUUGUAUUUUUGUUAUUCUGAGGUACCUGGAGAUAUAAAGAUUGUUUGUUCUUUGGUCAUAGGUCUUCCCUAAACUGUUCAGUGGGGCAGUGAAAUACGAUGAACUGUAUGCUUGGCUCAUCUCACUUCUGGUGGCAGGCUCUGAGUUUGACACAGCAAGACGACAAGAGAACAAGCCCAUCACUCCUUUGGUAAGAGCACAAGACAUGAACAAACCAUUGACUGUGUUUACAUGGUAUACAAGCCACUGAAGCAACCCCACUGACCUUUUUAUACUCCAACAGUCUGAAGAGAGUUUUAAUGUCAACUGCCAAGAGAGGAUGGUUUUCACUUAUAGUGACAUAAGAUUGAGAGGCUUCUGUGAUGACAUCAACAAUGGAAUAAGAACAUGGUGUUUUUGUUUAUCACUCACUUACACAGGAGGCAUGCUCCCUCCAGUACUACUUUUUGGUACUGUGGAGAAUCCUGGGGGUUUUACCACCCUCAAGAGCAUACAUGGAACAACUGAAGACUGGCUGCAGCGAUCCCAGCGAGAGUGACAUACUGCACACGCUGCGAUGGUCCUCACGGCUACGGGUGUCUACUUAUGUGAACUGGAUCAAGGUUUGUUGACACGUGACAGUUAAACAAAAUUCUUAUUUGCACCAUAGAUGCCAAAAAACUUCAAUGAGACUAACAGCAUUAUGUUUCAGCACUGGAACACAGCCACUGGCAACUGUAGUAGAUUAAUAUAUUUGUAAUUUUCUUAUCAUCUUUACUUAGUGCUACUCCUAAUGAAUAUAUACUUCCAAAAAUGAAAAUAUUGAACUUCGAUUGUGCGGAUUUAAUUGUCAGUGAUACUGGAUAACUUUGUUCUUGAUUUAUAUGAUAAACUGUAUCGUUUUCUUGAUGUGGUUAUGGAAAAUCUUAAGUGUUUAUUUUGAUGUAUGACUAUGCCUAUGACAGGAUCAUUUGGUGAAGCAGGGUAUGAAAGCAGACCAAGCAGCCUCUCUGGUUGAGACAACUGCUACGAAGUGCAGUACUGUCAAAUAUGACGUUGAGCUAGCAGAGGAGUACAUUGCUAGACAGGUAAAUAAUUACAUUAUUAUUGUUGACUUGUUUGAUGUGUGGAUGAAGGGGACAACAAAACACAACUCUCUCUAACUGACAACUUGAUUUUGUUGCAGAUAUCAACCUUCUCAAGUGUUGACCCAAAUGUAGUUCUUCCACUACAUCAGUUACCGUCUUUACAAGCCAUCUAUACUCUGGAUGCAGUUAUUUCUAAAGUGCAGGUUUCCCUUGAUGAGCAUUUGUCCAAAGUUGCCAUCGAGGCAGAACCCCACAAGUCAUCUGAGAUUGCCAAGGACCUGCUACCGGCCACACUACAACUCACUGACAUUUACACAGCUUUCACCAGGUGAAAAUAAAUCAUGCAUUUUAACAUCAGACAAGGUUCUUUAAGUCCCACAUUAUGUGUAGUGUACCGGAAUACCAGGGGUGUUGAAAUUAAUUGUUUUUGUUAUGCAUUGCAAUGAAUGGGCAGUUUUGUAUAGAUGCAGUGGCAGAAAAUAAUCAAUUAUACAGUACCAUGUUAGUGUGAAGUGCAUUGUGUUCGUGUGUGCUGGCCAGCCCUGCGCAACUGGCAUGCAGACAGAGUUAGGAACACCAAGUUAACUGCCGCAUAGUUUUACCCUUUGUAGGGGUGUCCUGAUACAACUCUUGUACUUCUGAUACAAUACCGAUAUUGUAGCCUUCGGUAUUGGUGGAGACUGAUAUUGAUCUGAUAUUGGCACAAAAUUGUGCAUGACAAGUUUUGCACUCAGUGUCAACGUCUUUUCAGACUCAAACAAAAAAUACUACCACAUGGCCUACAUCACUCUUACUCCUUGCAACUUUAUUGGUACCUUAGUACACACUAUGGCUGAACGAUUUUGAAAAAUAAUUUAAGUGGGAUUUCUUUCCUCGAUAUUGAGAUUAAUAAGCAACUAUUUUUUCAAGGAACUCCUCUAAUGUAUUUUUCAACAAACAGACAAUAAAUCAAUCUGUAUUAUAGUUAACAAUAUCAGAUUAAUAAUACAUGAAUUGUUCUUUCUGGCAAUUAUCAAUUCACACACACACUAACGCACAGGCUCUCUCUGCUCACAUACUGUUGUGCACAAACAUGCACGUGCCAUCAUGUAUGUCAUGUAUGUAUGUCAUGAUGUAUGCCAAAACACUGGUCGGGUCUAUUCAUUCAGCUGUGCUGCCAUCACCGUAUUGGAUGCGUUUUCCGCUGUUAUGAAGACAUGGUUUGAAGUUGAAGUGCUGGUAGCUGAUGUUUUAGCCAUUCAACUAUCGUACAUGGCUUUGUUGUGAUUCUUUAAGUGUUGAUCAAGGUUCAUAGUGUUACCUCCUGAUGUAACAACAGUAGCAUGACAGGUUCUGCACAUGUUGCACAGCAGCAUCUUUUUUUGCCAAGAUGAAUCCACACAACUGCCGUGCUGCCCUCUUUGGUACUAAACUUUCUGAAGUGUAAGCUUCUGUAGUGGAAUUAGCCCAUAGUGUGACAGAGUGCAGUGUUGACUUCUCUCUCUACCUGCCCUGCUUCACUCCGCUCACUCGCAAGUCAUGUAACCAGAUCACAUGACCAGUCAAGAGUUGCAAUUGCAAAUGCAAUUAAUCGUUUAGCUUGCGUACACUGUUGUUGUGAUUACAUGGGUUCUGCAUGCUGGACCCGGGCACUCUGGGAUGGACUGCUUGUAUCGGAGUGCUGAUAUAGAAGAUUUUAGAUGCAGGCUGAUAUCAUCCGGUAAUAAUUUUUUGGUCGAUAUUGGACAGAUAUCCAAUAUCAAUAUCGUAUCGGGACAUCCCUAAUCCUUUGAUAAUACACUUAAUGUGGUUUGAGCAUUUACUAGCAUGUUGCUCUCUAAAAAUUGCUCUCCAGGUGGGAUAUCCACCCAUAGUUGUUACUUUUAAACCAUAUUCCACAUGCCCCUGUUCAUUGUCUAGUAUAUCAGCUGCCCUGCAAACAGUUUUUGCACCAUCACAACUCAAAUAUGGCUACCCAACUUUAAAACUUUGUGGGCUUUGCAUGAUUUCAGUAACAGACACACACAUCUUGGUGGUUAUCACCUUUAUCAUGUUUUGCCUAAACAUGCUCUCAUAGUUAAAGGAUCUUUCUUCUACAACAUAUUUAAUGUAUGCAGUAAGGAAGACAUGGAAAGAAGCAUAGUAGGCCUGUUUAUACAACAGAUCAAAGAGGAGACGCGGUUGUGUGGUUGUGAGAGAGGAAGAGAACCAAAGGCUGAUGUGGACAUUUAAGUUUUUUGUGAGGAAGAAUGUAGAUGGCAAAUUUUACUGUGAUAAGAGUUGAUAUUUUUUCGAGUAUGAAGUGAUUUGUCUCAGAUUUAUUUAUGGUUUUUCUUAUGUAUUUCCAACUUUUUGUGUUCAAACCUUUAAACUUUCCUCAAGUCCAUAAACUCUGAAGUAAAUAAAUUGAUCAUACUUCAACUUACUCACAUGUUAGGCCUGACCGAAAGGUUUAACCAAACCUCUUGUGAUCAGGUCAUACCUUCUGAUGAACAUCCCAGUGGAAGGAGAAAACAAGCUCACAGAUGCCAAGCUCCAAGGCUAUGCUGCAGUUCUUUCCAUUGGUUCCACUCGCUGCAAGGCUAACACGUUGGGUAUAUGAACAGAUUAUUUAAGAGUAAAAUAGUUUAACACGAUUUUCUUCUCCUUUUUUUUUUUAUCUUGGAAGUAUACCCUCUGUUUGAACCUGCUCUUUUUCUUCAAACUUUUAAGGUCAUAGCAUUAUGCAGAACUUACCAUCAGCAGUACAGAUAAUAUGUGAUACCUGGAACAGCAUCCAGACCAAUGAAUUCCCAAACAUUGGCUCAUGGGUAUGUGAACUAAGUUGCUUUUAAACCUCGGGUCAUAAUAGGUUGAAAUUUUCAUUGUUUGCUCAUUUUCAAAAACAGAUUGUCUAGUUAAUAUUUACCUCAAAGCAUAAAUAAAUUAUAUCCCAAAUUUAAAAUUUCUUUUUUUAUUUUAAUUUUUAUUUUAAAUGGUGGUACUUAAAAACAUGUGACUAAUAAUUGUAUUUUGUUUUUUGACAGCGAAAUGCUUUUGCUAAUGAUACCAUUCCAUCAGAGAGCUACAUCAGUGCAAUUCAAGCAGCUCAUCUCGGAACAUUAAGUUGUCAGUCCCUACCACUGGCCUCUUCUCUUAAACACAUCCUACUCUCUUUAGUUCGCCUGACUGGUGACCUGAUAGUGUAAGUUCUUUUCUUGUCAUUUUUAAUAAUGUGAAAUCUAAACAUUUAAGGAAAAAAAGAAGGGAUGCACCGAAAUGAAAAUUCUUGGCUGAAACCGAAAACUGAAAAUGAGGAAACCAAGGCCUAAAACCAAAACACCGAUGGAAAUUAUUAUGCCAAUUAUUAGUGCCAUUGCAUUUAUGGCUAUGACUGUACUAACUUCACUUAAACCAAGGCAUUGCAAUUACAUAUAAAGUUAUGAAUAAUGGUGAGAAGAAGUGACACUUCCAUCAGAGUCUGCCUGUGUAUUUGGCUGCAACAUCCGCCACAGACAGAGUGGUCGUGCUCUGAGGGAUUUUCCUUUUCUGUACUGGGUUCUAAUUUUCAGAAUGCCGAUUGGGAUGUUUGGAUUUCAAGUGAUAAAUUAAACCUGACAUGAAGAAACUCUUUGCAGAUGCACCCCCUCUUGAAAUUUGAGUAUUACUCAGUGGUUCUCGGAUAUAUUGAAAUACGUCCAUGCUGCAGACAUGUUGCCCAUAAUCCAGAGAAGCGUGUGCUGGCUGUGGUUUUUGCUUGCAUCAUCACAAUUUCCUGUUUUGGUUGUGCUGUUUUGGUGAUAGGUUUUUUGGCCUAAAACUGAAAAUGCACUUUUCGGUCGUUUUCGGCCGAAAAUUUUCUGCGGCUGAAUUUUCGGUGCAUCCCCUAGAGAAAGUAUAUGAUGAAUUAAACAGCAUGUUUGCCUCUCCAGCACAGAGGAGCUGAAUCCCUCACAGGUCGUGCGUACUCUGUUACCCCUCCUCCUGGAGAGCAGCACAGAGAGUGUGGCUGAGAUUAGCAGCACCUCGCUAGAGCGCAUUCUUGGCCCAUCAGAGUCAGAUGCCUACCUCGCCCGCAUCUAUGAGCGUUUGGUAACUGGGUGUUACAACAUCAUUGCUAACCACUCAGAUCCUAACAGGUACACAGUGUGUUUUAACAUUUUGUAAACCUGUAAAUAAAAAAAAUAAAACUUGUUGCUAGGAAGUAGUCUUAUCAUUAUUUAGCUUUAAGCCUAAUUUAAUGUAUUGUGUUUGUUUACCAGCAGGCAGUCUUUCUUCCUUCCCUUUGCAAAUUUGAUCUCUGAUUUCUUUUGUGUAGUGGUUUAGAUGAGUCUGUCCUUGAGGAAUGUCUUCAGUACCUCGAGAAGCAGCUUGAGAGCAGCCAAGUUCGUAAGGCCAUGGAAGAGUUCUUUUCAUUCAGGUAUUUGUUAAUAUGAGGACACAGGCUGCAUUAUUCCACAUUUUUUGCAUCCACCUCACUUAUUCUUUGCCUUUUUUUCAGUGGGGAGCUUGUCCAGAUUAUGAUGGCAACAGCCAAUGAGAAUUUGUCUGCAAAGUUCUGCAAUAGGGUGCUGAAAUUUUUCACCAAACUGUUCCAGCUCAGUAAGUUUCUUGUUUGCAUUGUUAACUGUAAUCAGUAAGGGUGAUGAUCAAACUGACAUAUGUUGUCAGAGGACUUGUUUUCUUUAAAAAAUGGUUUUGCCUGCACAUGUAUUGCAGGAUAAUUUUUUUUCACUCAAUGGGUUCAACUAAACUUCAGUGAAAAACCUUCCUGCCAGAGGGUGAAGAGAUGAAAAUCGAAUACACAGUGCUUGUGUUAACAAAAGGAAAUGUACCAUACCUCUCUCUUUUUAAAUUGGUAUGCUUGUCUAAUUGAUUUAGAAAGAAACAAAAUGUGUGUAAAGCUGAAAACGUACAUGAUCUAGGUACUGAGUAUGCUCCAUCAGCGUCACAAAUCUUCUCCAUCAAGCAGCGCUGUCUGUUGCACACAGGAUGUGUAUUUGGAGCGUGGCAGCAGUGUAGUGCAGCCUCAGUCAGCUUGGCUCAGUAUAGAGGAAACAACACACAACAGGUUGCUUUGCCUUUCUGUGGUCUAUUUCUUUCUAAUUUAGAUAUAAUUCAGUAACUGUUGAGCCUUUACUAUAUGUGAAAAAGCAAUAUGAUUUUACAGUUUCGGUUUUUGCAGGUUUUAUAAAGUAAGCUAUGUUCCUUUGUGCUGUGCUGUUACCUUCAGACAAGGUUAGCAGUUAAAAGUCCUGUUGGGGUCCACAUGGAUCAGGGAUUGACCAUUGGAUUGUUCGGUGUUAAUAAUAAAUCCAUGACCAGGAAGUAUUUCUCAUCUAUACAAAAUGAUACACAGUCGGGAGUCCGCAUAUGGUGUUUGAUUUUGAAAUACCGUAUGACGUGCACAGUUUUUGUGCUUGACAUCCUGUUUGGAACAAUCUUCUCUGUGUAGCUUGAUGCGUAAUGGAAUCAAAGAGCAGCAAAAAUAGACUUGGUGCGUAUCUUCAGCAGAGCCACGCUCAAUACGUCUCUGAUACGGUGCUGCGACGAAGCUGAUACGCGUCCUGUAUGCGAUGCUUCAUUGAUUAAAAUUGCAGCCUAUUUGCUGCGUGAUACUCAUCGCUGACAUUACGCGCUCAGUAUGGAUCUUGUAAGUUUUAGCCUUGACAUAAACCCCUGCACUUGGAUAUGAGAAAUGUAUGAAAAGGCAAAUUCAGACCCUUUUUUUGGUUCAACAAGUUUUUUAUCUGACACAUACUGAGGUCACAAAAGUGUCACCAGUCCAAGUAGACAUUUUCAAGGUUGUAUACUGCUGAUGCAUUAAGUUUUAUAAUGCUCCUGAAUCUAAUGAUGAUACUGUUAUAUUUAGCGGAAAAGAGCCCAAAUCCCAGCCUCCUGUGUCUUUGUGGAUCUUUGGCUCAGCUUGCCUGCGUGGAACCCUCCCGCCUUCAGUCAUGGUUGAUGCGCAUGACAGCAGCCCCACCAAAGGACUCAGAGCAGCUUGAAAUAGUACAAGAAAACAGACAGCUUCUACAGCUGCUCACCACUCACAUUGUGAGAGACAACAGCCAGGUAGGGGAAGGAGUGUGCACUGUUCUCCUCAGUACACUCAUUCCCAUGGCAACAGACAUGCUGGCUAAUGGAGACGGAACUGGUUUCCCUGAGCUCAUGGUCAUCAUGGCCACACUCGCCAGUGCGGGACAGGGGGCUGGCCACCUGCAGCUUCACAGGGCAGCUAUUGACUGGCUGACCAGAUGGUAAAAUACUAACUUCUAUUUGAUGGUAUUCUCUGAUUGAAUUUACUUACUUUACUUUACCCAAUAUAUUUUGUUCCAGCAAGCAGCAGUUUCUCUUCAGUUUGUGAAUGACCAUUAAAAAUGCUUCUAAUUUCUCUCUGCAGCAAAAGGUAUCUAACUCAGAAAAAUGUUGUGGAAAAAGUGAGCACAAACUUAUCUCAAGGAAAGGUAUGUUUUUGCAUCAUAGCAGUUUAUAGAAUGUUCUCAUUUCAACUUCACACAGGUGUGAUUUAAUUUCACACUGGCCUUCACACAUGAUACUUCAGAUUUUGAUUGUACACCUCUUACUCAAUUUCAGCACGCCAGCAUGCUGGAAUGUUCUUGUCACAUCAUCUCCUACCUGGCUGAUGUGAUGAAUGCCUUGCGGCAGAGCAGUGGUCAAGGUACCUCAACUUUGUUGAUGGAAGGAGAAGAAAAGGCAAUGGAAGUUGAUUCUGACUGGGUUGAGGAGCUUGCUGUAGAGGAGGAUGACUCCCAGGCUGAGGACUCUGUGAGAUGAUACCCCUUUAUGUCUUGUCUUUUGACAUAAGUUUCUUUAGUUUGGUAACUUUUUAGAAAACUGAGCUGAAAACUUAAUACUUCAAAAUUUCACUGAGGUUUGUUAAAAAAAAAAAAGCAUUGGUGUUGUCUUGAUUAAAAUAAUUAACAUUUUUUGUUAAUUAGGCCAGAAUUUCUCAAAUUUUUUCAGUCAUGGCACCUUUCAACUAUGCAUAAAACCAGUAUAAAAUAUAGUUAAAAAUGACACUGCAUAGCCUAAUUGUAAAUGAAAAUGUCCUAUUUAUUUAGAAAGGAUAAAUAAAGAGAGCAUAAUACGAACUAAAAUUGUACCAAAGAAUAGCAGGGAUGUUUCUUUACGCCCAUAGUGCUGGUUUCCAUCCGUGCCUCUGUAGCCUGCCCUACACAUACGCGCACUCGCACACACAGGGUGACAGGGUGGCGGUGCACUGGGAGGGCAGUGCACAGGGGUGGCAGUGCAACACUGCUCGGGCCUGUCAGUGCCCUGCAUGACGCUAAAUGUAUCUAUUUUAUCUAAUCAUGAAUAUAUGUAAAAGUAAUGUAUUUAUGUAUACAUUCAUAUAUGAAAUAUCAGAAUAGUUCAUUUUGAACUGCAACCCUGAUGCAGUUAUACGGGUGCUGUAGCACCCACAUUAAGAAAGGCUGCAUUAGACAAAAAAAAAUUACAUUUUUUUAAACUAUUGGAUCAAAUCAAGGAUAAAUAUACUGAUUAAAUAAAAAUGGUGCACUAACAUGGUACAGACUACAUAACUUUAAAAGCUUUUCCAGGUUAUUACUUACUGGUUGACUUUAGGAAAAUCCCUUCAAUUGUGGUGUUUUAGCUCCCGGUCUUGCUCAUGGCACUAUGGUAAAUAAAGAUAAAAUAAUUAAUUUAAUCUAGGCUAUAUUAGUCAUGAUUUUAGCAGUACUUGUGUUCUUCGUAAGGGAUGUGCAUGUCUAGUCAUCAAAUAGAUUAAACAUAUUUUCCCAUGGUAGUCGUCACCAGUUGAAUAAAUUCAUUAUAGUGUUGGCCUUAGAAACCCAGUCACAUAUAGUACAUAGCACAGCCAACCACCACUACUCAAAGCUACCUUUAAUUGCUGAAUUUUGUACACGUACUGAAAUUAAUAUUUUGAUUGGCUAGAAGCUCACAAUAUGAAUGUAUGAUGUCAAAACUUGAUUGAUUUUAAUUAAAUCUAAGUUAUAGUACUGUAGGCUUUAUUUUGCUAAGUUCUACAUUCUUUGAUUGUUGCAAAAUGUAACUGUCCAACGUAACAUAUCUAUCAUUGUUGUGCAGGAUGAAGACUCUCUUUGCAACAAACUCUGCACUUUUACCAUCACACAGAAGGAGUUUAUGAAUCAGCACUGGUAACUAUGAGCAUGUUGUAAUUAUUGUUUAGUUCAACAUAAUCCAUUUUCAUACUAACUGCUAGGAUGUUAAACCUGAAAACAGUGGUUUUACAGGAACCAUUUUAAAGUUAACUAAAAAGGAAAAUCUUAAGCUGCUAAGAUCCCACAAGAAACUUAAAAAAUUGUUGAAGACAUUUUUCCUUUAAAACAAAACGUUACAUCCUUGACGUGUGUUAAACGUCACACGUUUUUUUGUUGUUUUUUGACUUACUGUAUUGCUCCUGAGUUGAAAAAAAAAACUUUCAUUUUGGUCAGAGGUAUUUUCUGUAAGUACACUUUGUUUUUUCCCAAUGUUCCAAAGUUAUUUGCUUGCACAUAGAGGAAUUGGAUUUCAGGAACUGUAAUCACCUUCCUUUUAAAGCGGUUUAUACACUGUCAUUGAUAUAGUCAUUAAUGUUAACUUGCUACACAAACUAAGUUUUUGUUUUCUUUUUUCAUUUUGCAGGUAUCACUGUCACACCUGCAAAAUGGUGGAUGGGGUAGGUGUGUGCACAGUGUGCGCCAAGGUCUGUCACAAAGACCAUGAGAUCUCCUAUGCCAAGUAUGGCUCUUUCUUCUGUGACUGCGGUGCCAAAGAGGAUGGCAGCUGCCAGGUGAGACCGAAUACCUCAGGUCAUCAUGGGAAGAGAACAACAGCGGUAACUUUGGCUUGCAAGUCAUUCCCCCAUUGACUUCCAUCCAGUCAUUUCAUUUGGUCAGGGUUAUAGCUAGCCCACACAUGUGGCCAGAAAAUGAGUGAAAUCACGUCUAAUGUCUUAUUUUGUGUAACACAAAGGCCAGCUCUCUUAGUUAAUUCUUACAAUUGGGAUUGUUAAAUGUGCAUGUAAUGAUGCACAAACUGUCCAUUACUUAACCUUUAGUUUAUCAUUAGUCUGAUUUGUUCUCUUGUGACAAUGGUGCGUAAUGCUUUUGUUCAGAGAUAAUGAUGUGGUACCAGCAUGUAUCAAAUUGAAUUAACAGUCAUGGCUUUUGCUGUGGUGGCAGUUUAGAUUAUGCAGAUUUUCAUCCAACAAACUCCUAGAUUUUCCAUUUCUUUAAUCACUAUAUAUGAUCCACAAUGUGGGGUAGCUAGUAGUGUUUAAAUAAAAGUAGGUUAUCCUUUUGGUAAAGAAGUUAAACUAAACAAAUGAUGUCUUAAGAAAAGUUUGCAUUUGAUGUACUACUACGUAAAAAUUAAUUCUCCUUGAAAUUGUGUUGCUGUUCUCACUGUUAUACUUUUUGUCCAACCAUCCACAGGCCUUGGUCAAACGCAGCCCCAGCAGUGGAAUAGGCUCCACUCUUAAAGAGUCUUCUGCAUUCCAGAGUGAACUGCGUAUGCCUGACAGUGCUAUCCGUCACCAGAACUCCUCACCCUCUGACAAGAGCAAGGUCACCAUCUGUGAUGGCAAAUCUGGUGAUGAAGACAGGCCAAAGAAGAGCAGUGUGUGCAAGAGCAUUGAGGGCUGCCAGGAGGAGUUGCUGGCUCAAGUAGUAAGAAUUUUUUUUUCUAUUCUUGAUUAAUCAUCAGAUGCAUGUAUUUGUCUGCCCCAUGUCUUUUUUGACAAGGCGCUCUGUGCACCACCUCCAGUGCUGCAUGACAAUACUGUGUUCCAUAGGACUUGAAGUAGUAUUGUGUAGGGAUGUUCCCAGCGGUUAAUUUCACUGAUGUUUAAACAACCAUUUUGAAACCGAAUAUUCGAAUACCCGAAAAUUAAUUAACGCUCAGAAAAUAGCCCAAAUUGAGCACAUGACGAUCUUUAUGGCCAGAUGUCAUCUGAAAUAAAUAUUAAGAGUACAUGAAAGCCAUACUUAUAAUAUUAAAAUAUGUUACAGAAUCUUAUUUUAGCGCUGGAGAAUGACAUAAAGUAUGUGAAAGAUCAAAGAAAUUAAGCUCCACUCCGCUGCGCUCAAGCCAAGCAGCCUGCUGGGUCAUCGGCCUGCCUCACACCAUUAGCACAAAAUGAAGCGUGCCAUCUUUAUCUAAAUCAAAAUACUCCCAAACUUUGCUCUUUUUUCUCACCGACAUCGCCCUGGCUGAUCGCAUGUGUUGAUUCACUCUGAGGAAGUUAACCCACGAUGCCAUGCAUGCUGCAGGCCAGCGCUGCGAGCCCAGAGCAGCGAGCCAGGCAGAAAGAGUCGCACGCAAAUGAUCCACACAUUUUAGCUUGUUUAAUGCACACUUUUAUUAAGACAUGACGGUAAAAACAUAAUAAAAAAGCUUUUUUUCGCUUUUUUCUUCUUUUCCCCCUUUUCUUUUUUAUAGAAUAAAUGAAUAUUAUUUACUAAACGGAUAGUAAGGACAGCCCCGUUUACACGAAUAUCCAAAUAACCACGCACAUCCCUAGUAUUGUGGCACUUAAAGAUGUUGUUUCUUGCUGUGCAGAUCUUUGCUUGUGUUGUACUUAGCACUCAGCUGUACAUUGCUUUGGACAAAAGUGUCAAAUUCUAAUGUAACAUCAUUAAAAUGACUCAACAAAUCACAAAACAAUGUUAUUUUAGAUCCUUUUCACAUGUACUGCACUGGACAUUGUGUUACUAAAGCUUUUGGCUGUCUUUAUUUACACCAGAUGGGGUCAUCUACUGCAGCAGUAAUUUUGGAGAUGCUUAUGUUUCUCAUGGAAGCUAUCCAGACCAACUUCCAGCAGGCAUCAGCUGUUGGAAGCAGCAGCCGAGCCCAGCAAGCUCUCAAUGAACUGCACACUCAGGACAAAACAGUGGAGAUGACAGACCAGUUAAUGGUGAUAAAACCUGUACAAUUCAUUUCAUUUCAUGUUUUUCAGAAACUCUGUUUUAGGUAGUAAAUUCUGUGUAAUUUGCUGUGCUUUUCCAAGGUGCCUACACUUGGCUCACAGGAAGGGGCUUUUGAGAACGUGAGGAUGAACUACAGUGGUGACCAGGGACAAACCAUACGUCAGCUAAUCAAUGCACAUGUCUUACGUCGUGUUGCUAUGUGCGUCCUGUCCUCACCUCAUGGCCGCCGCCAGCACCUUGCAGUGAGCCAUGAAAAAGGAAAGGUAAGCUCUCCAUCCAGUCAGAUGAGUGCAUUAAUAAUUAUAUUACACUGAAAUAUUAAAAAGCCUAUGAAUUGAAUAUUCUUUAUUUGAUUUUUUUCUUUUUUUUGUGAUCAGCGCUUGGACCAGGGUUUUUUGAUUUUUAGUUAUAGUAUUCUUAUGACUAAAUGUGCAUUUCUGUGGCCUUAUCUGUCAUAUUUUUUUCACAGUAAUUGCUUUAUGUAGUUUAAACCAGUAUGUGGUUCCGGUUUUUGAAUUCACUCCCUUUGACAAAUGUUUUCUGCCUUGUAGAUAACAGUUCUGCAGCUGUCUACUCUUCUGAAACAAGCUGACUCAAGCAAGAGGAAGCUAACACUGACUCGUCUGGCCUCUGCUCCAGUACCUUUUACUGUGCUCAGUCUCACAGGCAAUCCCUGUAAUGAGGAUUACCUGGCUGUGUGCGGCCUUAAGGUCAGAAAACCAAUUCCCUUGAAAGAAAAGCUUUUCUUUUGUUUUGGGCUUUCUGAUUCCAUGUGUACAUUUGGAGCCAUUCAAAAUGAAAACAAUACAGAAAACUGGGUAACCAUUUUGUUUGUAAGGAAAGAUCACUCAGUGAGCCAAGAUGAUGAUUAUGCUAAUUUUAAUAUAACUGGAUGGGGCAGAAGUUUGGUGUUUGACUGUUUUGUCUCCUUUGUUCUUUCCUUUUUUCCUAGGACUGCCAUGUUCUAACUUUCAGCAGUACAGGUUCUGUGUCAGACCAUCUGGUGUUGCACCCACAACUGGCCACUGGCAACUUCAUUAUAAAAGCCAUUUGGUUGCCUGGUUCACAAACUGAACUUGCCAUCAUCACAGCAGACUUUGUAAAGGCAUGUAUUAUAGAAAAUAAAACAUCACUAAGUCCUUUUAAAGACAUUGUAAAGCAGCUUUUGGGGAUAUAUUUGAAACUUAUAUAGCAUAAAGAAAAGGGUUACUGGUGCUAAUGCAUUAAAAAUAGUGCUGCUUUUUUGUAUGGUGAUGCAAAAAAAAUGGUAAAUUUGUCUUUUUUUAUUUUGUCUUUCUUGCCCUGCAGAUUUAUGACUUAUCUGUGGAUGCUCUGAGUCCCAUGUACUACUUCCUGCUACCAAGUUCUAAGAUCCGUGAUGCCACCUUCCUUUUCAAUGAAGAGGGGAAGAGUGUUAUUGCCAUCAUGUCUUCAGCAGGUUACAUGUACACACAGCUCAUGGAUGAGUUCAGCAGUGCUCAACAUGGCCCCUUUUAUGUCACCAAUGUUCUGGAGAUAAACCAUGAAGACUUAAAGGUACGUCUGAUGUUUACUUCAACCACAAAAUUACACUUACUGAAAGUCAAAGCCUAGGAAACUUUGACCCAAUGAAAUAUAAGCAUUUUCUGAAAAGGUGUAGACCACAUAGCCCAAAAAGUACAUCACUACUUUCAUGUUUUAAAAAAAAAGGUUUAUGUUGUUACACAAUUUUAGACACUUUUUGAUGUGUCUUAAUUGCUUGAGUUUUAUUGUGCAAUAUUUAGUAACACUCUUUGUAUAUUAUUUCAGGACAGCAAUGGACAAGUUGCUGGAGGUGGCGUGUCAGUUUAUUACUCACAUGUGCUUCAGAUGCUUUUCUUCAGCUACAGCCAGGGUAAAUCUUUUGCUGCAACAGUGAGUCGCAGCACUACAGAAAUGCAGAGGCUUUUCCCCAUCAACGUAAAGGGGUAACAUUGCUCAGACACAAUAUAUGUUGCAUUCAUUCUCCUGCCACCACUGUCUAACCAGAGAAUGGGUAACUGGAAGUGCUACGUUAGUAAACAUCUCUUCCAUCCUGCCUUCUUUAGCUCCAAUGGCAGUAGCAGUAAGAUGUCACCAGCUUUGUGCCAGUGGUCUGAGGUCAUGAACCAUCCAGGCCUGCUGUGCUGCGUGCAGCAGACAACAGGCAUACCACUAGUCAUCAUGGUUAAGCCAGACACUUUCCUCAUCCAAGAGAUCAAAACUCUGCCAGCCAAAGCCAAGGUAAGAAGCAAAACACUGUUUACCAGUUUUUAAGGCCUGCUUAAAGAUAGCAAGUUGAACCUCUGUUACAAGAAAUAGCUGUGUGUAACAGGACAGGGAUGUGAUUCUUCCAUAUUUAUCUGUAAUCUUGGAUUUUCUGACCCAAAAGGGUGACCUGUAAAUCAUGAAUAGAUUUCAGGACAUCUUAAUAAGUAACAAGUUAAAACUUUGUAUUUCCGCUAUUACCGCUGUUGUAUUUCCAAGUAUUUGUGCCAGUGUGUGUUGAGCUUGAACUCAACCUGUUGUUUUAAAUUGGGGUAGGUGAGUCUUGUUCAUGUUGUUCAUGUUAAUUAGCAGCCCCCAUACACUUGAAAAUUCUCCAAAAGCUUUUUGCUGAUGAUACAGCCCAUAUUGUUGUCCAAGCCUAGUGGACACAUCCCUGAAUAGAAGUCAAAAUAGAACUUGCACUGAUGGCACAUUUACCUCCCCUAUCAUUCACUAUUUCUUGUACCUCUGUUCUGUCUCGGCCGAACUACAAGUCAUUGUCUGUUAAAGGAUGUUGUUUUACUUGCCACAGAGAGGUUUUUGUCUUUUCACAUUGCUGUUCAUUUGAUUUGACUUAAUUGAGCUUUUCUUCGGAUUCAGCAUCUCAUUUUCAAGGAGGUCUCAAUACAAAUACCAUGUAAAGCACAUACACAGAACAGUAUUCCAGGUACAUUGGUAAAAGCAUGAUGAAGUUCUGAGAAUUAACUUUGUUGAAUAUUCUGUUUCUGUUUCUGUUCGACACAGAUUCAAGACAUGGUUGCUAUACGGCACACUGCCAGUAAUGAGCAGCAGCGUACAACUAUGAUUCUUCUCUGUGAGGAUGGGAGCCUGCGAAUCUACAUGGCCAAUGUUGACAACACCUCCUAUUGGCUCCAACCCUCACUGCAGCCUAGCUGUGGCAUUAACAUCAUGAAGCCUGUUCGCAAACGUAAAGCGACUGCCACAAGUAUGUUUCUGACCAGUAAAGUUAAUUUCACUCUUUGAAAUUGUAAAUAACAGCAUAGAUGGAAGUUAUUAGUAUACAAGUGUUACUGACACAUUUACACUAUUUAAUAUUUCUUUAGAAAAAGCAUGUUUAACAACCUUUGACAUUCUGAUGUUAACUCUAAUCUACAACCUCAUAUUGGUGACAUAAUGUAUAAAAGAUUACGUGGUAUCACAGUUAACUUGAAAAAAUCUGAAAGUAUGUUUUCUGUUGUCAGUCUUUCCUGGAAAUUGCUGACCAUAGGCUGUAUAUAGAAUGGACAUCAAAGAUAUCGGCUAAAACAAAGCGUUUUAGACUGAGGCUGAAAUAAAGACUAAAAAAUUUGAGCUUUUUUUUAAUCUGAAAAUUGUGUAAAGAAAUUUAAGAGGUAUCAGAAAGGAAAUAUUGAGUCUAAAAAAAUGCAUAAUAACCCCUCUUUAAAAUUAAGUACAUGUCAUAUAAAUUUUUCUCACCCCUGGUUGCAAUGUUGAUGUGUAUUUAGUGUUAGAUAAUUACAACAAUAUUCUAAUUAUUGUUGUUUUUCUGUGCAGCUCCAUUUUAAAAAAAAAGUUAUUAGGGGUUACCACCCCGGGCAAAAAUAACAGAAUCACCAGUCUUGGAGGAAGUUCAUUUAGUUUAUAGAAUUUUGUAGAAAAAAAACGGAUCACUGACAUGACACAAAACUAAAGUCAUUUCAAAUGGCAACUUUCUGGCUUUAAAAAACACUGAAAGAUAUCAAGAAAAUAAAUUGGGGUAGUCAGUAACAGUUACUUUUUAGGCCAAGCAGAGGGAAAAAAAUUGUGGAAUCACUCAAUUACGCUGUUUGAGCAGAGUGUCAUCAAAUUGACUCUCUCACCGACUGCUAUUUUGUAAAUGCCAGUUUCAGGAAGUAGAGAAAAAUCCUGGAAAUACCGAAAGCAUUGUGGCUUCAAAUUUGUACAAUGACGGAAGGCGGAGUCCAUACUAUAUACAGUCUAUGGUGCUGAUCUAAGUAGUAUAUGCUAAGUACCUGGCAAAAGUAAAAUUUUAUCAAAUGAUUUUUCCUUAAGCCACUCGGACCUCGAGUCAGGUGACAUUUCCAGUGGACUUCUUUGAACACAACCAGCAGCUAACAGAGGUGGAGUUUGGGGGCAAUGACCUGCUGCAGGUUUACAAUGGGCAGCAGAUCAAACACAGGCUCAACUCUACUGGGAUGUAUGUGGCAAACACAAAGGUACUUUUUUAGAAAGCGUAUUCUGUCUGAGACCAGAGUGCAUGACUGCAGUGAUAAACAUUAUCAUUGAUACAAAUGUGAGAGUGACAUUUGGCUUGGUCUAUUGGUUUAACUUUGACUUAUUUUUCAACAGGAAUCUUGAUAACAGAAUAGCUGAGUCUUGUACAUAUAUUUCUCCAACUGUUCUUCUGCAUUUCUACAUACAUGCUGUGUGUUUAUAAUUUUUAUAUGUUUCUCCUCCAGCCUGGGGGAUUCACUGUAGAGGCAGUUAACAACAACAGCUCAAUGGUGAUGACAGGCAUGAGGGUGCAGGUGGGCACUCAGGCCAUUGAGAGGGCUCCCUCCUAUGUGGAGGUUUUCGGGCGUACUAUGCAGAUCAACUUGACAAGAGCUCGCUGGUUUGACUUUCCCUUCACCAGAGAGGAGGCAUUGCAGGCAGACAAGAAGCUGUGCAUUUUCAGUAAGCAGUAGUGUGCAAUAAUGACAAUAUUUGGUUGUUUUUUUUCUCUUUGAUUUUUGUUAUUAAAUGGCCUCAUGUAUGAAUGAAGUCAUGUUGAUUAACUUUUUAGUCAGUCGAAAUUCUCGUUUUUUUUUUAUAUUAUAUUUGUAACAAGAUUUCAUAAAAGGUUAUUCUUAAAAGGAAGAUUGUUUUGACAACUUCUAAUAAUUUUGACAUGAAAAUUUAGAAUGAUUGCUAUGCAAAUGUCUAACACUUUUAAAAUGUACUCAUAUUGCAUUCAAAUGAUAUUUUAUAUUUUUCAAUUUACUCCUGGUCCCUUGAAAAAGCACCGUUUAGUGUGUGUUGUUUAAGUCACUGGGUUUUGCAAAGUUACAUUUAUUCAAGGGGCUAAAUGUAAACUGCAUUGUGACAUACAUAUGAUGUUGUGGUUACAAAACCCUGUGUUUCAGUAUGUUUUUAAAAUCAUUAUUGUUCUGCACCUUUUCAUGGAAUAAGAUGGCAUUGCAGAUUAACAAUGACAGAACACCACCCCCUGAUGUUUUUCACAUUCCUGUUUCACAUUUCUAUUCAUUUGAAGUUGGAGCAUCUGUUGACCCAGCUGGAGUCACCAUGCUCGAUUCAAUAAAGAUCUAUGGUAAAACCAAGGAGCAGUUUGGAUGGCCUGAGGAUCCACCUGAGGACUUCUCCUCUGCAUCUGUUAACAAUGUCUGCAGUCCCAAUCUCAACCAAGGCAAUGGCAGCUCUGACGGAGACAUUGCUACCCCAACAACCACCAGUGGCAGUGUUCUUGAGAGGUAUGGGCUAUCCAUUUUGGGGUUAAUAUACUAGGUUUUAAAGUUCCUUUUUGCUUUUUUUUUUUUUUGUUAAAUGUACGGUACUUGGACUUGACUGGUAUAUUAAAAUGGAGGAGCCAAAGCAUUAACAAGUUUUUUUCACAUCUGCAGAUUCUGAAUUAAUUUUCAGGGAUAUUAAUCUUGUCCAAAUUUGAGGUGCUUUCAUUUUGAUGGUGUGAUAGAUUUUAGUCAUAGCAGCCAUUACCUGCAUAUCUUCAUUUUUCAUGAGUAGGUAGCACUAGUUGUCAAGAGCGAGAUUUCAAGUUAUGAUGAUGCGGGUUUGUUGUCUUUAGAGUCUUUAGUGCAUGGCUGUUGUGAUGUCAUCUUUUCUUGCAUGCUUCUCUUUUGUUCAAAUAUAUCAUUUAAUUUCACUUGUUUCUUUCUGUGAUCCUCACACUUUGUUUUUUUUUUCUUUUUCUUUUGCUCCCAAAUAUACUAUAAAAAGUUGUGAAACUGAGUCCUUAUCAACCUUGGACCGGUUAGUAACUGCCCUUUCUCUGCUUGUUUGUGUGGUUUUGUGCACGUGUGCCAGUCUGUGUGUCUAUGCUUGAGACUGAACAUGCCAUGAACCAUUAUCACACUUAAACAAAAUAAAAACAAUAAUAAUAAUUUGGUGCCUGACAUUUGUUCUUGCAUUCAGAGUUGUUUGGACAUUUAGAUUAGUGCAGACCAUAACAGGUAGAGAUAUGUUCUUUGUGAUUGAUUUGCUGAUUUAAGGCAAAAUGUACAGUACAAAAUGUUGAUGUUCAACCUCCAUUUCAGGUUGGUAGUCAGCUCUCUUGAAGCUUUGGAAAACUGCUUUGCAGUAGGCUCCUCCAGUGAAAAGGUAAAUUAGUGAAAAAAUUAUUCCUCCUUUCUUCAAAAGUCACACGAUAUUUGAGCUAUGAAUCCUAAGUUAAGUUUUUAUUGUUGACCAUCUUUAAACUUUAUACAGGAGAAGAAUAAAGUGGCAGCAUUGGAGUUGGCUACUCUACUCCUGUCCAUGCCUACCCCUGCUGGUGUGCAACAACAAACCAAGGGACUUCUUGCCAGCUUGCACACCAGCAGAACUGCCUACCACAACCACAAGGUGAGUGAGAAGUAAAGGGGAUCUAGAACUACUUAAGUCUUAAUUAACCCUGAAGUUUGUAGAUAAGUUAGAUUGGCUCACAUUCCCUUGAACACAUUUUUAUAUAUUCUACAUAUUACUAAUCACACGUGAACAUGAGAAAACAACCACUAUUGGGCUUAGAAAAAACUUGUCAAUCAUUUCUUUUACUUAAGGAAACAGGGCAGAAAUAGGUACUGAGCUGUUACCUAUAAAGGUAUACUGCCAAUUAAUAUUGUGCUGAAUAAAUCUAUACAAAAAUAUAUCCCAUGUGCUCUUCACCAAUUUAUGCGUUAAGUCAGAUGUUCUAGAAUUGAUACAGCCACAAAUUCUAUGAUGGCAUUAAAAAAAAAAAAAGUAGCACACGGUGCAGUGCAAAAGAAAGCCCAGAGAUGGCAGUAGGAGUCAAACCACAGGAUGCAGUACACAUAUAAAAUCAAAACAAAUGGGCCUGUUUUGUGCACUGUGCAUGUAAGGAAUCAAAGUGCCUUCCAAUUAAAAAAAGAAUUUAAUAAAAACAACAACAAAUGGGCCUGGAAGCAUAUGGGAACACUUUGGUUAAAUUCUACAGCAACACGACAAACCUCCAUCUACAUAAGACAAAAUGCCAUUCUUAUUUACAGCUAGCAGGAACAGGUAGACCUGCUAUACAGAAUACUGUCCAAAAAAAUGAACAACGCAAGUUUUCACUUAACAUUUCCCUCAACUACUCAACAGGUUCAAAAGACCAUAUACACACUUUUAUGCUGUAUUUGAUAAGACUUGUGCACUCACGGUGUUGAGAUUAUGACUUCAGGUAGCUGUUUGUUUGUUUUUUUUUCGUGAACUGUGCGGUGUAAUCCACGCUUAUCAGGUCAUUACAGAAACAGUGAUAUGUUAGUUAUAUGCAGAUGUAAAGGUAAAAUCACUGGACAUUGUAUCUUUCCUCUCGUUCAUUUCAUUUCAUUAUGUCUUUCUGAAAAAGAACAACCAUCGAUGAUUGGUUAAGUGUGUGUUCACCUUGAUCAUGUUCAGCAAAAUAUACACACUACAGUUGAGAACACACUCAUGAUUAAAGGUCAGCCUGUCCUAUUCAACAUCAAUUGAUGCAGCUGUUGCUGUUUUAAAUUCACGUAAAGUUCUAAUGUCAGUUGGAAAAUUGUUCUUUUAAAACAAGCAGUCUUUUGCAAAUGCUACUCACUUGUUAAAUUUGCAAAGCUCAUGUGAAAUGUGAAACUAUAUUAGAAACAGAGUGCAAGGCCAAAGUGCCUAGCAGUUCAGGGCGUGCGACCUGGCGAUCUCAGAAUGUGAAGGAUUAAAAAGUGACAACAAUCUGCCAAAGCACAAAGAUCGUAGAACCUGCUAUGUUGUAUUCCUAAUAUAUGUCUUAAUAAUUAAAAGUUGAGAAAGCAUGUUUUAAAAUUCAUCUGUUACAAGUUGAUGAUGGUAAUUGCAGUAGCUGAAAAAUCUGCAGAAAAAAGGACAAGAUACAUAAUCCCCUUCCUCUCUUUUCUCUGUCCCUCCAAUCAAUGCGUGUGUAUCUUCUCAGACUCACUCAGUCCUCAGUUCAAUUCAUCCAAUCACUGUUAGUAUGCAAAUGAGCCAGGAAGUAGCCAGACUAUGGUGUCACUACGAAGCAGUAACAUUGCAAAAGAAACAGCAGAGCUUUGCCAAAUUCGCCUUUGGGACUUUUGAGAUAAUUAAUAAUUCACAAAAACAACAAUAAAAACAAGUAAUGUUGAAUAUAACAGUGGAGUAGAGGGGAAAAGAAAGAAGAGUGAGAGAAUUGAGAGAGGAGAUUUUUGAGCUGUUUAGUUGUGAACAAAAACUAAAAGAACCAGCCCCCCCAAAAAGAAAGAAAAAACAUGACAUUUUCUGCUCUGUAUCUGUUGUGUUUAUAAAUUAGUUUCAGAAGUGAUUUUUAUUGAUUUUUGUUUAUAAGAUUACCUUUAAUUAUUGUAAAUAUUGACUUUUGUGUGUGAAGUUUUAUUUUAGGUUCACGUGUAUUUGAGAAUAAGACCAUCCAGUUAAGAUAGAUGUAUAAGUUCAGUGUUGUUGGUUGUUAAAAUUGUAUUUUAUUUAUUUCUAUUAUUUUCUUUCUUUCUAUUUUUAAAGCCUCCCCCCAAAAAACUAAACAAAGCAAAAAAAAAGUCAUCAUUAUCAUCAUUAGCAUCAAUUAUCCUUGCCUUCACAGGACCAGUCUUUGCUGGGUAACGCAGUGCAUUGUCUGAAUAGCUGCAGCAGAGAGGGGAGAGAGCUUGAUCCUGAUGUUUUCCAGAGGCUUGUGAUCACUGCCCGCUCCAUUGCCAUCAUGAGACCCAACAACCUGGUGCAUUUUACAGAAACCAAGUCUCUACAUCAUGAUUCUGGUAAGACACUUUUCUGUUGGUGACUAUUGCUAUUCCAGAAGAAGGAACAUGAUAAAACUUAGUUGAUGAAUGAUUUGUAUAGUUUGACUGUAUGUGUUUAUCUUUCUACUAUUUAUUGACUGUGAAGUUCUUCUGUUGGGUAGAAUAGUUUACCCAAAAGUAUCUAAAAAGACUCUGUGAUAAUUUACUCCUCACUUCCCAGAAAUGAUGGAGGAUGGGCAAAAACACAUGGACAGUGAAAACUGUAAUUUCAUCACACAGCUGAUGAAUAACUUUUGGAAGCUCCAUGCCCUUAAACCAAAGAAUGCUUUUCUUGCUCCGGCCUGCCUACCUGGUAAGCUCAAAAUCUGAUACCACAAAGCUGCUGCAAGUUUAUUUAGAAUGAAGAGAAAAAGAGAGGAGUCUUUGCUGCUUUUUGAUAAUUGUGCAUACUGUCGAAAAGUGGUAAUAGGAUUUUGUUUCGUACAACCCCUUAUGAACAGUCGUGACUGUGUUGCUGUUCCUUUUUUUAAGGACUGACUCAUGUGGAAGCUACAGUAAAUGCUUUGGUGGACAUUAUCCAUGCAUACUGCACAUGUGAACUGGACUACAUCAAUGUGGCCUCCAAAAUCUACAUGCAAAUGUUGCUGUGUCCUGUAAGUAAAAUGCCUCCAUUGAUGGCCAGCAGACAUGCUGGAUAUCUUGAGAAUCAGUUUUAUAAUUUAUGGCCCUUGUGACAAAAAAUGAGAUGGAUGUUUUUCUGUUGAUGGUAGAUAUUGGUGUUUCUUUUGUAAAAUUCUUGUCUAUAAGAAAUUGAGAAAUUUGUAAAGUUACAAAAUGCUUUUCACAAUCAAUACUUAUAGGGUCAGAAUAACACAGGACAGGAACUGUAACUUGAAAUGCUGUUGACGAAAGCAGCAUGGACAGACUGUCAUCAGGCAAUUGUUUUGUGUUUCAACCAAUUUCAGGACACAGCUGUAAGUUUUGCUUGUAAGCAGGCUCUAAUCAGAGUUCUUCGACCUCGAAACAAAAGACGACACGUGACCCUUCCAUCACCUCCACGCUCUAACACACCUAUGGGUAAGUGUGGGAGCUUUACAAAGAGCCUUUUUUGUAUUCAAUGUGCCUAGUAUAAUUGUACUGUUAAUGGGUCAUUACAAUAUACAAGCGCAUAAUGCCAGGGAUGAUGAUAUUCUGUCACCUUGCCGGAUCAUGGGUAUGAGGCCAGGAAAAGAUAAAACCAAUGAACAAAAAAUACACUUUGGGAUAUGUUGUGGAUGAGGUUUAUCAUGUCUGCAAUCACCUACGCAUGGUAGACACAGUCCUAGCUCUCAUCCAAACAAAAGUUAAGAGCCAAUCAGAUUCAAGUAGGGCAGAUCUUUGCAACAUAGGAGGUGUGUUAAUUGAUUGAAUGCCAAAAAAAAAAAAACAUGAAACUUGAUGAAGUAGUCACGAUAGUUGGCAAAAAGCAAAUGAUGCUCGGUGCUGAUUGAGAUAUUUGGGGGUUGUCCAAUUUUUCGUUCGAAAGAAUUGUUUGAAUUCUUCAAAAUGAACAAAGAAUUGGAUGACCAUCACCUGGAUGAAUGAGAACCUCUGCAGACAUAUUGGGCAGUUGGUGACACAAACAGAUAGAGCCUGGCACUUGUUUUUACAGUGUGAUUGAGGAAGCUACCAUACUACAUUCAACCAGUACUAAAGAAGUGCUGUUGAGUUCUGACUCAGACCACUAAAUUCAAAUUCAACUUUAUUUAUAUUGCACUUUUCAUACAAAAGAAAAUGCAAUUCUAAGUGCCUCACAGAGGCUAAAAACAACAAUGACAAAAACCCAACCCUUCCACCCACACACACACCCAUGGACCCACACGCACACAAAGACACACACCCACCCUCACUCACCAAAACAUAAACACACACACACACACACACACACACAGCCGCACACAAUGUGAGAAUUUAAGAUAUACUGUUAGAGAGACAUGGCCUGGUACCGAGACAAUACAUGAGGAGAGAGCUACCUUUAGGAAACACUGAAGAUAAAAAUAGAGAUAAAAAUAGUUAAAAGAGUAAAACCUGAUGGACUAAAACAAGAAAAUAAUAUAAAAUGAACAAAUCAGGAAAAGCUCUUUACUAUAUAAAAAAGGCGUAAAAGAAGUAAAAACCUGUGACAGGAAAUCAAGAAAAAGCCCAAGAACAGACAUAAUGAAUAGAAUGACAUAAAAUAAACAUUAAGAACUUUGAUUAAAAUGAACAUUUGCAGUAAAAGAAGUCUAAAAUGGCAACUGGUAAAAAGCCUGGUUAAAAAAGUGAGUCUUGAGCCUCUUCUUAAAAAUAUCAACAGUCUCUGCGGCCCCGAGGCUCUCCGGUAGGCUGUUCUACAACCGGGGACCAUAAAAACUGAGCGCCGCCUCCCUGUGUGUUUUUGUUUUGACCUUGGGUAAGGUUAAAAGGCCUGUGUCGGAGGACCUCAGGGUCCGCGAGGGUUGAUAUGGUAAAAGUAAAUCAGAUAAAUAGGAGGGGCCAAGACCAUUAAUACAUCUAAAAACUAAUAAAAGUACCUUAAAAUUAACCCUGAAACGGACGGGGAGCCAAUGCAGCAAUGCUAAAAAUGGCGUUAUAUGCUCCCGCCCUCUGACCCUCGUCAGCACUCUUGCAGCUGAAUUCUGUAAAAGCUGAAGUGUAUGUAAGUUCUUCUUUAGGAGGCCAGAGAGCAGGUGGUUACAAUAAUCUAAACGAGAGGAGAUAAAAGCAUGCAUCAGCACCUCCGUGCUGGCCUGGGAGAGAAACGGGUGAACUCUGGCCAUAUUCUUUAGGUGGUAAAAACCGACCAUUUCUAUGUUUCUCAUGUUUGGAAUAAAACUGAGCUCAGAGUCGAAAAUUACGCCCAGGUUUUUUACAGAUGUUGAUACUUAAAAAUCUUGUCGUUUUGGUAAAAGUGUCUCUCUCAGGCCUUCAGGACCAAUAACUAAAACCUCUGUUUUGUCCUGGUUGAGCUGCAGGAAGUUGGCUGCCAUCCAGGACUCUAAAAUGCCAUUUAAAAGGGCGUCAAUUGGCCCGCUAUCAUCAGGAGACACGGCCAUGUACAGUUGUGUAUCAUCAGCAUAGCUGUGGAAGUUGAUGCCGUGCCUCCUGAUAAUGUCCCCCAGGGGAAGCUUGUAAAGAUUAAAAAGAGUUGGACCUAAAAUUGACUCCUGGGGAACCCCACUCAUAAUUUUAUGGGUUUGUGAGGAACAUGUAUCCAUACUUACUAAGAAGUGUCGAUCAGUGAGAUAAGAGGUGAACCAGUUAAAAAAAGUGCCUGUGAGGCCGACCAGGUGCUUAAGUCUGUUUAAUAAAAUGCGAUGGUCUACUGUAUCAAAGGCGGCGGUUAGAUCCAGAAGGACCAAGACUGUGAGUUUGUGAUUAUCUAAAUUGCACCUGAUGUCAUUCAAAACUUUUAAAAGGGCUGUCUCAGUACUGUGGUUUCUCCUAAAACCUGAUUGGUACUUCUCUAAAAUGCUCUUUGUAUUUAAAAAAUCAUUUACUUAUCAAAUACUAGUUUUUCCAAGAUUUUACUUAAAAAUGGUAAGUUGGAUACAGGUCGGUAAUUGUUAAAAAUCUUGGGGUCCAGAUUGCUCUUCUUUAGAAGAACCCUCACCAGCGCCGUUUUAAAGGAGGUGGGAAAGACCCCUGUCUGAAGAGAGCAAUUUGCAAUGUUUAAAAGCUGUUCCUCAAAGAAUCUAAGGCUGCAACAACGAAUCGAUUAAGUCGAUUCGUCGUGACGAAAAAAUUCGUUGCCAACUAAUUCUGUAAUCGAUUCGUCGGGUCUUUAUAUAUGUCCAUGGACACCGGCGUUUAAACAUCAGCAGGACGCACAGAAAAGAAACAGCCAUGGCCGAGGCAGCGGCUGAGAAAAACAUGGACACAACCCAACCCAAAUCCCGACCUAAAACAUCAGUGGUGUGGGAAAACUUCACCAAGACUGAAAAGGAAGGCGUUCAGUGCAACAUUUGCAAAGCCCGUUUUGCAUGGCUCGGGAGUACAUCGAUGAUGCGUGAGCACAGGGCUCUCAAGUUUCACGCAUUCAGCGUAUGACACACGCAUUCCCACUCGUUCACACGCUCACACACCACAGAUUAUAUUUCUCACGCAUUUAAAUGAACACGGUGAUGUCCACCAAGUUGCACCUCUUUAACUAUGGAACAGGGGGAAAUCAACUGAGUUUCUCAGAGAGUUCAGAAGCUGCAUGCCACGCGCAAGCCAAUCAAAUAAAGUAUAUCUACUGAACAGCCAAUCAAAAAGCAGCAUUGCUGUAUCCGGGUAGAUUUUGAUAUCUUGCGGUUUGACUACAAAAGAAGACAGACACUCGCCGAAAUAGAGCAGGUUUUUAUAAGGACGAGAUAGACCCGAUGAUUACAGUAAGUCAGUAACCUACACAUGCAGAGACCUCAACACCUCAAGGCAGAUAAACUCAUAUGAUAAACUAAAGCCCUAUGCUAUUGCUAUUUACAGCUGCAUUGAUGAAUUUAGCCUGUUUAUCCGAUUAAUCGAUUAGUUAUUAAAAUAGUCGGCAGAUUAAUCGAUUAUCAAAAUAAUCGUUAGUUGCAGCCCUAAAAGAAUCCAUAAAAUUGUUUAAAAAAAACGUGUGGGAAUUGGAUCUAAAAGGCAGGUUGUGGAGUUUACUUGGGAGAAAACUCAACCAAGUGUCUGCGCGUCAACCAGAGCAAAACUCUCGAGUUUUUCCUCGGGUAAAAGCAUUGAUCCAGGUGUGUUGGCAGUUAAAAUCUGUUGAGAUAAAAGACUGGAUCUGAUGUUGUCGAUUUUACUUCUGAAGUGGUCUGCAAAAUCCUCACAGAGGGUGUCAGAGGAUGACCCAGGGGUUCUGUUAAAAUUAUUGUUUGUUAAAAGAUCAAUUGUAGUAAAAAGAAAUCUGGGGUUAUGUUUAUUGUCAGCGAUUAGUUUUUUGUAGUGGGGAGUUCUUGCCUGUUUGACUGUGCUAUUAAAGGUUUUGAGGUGGUGUUUAAAAGCUUCAAGAUGGACUGUUAAUUUAGAUUUCCUCCAUCUCCUUUCAGCACUCCUGCAAUUACGUUUGAGCUGUUUGAUGCGCUUUCCCCAAGGGGGUCUUGCUUUUUUCUUGAUUGUUUAAUUUAAAAGUGGAGCAACUGAGUCCAGUGUUGACCUUAGAUUGUUGUUAAAAUUGUCAACGAUAAAAUCAAAGGGUGCUGGUAAAAUUUGUAGAGAGGUGUUCUGUAGGAUGUGAAUAAAAUUUGCAGCCACUUCAGAUGUUAGGUAGCAUUUCCUCACCGUUCUGACUGGGCUCCCCCUCUGGUUAAAACAGCUGAUUUUAAAAAACACACAAAAAUGAUCAGACACAGCCAGAUCCACAACAGAGGGCACACCGACGGACAGGCCAUAGCUUAUGACCAGGUCCAGCGUGCGCCCCCUGCUGUGGGUCGGCUGUGUCACAUGCUGCUGAAAAUCAAAGCAGUUUAAAAGGUUUAAAAAUUCUCUAGACACUGGGUCUGAGGUGUUGUCAAUGUGUAAAUUAAAAUCAUCAGUUAUUAAAAUCCUGUUGUAGGUGGUGUGGAUAAUUGAUAAAAGUUCGGAGAAUUCACUGAUAAAAGAGGACGAGUAGCGGGGGGGGGGGGGGGGGUCUGUACACAUUGAUGCAGAGGAUAGGAGGGCUGCUAAAAACAAAGGGGUGAUAUUCAAAUGAUGAGUGGCUGCUAAAAGGAACUGCAGAAGGGGACAGUGUGGAUCGUAUUAUUGAUGCAGUCCCCCAUCCCCCCGCGUAGAAAAUAAAAAGUUAAAAUUUGUCGGGGAAGCCUCGGUGAGAACAAUAGGUGCAUUGGUGUAUAUAUUAGGCAAUGUUCCUUUUAUUUUUCAUCAUUUCAUCAUUUAUUUCUGUUGAAAAUCAGCCAUAUGAAAUGUUUAUAAAAAAAGGAUAAAUUGAUAUAUAGAUGACAAAUUUUGAAGUUGUUGAAUAUUUUAGGUAAGUGAGAAAAAUUUUGAAGGUAUUGUGAGAGUAACAGUUACAGCUGCUGCUGCUUUGUUCAUCAGUGACUGGGAUCAAGAAAAUUUCAGUUUCUUGAAUCUGGGUCAAUUUACUGUACAGGAGACAAGGAUGAUGAUGAUGACGACGAUGCAGAUGACAAAAUGCAGACAUCAGUGCUGACUGAAGGAGAGAGGGGCAGACAAGAGAGUCAAGAGCAGAAUGAAGUGGACCAUGGAGACUUUGAGAUGGUGGUGAGCAAAUAAAAUUUUGGGGUUAACAUUGUGAAAGUAAAUUAUUUUAAGGAAUUUCGUACAUAAAUAUAGUAGUUUAAUGAACAAAAAAAGAAACAUAAUUAAGAGAUUAAAACAACUUCAAAUAUAAAUAUUGGUUACAAAUUUUUGUUUCUUCAUAUGCAUGUUUGUGAAACAUGUUUAUGUUUUUACCUUAUCAGUCAGAGUCCAUGGUCUUGGAGACAGCAGAGAAUGUAAAUAAUGGGAACCCGUCCCCACUGGAGGCUCUGCUAGCUGGGGCUGAGGGUUUUCCCCCCAUGCUGGACAUUCCCCCUGAUGCAGAUGAUGAAACUAUGGUAGAGCUGGCCAUCGCUCUCAGCCUUCAGCAGGAUCAACAAGGUAAAUUGCUAAAUAAUCUGUAAUGGGCAUGUAAUGGCUGGACCCAAAAUUCAACCAGACCAGGGGAAACAGGUUUCACAAGUUCUAUUUCUCUGUGAUAUUGCAGUGGUUAGUGGGCGGAGGGCUGCUGAGAGGCUUGGAAAAUUAAUUAAAAAAAAUGAGAGAGACUGAGGGUUAACAGAGAGAUACCAAAAAACACCAAAAAUUCUCAGUGAAGAUACACUCAAUCAUGAAAGCUCAGAGAGGGCUGUUGUACUAUUGUGUGUUGGUGUCAGUACUCUGGGGCUGAGGCUUGUGUCGGCAGCAGUUUUAAAGGCCAGCUGAUUGUAGAGUGGCAGCAGCUUCACCGCCACGAAGGAAACAGAGCAGCCUCUGAGGCCAAGUACACACAUAUUUUUAUAAAGAAAUAUCCAACCCCCCUCCGUUAUAAAAAAAAUGUCAUGUACACACAUCAUCGUUUUCAAAAUGAAAUCCCAUCCACACAAAACCGCAUGAAUGUGCCAUUAACCGCAGUUAUAAGCAUGCCGGACCUGGAGUUGGUAGUAUUUGCCAAAAAGUUCGAUCCAUUCUAUCCAAUCAAAGCAAGCUUCCCUUUCUUAUUGUCACUUCUUCAAACAUGAAACAAAGCGCUGUGUAGUUCGUUUGUGUGGACAGACAAAGAGGUGGAAUUGCUUUUAAGCAUCGCUAUUGAGUAGAAAGUCCAAAAGACACAAGAAAGGUGAAGGAAGGGUUAUUUGAUGUUGAAUAACUGACUGCAAAGCACUCCUUCUCCUUUGCUCCUCACAAAAUAUAUAUUCUGUAUAUAUCUGUGCCUUCCACUGCCUGACAUAAACAAGGGGGCAUAGUAUAUGAUGUUUACAUAUUAGUGGUCGCAGACACUGAUGUUUGGGAAUUUCAAACUCUGGUUAUCUAUGUCCACACGCAAACGCAAAACUGGAGUUUUCCAAAAUCUUUACUUUGGCCCAAGUUUUCCAAAAGCACUGUUUUAAUGAAGUAUCCAUGCGGCUUCGUGUGGAUGACAGCCCGAAACGCACAAAAGUAUAUUUGUUUUAGCAGAUACCAGGCUAUGUGUGUACAUGGCCGGAAAAAGGUGACAAGACAGCACCAGCCACGCACAGCAAACCGACCCCAAAUAAUAAAAAGAAUGGAACACAUGUCUAUGUCACAAGUCUCACCACAUCAUCAACAUUUUUAGUAAACCAAGACUGUAUGGACUUGCAUCAAAUUUAAAAAGGAUUUGUUAAUCUGUGAUGAAACAGUUAUCCAAUGUGCAGAAUAGUCACUUGACACCGAGGAGAGGCACUGCGCAGUUGGUUGUGUUAUUAUUUCCCACUAUUUUGAAGGAUAAUGACACCAUAACAGUUUUAACACCAAUUUGAACUAAUACCAGUACAAGGAUUUUGGCAACUAAACAACUUGAUUAGUUCCAAAAAUGUAUUUAUUUAUUUACUUCUUUUUUUUUCCAGAAUGAUCUUUUUCAUCCUUAUACUUUAAUCAAAUUUGGUGUACUCUAACUGUUAACCUUAAAUGACAAACCAAGCCUCUUUAAUAGGUUUUUCUGUUAAUUUGUGAAGACUCCACUAUUUUACUUUUACUUGACAUAUUUUUUGACAUUUUAGGUAGUAGCAGCAGUGCUCUUGGCCUUCAGAGCCUUGGUUUGUCUGGCCAGGCCCCAAGCUCCUCUUCACUGGACGCUGGCACCCUGUCGGACACCACAGCAUCAGGUAACAAGAAAGCCGCUGUGAUAGUGUGUAAUCAGCGAAAACACUUUUUUUUUCCCGCUACAUGGUUAAUAUAUCUUCACAGAGGUUUAGAAAUACUUAACACUUUUUAACCAUUAAAUGAUUAUUUAUCAUUUUAAUUUUGUUAGGUUGAAAUAAAAAGCUAUUGUAUGUGAUAACUAGAAAAUUCCCUCUGGGAGUCCCUCCCUCUUUGAAAAGGCCAUGGGGCUACUGCCGAGGUGUGUACAUUAUGAUGAGAUUCUACUGCUGGAUGUUCUUAUCACUGAGUUUAAAUUCUGGAGCUAAAAAACAAGUAAGUGCUGAAAUUCAGGUUUUAUAGACCCUGAAAUAUAAGACGUUAAGAAAUAAAAAGUAAAAAGAAUCUAAAUUAAAUAAACCACUGAAAAACAAGGUAGACAAGUGGCUGAAAACGAAAAAGAUAAGAAUUCAUAAGAAAGAUAAGAAUUCAAAAUGUAUGAUUAAAGAAUAUCACAAAUAUAUAUUAAAAAAAGACUAGAAGCGGUGUGCUGAUUCAGAAUGAUGAAAGUUUCUGAAUGUGAUCCAGAAAAGGUCCCCAAAUCUUUUCAAAUUUUUUGUUACAACCAGCAACCGAGUAACUAAUCUUCUCAAGGUCUAAAAAAGACAUAAGGUCUUUCAGCCACUGACUGUGAGUAAGCGGGGCAGCAUUCCUCCAUCUCAGAAGAACCACAGGUAGGCAAACACCAGAGUUUGGCAUUAAAAAAAGUAAGGUUUAUGUCCUCUCCCACAGUACAAAAAAAUAGCCACCAGGGGAUCAGGUUCUAAGAUCAUGUUUAGGAUCUGUGAUAAAGCUUGAAAAACAUCUCUCCAAAAUUUCUCAAGGCUGGGAUAUAUCCAAAACAUGUGAAGAAGGGAGCCUAAUCUGCAUUUAUCACAGAGGGGAGCCCUUUAUGAGCAUCCACAUUCAACAGAGGGACUGGUCUGUAGGAGGAGCACUCAGUUGGGUCCUUGCCUUCUUUUGGAAUAAGAGUAAUACAGGCUUCAAAGAAUGUUAAUGGGAGCUUACCCUCUUUUAAUGAAUCAGAUAACUCUAAAGUUAACUGAGGUCCCAGCAACUGAGAGAAAAAUUUAAAAAUGUCAGCAGAAAACCCAUCUGGACCAGGAGAUUUUCCAGACUGUAAUGAGGAGAUAGCUGCUACUAUUCCUUCUUUUGAUAGGCGUUCUUCUUGUUUAACUUUAUUUUCAGAGGAGAUUUAAGGAAAAUUUAAUGUAUUAUGAGAGUAUUGAUUUCUAAAUGCAUCAUUUAUUUCAGAAUGAUCAGAGGUGAUGUUUACAUUUUCCAUGUGUAUUUCUGUUAUGAGCUGUUUACCUUACCAGAUUUAUCGCCAUGAAUAUAAAACCUGCUUUCGCCCAUCUUAAGCUGUGUUUCAAGUGUAUAUAUUGAGAAAAGGCUAUUUAGUCUAAAGUUCAUUUCUCAAUUUGUAACAUAGACUGUAUAUAGAAUAGACAGCGUCUACCUCCUCAUUGGGUGAAGCCACCCGAAACCAGCACACUCUGGUGACUUUAGAAACUUUAGAAAUUUGUUACACAGAAUAUAAUCCCCCAAAAUGGGUAAUAAUCACUCCAAAAUUGGUAUCUACAUUUCACAGAUGGGCUCUCCACAGUUACUUUGCAUUUAAACUAAAAUUGCAAGACAAGAGAAAUACACUGGAGAUCAAAAUAAGAGAACAAUUAAUGAGCACUUGACUUAAAUUAUUAUAUUAUGAUCUGUAUAGCUUAAAAUUUGAAGGAUUGUUUGAUGUGGCAUUAAAUAACAACAAUGCCUGUAGCACCAAGAAAGAUCACAACAAAAUUACAGUAUCUGCAGGUUAGGACAGUCACACAGUAUUAGGACGUGUACAUGCAUUUGCUUUGAAUGACUUGAGCACAUCUAUGGCCACAAGACAUCACCAGUCCCUCACACUGCUCUGGUGUGAUUUUGGUCCACUCUUCUUUUAGUCUCUUCCACAGAUGGGUGACUGUAGUGGGUUUCUUGGCCAUAACCUUGUCGCCAAGGAUUUUCCAGAGGUUUUUUUAUUGGGUUUAGAUCCGGACUCUGGGCGGGUUGUUUCAUUUUAGUUUCAAGGAACUGCUUUAUUAGUUUUGCUGUGUGACAGGGGGCUUUGUCCUGCAUGAAAAUUGCUGGCUGAUGAAUGCAGGGAUGGAAUCAUAUGUUGUCGAAGAAGGUUCUGAUUAAGAAUGGGCAUUUUAAGAAAGUCCCUUGAUUGAUAAACCAUAAAAAUUAACAAUCAAUCAUGGAUUUGAUUGUUUUUUAUGCGAAUGGCAGAAAAUACGCAAAGAACAUGCCAAAACACACUUUGUCUUGCUUUCUCCCCGCUUUUUUUUUUUUUUUUCCAACUUGUACGGAAGCCAAAAAUCACUCCCCUAGUAAAAUGUCCAAAUCCUCCCGUGCGGUGUUAGUCAGUGUUGCUUCAACACACACACACACACUGACUGGACAAACAGGGCAUCCCUCCCAAUCAGCAGAGGUCGGUCUUUGCUUGAAAACAGCUGGACUGAACUGGGGAGCAAUUCCAGCUGCAGUGUCGAACCGAUUGUCCAUUGAGGUUCUCUGUAUUAUCCUGUCCUCCCUUUCAUUUGUCUUCUUGGUGGACUUGAAUGUCUUUGUGACUUUGUGAAGAUGUAAUAUUCUGGAAAUCACAGAUUUCAUGGCAAUUUUUCUUGCCAUUGCUGACAGGGUAAUCUAUUUGACCUUCAUCCAGAUGACCUGCUGCUGGAAGGUUUCAGUUUCUUUAGAACAGUUCAUCAUCUUGUGUAGUCAGUGAAAACUGGAAGUUAGGCUGCCAGUUAAAGAGGGUUGGUCAGAUAAUUAAGGAAAUUAGCACCAGGUGCCAGACUAACACCAAUAACUGGGAGGUAUUUUAAAGUGUUCUUAAGUUACUAAAAAAAAAAACGCAUCGAAAUUAGAGAAUGGUUCACCAUCUUAUGGAGUCAGUGAAAACUGGAAGUUAGGCUGCCAGUUAAAUAGGGUUGGUCAGAUAUUAAGGAAAUUAGCACCAGACUAAUGCACCAGACGAAGUGCCAGACUAAUACCCAAAACUAGGAGGUAUCUUAAAGUUUUCUCUAAUUUUGAUCAGUGCUCUUUUUAUAUCUCAUCUCAAGUUUUUUUUCUGUGUUUCAUUAUAUACGUAGCUCGUACAUUAUGCUUAAAAAACUGCGUUUUUAUUUAAGUUUGGAUUAUUUUAUAACAGAACAAUGCAGUGAAGUUGACAUUUAGAAAAUUGUGGUUUGUUCUCUAAUUUUGAUCUCCAGUGUAUAUUUAACAAAAUUUAACCUAAUAAAUGCUCUCCUUUUUUGGCUUGUCCCGUUGACUUCAAUGCAAAGUUCUUAUACAGUAGAGAAAAGUAAUAGCAUACCAAUACCCAUCAAACCCCACAUUUUGAUAUUUGUAUAUAUGAUAUAUAUAUAUAUUUGGUAGAGGACAAGGCUUGAUAAAAGGAGGUAAAACUGGCGUAUUUUUUCGCUCCAAUGCACACACCUGUUUAGAACUCAAGCUUUCUGGAUGAAUCCAAGUCUAAUGACAUGCACAAUAACUUGCAUAAAAAGGGUGAUACAUCAAAUUUCUUAUUUAUCUUAUUUAUAGUCAAGGCUAAAGUUUUUAAAGAGAUUUAAGUCAAAAAGAAUUUUAGAAAAUGUUUAAAAAAAUGAUUAUUUUAUCAACACUUAUUUGCAUGUCCUUUUCAGGGACAAACAAGGCUGGAUUGAGCUAAAAUACAGAAACCGGCACAACAUAAAAAAUUUAAAAUGAACCAAAAUCGAUUGUGGUACUUAUCAUUGACAUGGCCCGGACUGUAUUUAUUAAAAAAAUGUUGUUGUUUUUUUAUCUAGAUCAUUUUACAUGGGAAAUACAUCCAUUAAAAAUAACAGUCACAUGGUGCACAAUAACUAGCAUAAAAAGAGUGUAACAUCCAUUCUUUUCCAUUUUUAUUAUUUUAACAAGUCAAAAAAAGUAAAAUAAUAAUAAUAAUAAUAAUUUAAUAAUGAUUGUUUUAUGAACACUUACCUGCAUGUCUGUUUUGGAGACAAAGGAGGCUGGAUGGAGCUUAAAAUUAACAGGAGCCGAGGAUUGAAUAUCUGACUGUAAUGCGUGAUUUAUUGUUUGAUGGUGCACAAAUAAUAUAUAUCCUGGCCGGAUGACUGCGGUGUAUUUACCGUUACAGCUAUUGCUAUGAUUUCAGCCCCGGCAUCAGAUGAUGAGGGCAGCACAGCUGCCACUGACGGCUCCACACUGCGGACCUCCCCAGCUGAGCAUGGUGGCAGUGUUGGCUCAGAGAGUGGAGGUUCUGCAAUUGACUCUGUGGCAGGAGAGCACAGUGGUGGGUGAUUUCACGCAAUUUUGCUCUUAGUCUUCUCAUGUUAUGUCCUUUAGCAACAGAAAAAUGCCAUAUGAACAUGUAGACAUCAGGAAAACAUGAUUUUCAUUGGAGUGGAUCUUUAAAAGAGGGUAUCAGACACUUUUUCAGACACUUGUCAUGAUUUUCAGAUGAAUAAGGCCUUUAAUUCCGCCUCCAUCUGAAACAAUUCAUUUUAGCCAUGUAAGCUUGUGGAGGCUCACCUCCACCGCUUAUUAUGAUUGAUCAGUUGAGCAAUGGAGCAGCGUUACCUGUUACCCCAUAGACAUCGUGUGUGUGUGUGUGUGUGUGUGUGUGUGUGUGUGUGUGUGUGUGUGUGUGUGUGUGUGUGUGUGUGUGUGUGUGUGUGUGUGUGUGUGUGUGUGUGUGUGUAUAGUGCAUCCGGAAAGUAUUCAUACCACUUCACUUUUUCCACAUUUUAUGUUACAGCCUUAUUCCAAAAUGGAUUAAAUUCCCUUUUUCCCUCAAAAAUUCUACACAAAAUACCACAUAAUGACAAAGCAAAAAAAUUUUUAGAACAUUUUGCAAAUUUAUUAAAAACAAGACACUCAAAUGUUACAUAUACAUAGGUAUUCACACCCUUUACUCAAUACUUGGGCGAAAGACCUUUGGCAGCGAUUACAGCCUCCAGUCUUCUUGUGUAUGAUGCAACAAGCUUGGCACACCUGGAUUUGGGGAGUUUUUCCCAUUCUUCCUCGCACAUCCUUUCAAGCUCAGUGAGGUUGGAUGGGCAGCGUCGGUGCACAGCUACUUUCAGGUCUUUCCAAAGAUGUUCAAUCGGGUUCAAGUCUGGGCUCUGGCUGGGCCACUCAAGGACAUUCAGAGACUUGUCCUGAAGCCACUCCUUUGUCUUCUUGGCCGUGUGCUUAGGGUCAUUGUCGUGCUGGAAGAUGAAGCAUUUCCCCAGUCGAAGGUCUCGAGCGCUCUGGAGCAGGUUUUCAUCAAGGAUUUCGAUGUACUUAGCUGCAUUCAUUUUUCCCUCGAUCCUGACAAGUCUCCCAGUUCCUGCCACUGAAAAACAUCCCCACAGCAUGAUGCUGCCACCACCAUGCUUCACUGUAGGGAUGGUAUUGGCGAGGUGGUGAGCGGUGCCUGGUUUUCUCCAGACAUGACGCUUGGCAUUCAGGCCAAAGAGUUCGAUCUUCAUUUCAUCAGACCAGAGAAUUUUGUUUCUCCUGGUCUGUGAGUCCUUCAGGUGCCUUCUAGCAAAGUCUAAGCGGGCUGUCAUGUGCUUUUUACUGAGGAGUGGCUUCUGUCUGGCCACUCUACCAUAAAUGCCUGACUGGUGGAGUGCUGCAGAGAUGGUGGUCCUUCUGUAGGUUUCUCCCAUCUCCUCAGAGGAACGCUGGAGCUCUGUCAGAGUGACCCUCGGGUUCUUGGUCACCUCCCUGAUCAAGGCCCUUCUCCCCCCGCUUGCUCAUUUUGGCUGGGCGGCCAGCUCUAGGAAGAAUCUUGGUGGUUCCAAACGUCUUCCAUUUCUUAAUGAUGGAGACCACUGUGCUUUUUGGGAUUUUCAAUGCAGCAGAUAUUUUUCUGUAACCCUCCCCAGAUCUGUGCGCUGAUAGAACCCUGUUUUGGAGGUCUACAGACAAUUCUUUCGACUUCAUGGCUUGGUUUGUGCGCUGACGUGCUCUGUCAGCUGUGGGAUCUUAUAUAGGCAGGUGUGGCUUUCCAAAUCAUGUCCAAUCAGCUGAAUUUGCCACAGGUGGACUGUAAUCAAGUUGGGGGAACAUUUCAAGGCUGAUCAGUGGAAACAGGAUGCACCUGAGCUCAAUUUUGAGUUUUAUAACAAAGGGUGUGAAUACUUACGUAAAUGCAUCAUUUGAGUGUCUUAUUUUUAAAAAAAUUGUAAAAUGUUCUAAAAAAAUUUUUUUUGCUGUGUCAUUAUGGGGUAUUUUGUGUAGAAUUUUUGAGGGAAAAAAGGAAUUUAAUCCAUUUUGAAAUAUGGCUAUAACAUAACAAAAUGUGGAAAAAGUGAAGUGGUAUGAAUACUUUCCGGAUGCACUGUAUAUGUAUGUCCAUGGUUACCCCGCUCUGCUGUGCAUUUCACUUCAUGCUUUUGGAGUCAGGCUAUUCUGCUUUGCCAGUAGCACAGAUGAACUAGAAAAAACAGUCUAUACUAAAUUACGUCAGAAUUUAUUUUAUCUCUUAUAUACACUUUGGUCUUGAUUUUUAUGCAUUUGUCUGAAAUUUGCAUUUUUUAUGCAUUUGUCUGAAAUUUUACCAGUUAUAUCAAUAUUCUAUGGUAACAUACAUUAACAUUUGAAACUUUGCAUUGAUGUAGAAUGGAUACCAAAUUUUGUAACUUUGCAGUUUAUGUAGUAAAUAUGAAAAAGCAUGAUACCCCCCUUUAAAGUCUCUUAAGAACAAAUGGCUGUCUAACUGUUGAUUAAACCCUUUCUGUUGUUUUUUUGUGAAUUAUUGUGACAAUUUUCUCAUAAAAUUUCUCAUAUAUAUAAAUAUAUAUAUUUAUAUAUAUAUAUAUAUAUAUAUAUAUAUAUAUAUAUACACACACACACACACACAGUACAGGCCAAAAGUUUGGACACACCUUCUCAUUUAAUGCAAUUUCUUUAUUGUCAUUACUAUUUAAAUUGUAGAUUCUCAGUGAAGGCAUCAAAACUUUAAAUGAACACGAGGAAUCGUGCUAAAGAAAAAAGUGUGAAAUAACUGAAAACAUGUUUUAUAUUCAUGUUUUAUGUUUAAACAUGUUUUAUACUCUGUCAGUCACUAAGUACUUCUGUCAUCAAGAGCAAAGGGUGGCUACUUUAAAGAAACUAGAAUAUUAAACAUGUUUUCAGUUAUUUCACACUUUUUUUUACAAGUACAAAAUUCCAUAUGUGUUUAUUCAUAGUUUUGAUUCCUUCAGUGGUUAUCUACAAUGUAAAUAGUCAUAUAAAAAUAAAAAAAAGACAUUGAAUGAGAAGAACUUUUGGCCUGUACUGUAUAUAUAUCUAUUUUUUUUUUUUUACUGAAUUACAUACAUGGUACCAUUCACAAUCUUUUCAUUCCCCUCCUAUCUGAAUUAACCAUGAUACAAAACUAAGGUUGUCAUUUAUGCACAGUGUCAGGACGCAGCAGUGCAUAUGGAGACACAACUGUAGAGGGCCACCCUGCUGGCCCAGGAAGUGUCAGCUCCAGCACUGGAGCCAUCAGUACCACCACAGCCCAGCAAGAAGGUGAAGGUUCAGAAGGAGAAGGAGAGACUGAAGGAGACAUCCACACAAGUAACAGGUCAGACUUCCUAAAGACAAAGCAAGGGUAAAUGGUCAUUAUGGCACUUCAUGGUUUUGUAUGGGGAUGUAGCAGUUCAUUUGAUUACGAUAUAAUUAUUACAUUUUAUUACAGUAUUACAUUGGUUUAUUUAGAACAAUGUUGUUCGAUUCAAUGACUAGAUAUUAAUGAAUGAAUACCAUUUUAAUCAACAUUUUAAUGUGUGUGAGAAUUAAAUUCAUAGAUGUACUGGAUAGUGCAGCAAGAGUCCGAAAUUGUUAUUUACUUUUUAAGUAAAAGCCAUGAAUAUGCUGUAAUGGAGCAUGGUCAUUUAUGUGUCUACAUUAUAUUGCAGGAAUUAAAAUUGAUCCAUCAAAUGAAUUGUUACACCUUUACAAUGAAGUGUCAAAAUGAACCAGAAAAAUUGCAUUUCUGUGCAGAAAAUGCACGGAAAUGCUGAGUGCUGAAACAGCCAUGCAGAACUUCUAGAAAAAGAGGAAAGUAUAAAUGGAAAAACUGUUGAAGAGGUGGAGUAAAAGACGGAGAAGAAAUCGUAUGAAGAGAGAAAGUGAAAAAGAAGUUGUGUGACUCGUGAAUAAACAGAAAUGAUUAUCACUAUGAGUGCUUUGGAAAGACAAAUGACUAAACAUUAAUGUAUAACAAUGUCCCCGUUAAAUGUUGAAAUAUUUGCAGUCAGUAGUAUCUGACCAUCAUAAGUUGUGACGGCAUAACAAGCACCAUCUAGGGGUGUGCUUCAGUUACUCCUCUCCAUCUAAAUGUUAGAAGUGUUACAGAGCUUAAGUUAUAACAAAUAGUGUUUGAACGUAAAAAUAAUAAAGUGCAAAAGAAGUUGUAUGGAUGUAGUAAGUAUUAAAGAGCUGAAGUUAAAUUAGUUGUAUGAAUGUAAAAAAUGUUAAAGUGAAAAGGAAGUUAUAUGAAUGUAGAAACUGUUACAAAUAGAGACUGUUGAAAAGUUUAAGUAAAAGUUGUAUAUUAAAACUGUUCAAGACCUGGACUAUAACAACACAAUAAAAAGGCAGGUGUAGCUGUCAUAGAGUGAGAGUAAUCCAUAGCAAUGUUUAAAGUGUGUUUGUGCACGUGUGCACACAAGUGUGUGUCUUGUGAAUCAAAGCCCGUAUGCCAUUAGAAGUUUGCCCAACGUGAAUGAAAUUCAACCUUUUGGAGUUCUUCCUCUACCACAGUUUCCUUAAAUCAGGGGUUCUCAACCUUUUACAAGGUGGGCCCCCCCAAAGGUGGUGUUCCCCCCCAACACACACACACCAGUGCGAUGUUAAUGUGAGACCUGAGCCUGCCUUGCCUUGCAAAGACUCUCAGUUCUUGGCACAAUAUUUGAUAAACACAGCCUCAAAUCAACAGAUAGCUUACUCUCCUCAGACAGGCCCUCGUAUUCAUACCAUGAUAAAGUCACUGUUGGGGAGAGAGGCUAAAACCUCUAAAACACACACACACAUGCAGCAGCAAUCAUAUGUAAACUUUGGUAUUAAUAAACUUCAUCACCUGUCUCCCUCAUUAACACACCUGUCUGACCAAAACAGCCCCUCUCAUCCACUCAGACACACCUGUGUUAACCAAGCUACAGCUUUUACAGUAGCUCAUUACACCACACGACUGUUUACUGGAGAUCUGAGAUAAAAAUAACAGGGGGAAAAUUUCUUACCUUCACUCUGGUGUCCAAAACAGUCAGCGUCAGUCAUCUAGCUCCAACAGGUUAAUAAUUCACCAAUAUUAUUCCCGUUUACAUCCCGUUUAAAUUCUGUUUACAACCUUGCGGUCGUCGUCUCAUCCAUUUGUGUGAGGAAUAAAAAUAAAAAAAAUUUUAAGCACUGUUUCUGGUUGGCUGGCACAGUCAUUUUACUCCAGAGGCCUGUACUACGAAGCUGGAUUACCACAUCCAGGAUAACUCUGCGACAACUCGCUCAACUUCACCGGAUCUUCGCGAUCCCGAUCAGCUGUACUACGAAGCCGGUUAUCAACUCGAUAUCUGAAUCCAGGUGUGGUCACUUUAGAUCUGUGAGCGCACACGUAAAGGGGGUGGGGUCAGUGCCAUCGGCCCAAUCUCCACAAUGGAGAAGGCUGCACGUCAUUUUUCACAGCCGAAGAACAGAGCAUUAUUUUACGAGGAGUACCGCAACAUUAUAACAGUGAGGAGCAGGACAGCCGCAGCUGCUAAAAGCCGGAGGGACUGCUGGCAAAAAAAAAUCAGCGGUUGUGUAAAUUACAUUUGUGCGUUCAUAAAUUUAUGGCCCCCUAAUCUGUUGUCAUGCAGCGUGUGUGAUCACCACCAUCAAUGACCUCAUUAUUUCAGAUACAACAGCAGUGGGGAAAAGAGUACGUGGGAGCAAAUAAAAAUAAAUCUAAAAACAUCCUUUAAAGUAGUUUGUAAGUUUAUUGGAAGAUUUUAUUUGUACAUAUUUCAAUGCGUAAACAGUGAUUUCCUCACACUGCCUUUUUUUCUUUUUUCUCCAUCAUCUGAUGAUCACGUCAUCUGCAGACACAUUUGGGGUUAAGAGUUUUCUAAUCUGCUUCAAAAAAAUCUGAAUGAUGACUAACAUGCCGCAUGAAACUGGAACCUGGAGCUUGGCAAAUAUUAGUGCAUUGCUUAGACUUCAUGCUACCUGAAUAUUGAGGCUGUCCAAGGAAAACCUGAAACGUUCAUAGAGAACGUCAUCAGGUAAAUCAAACGGAUUUGAACGAUAAUGAAUAUAACGCUCUCAGCGAAGCGCUCCUCUCACUAUCUGUGCAUCAAUGUCCCCGGGAUCCGGCAAAAGUGGGCAAGCCAUUUUCCAAGAGAUCCGAUUGGUCAUUGAGCGGUCUUUUAUACCUGCUAAGAUCUUAUCCUGAAACAUAACCUGCUCAGGAGCAGGUUUGGCGUUCCGCGUAAGUUACCGGGGCAACGGACCCGGAUAAAAAGAGAUCCACCUUCGUAGUACAGAAAAACCAGAAGGUAUCCAGAAGUUAUCUCGCUAAGACCAAAUCCAGCUUCGUAGUACAGGCCUCAGGUCUUCUUGAGGGACGCAGACUGCGUCACGGUUCCAACAUGGUGAGCUAGUCACGGCCUGUCUGGACCUGUGCUCUGGACUCGGUAAGAACUCCAAAGAUGCCCCUUCUGUCGGCCUCCUAUCAGAACACCUGAAGCCAAAGCGGGCUAAAACUUUUUUUCACACAAUGCAAAUGGAUGAAAGGCGCUGACCGUGAUGGGAUGAAAACCGGAAUAAUAUCACUAGAUGACAGGUGUGUCUGUGUGGAUGAGUGGAGACAGGUGUGUUGAUGAGGGAGAGCCUGGUUUAUACAGUUAAUACCGAUGUUUACAUUAGAUUGCUGCUCUGUUUGUGUGCACACGCGUGUGCGUAACAUUGUGAAGGAUCGUCAGUGUGUGAGCCUCUCCCUUUCGUGACUGAUCGUCACCAGCCAGUCAAAGCGGGACACUUGUACUGCUUGCUUGGUCGUUUAAGUGGCUGGGGCAAAAUGUUAGGCUACUUUUGUUGACACUUGCCAUGCUGUGCAUGCAGCUUCUUGAUGAGGUAGGCUGUAAAUGAGUCUAUAUCCAACCGCUUGGGACUCUGCUACAUCUCCUUUGUACUAAUAGCCAGUGAAUCCAUCCACCCCCUACCCCCGCCAGUCCGUUCGUCCUGUGUUUACCCCCCUGGAGGGUGUCCGUGGCCCCACUGCCUUGAAUCAUAUCACAAAAAUAAGACCAUUGUAGGAAUCCUUUGACUCUCCUGAAGACAAUGAUGUAUUGUUUAUGUCCAUACCGGCAAAAAUGUGGCCACAACAGGAAGUUAUAAAGUGCAGAGUUUUUGUGAUCAUCUGAGUUUCCUGGAUGAAAAUUAACUUGAGCGUUAAUGGGAAGAAUCUCUGCACACCUUGGGAAACUAGUCACCUACGGGCUGACUGGCUAAACCUACAGGAUCCGGAACAGCUAUGUCUGUGGAGAGAAAUGUGAGGGAGCAAAAUACUGACGCUAGGUUUAGUCAAUCCAAAAUGAUCUUCCUGCUCUGCUGAUGAUGACAAUGCUGUGUCAACAUUUCCACUUAAUCAUAAAGAAGUGAAUAUCCUUUUUAUUUUGUCUUCCUUGUUAGGCUUCACAUGGUUCGUCUUAUGCUACUGGAGCGUUUGCUUCAGCACCUUUCUCAGCUUCACAAUGUAGGUGGAGUCCAAGCCAUUCCUUACAUGCAAGUUAUUCUUAUGUUGACCUCUGACCUGGAUGGGGAGGACGAAAAGGAUAAGGGUGCCUUAGAUGACCUGCUUGCACAGCUCAUUGCUGAGCUGGGCAUGCACAGAAAGGUAACCACAAUGUCCCUUUGAUGAAUAAAGCUUAUUUCUUAUUAUUUUACCAACUUUUUACCAAUUCCAUGCUAUUUUCUGCAGGACGUGUCUAAGAAGAAUGAACGUAGCUCUAUCAAUGAAGUGCACCUUGUCAUCAUGAGACUGCUCAGUGUGUUCAUGUCUCGAACCAAGUCUGGCUCCAAAUCUUCCUCUGAGGUAAACCUUCUCUUUUAUUGUGAUCUUCUUACUAAUAAGAAUAGUAGCAGUUCGUCAAAUGUUGCAAGACCGUAAAGAGAAGUCAGAAAUUUGGUGAUUUUCCACAGCAACCAUUGAGUACCCCUGGAAGCUUCAUAUACAUAAAGCUGUCUGUGUGACUAAGUGCUGUCUGGACAGCUGUUUACUUUUUCUUUUUUUAUUUGUUUAAAAUGAAUGUUGUUCUAAGGCCCACUCUCCUUUCUAUUUCAGUCAUCCUCACUUAUUUCAAACGCCACGGCGACUGCCUUGCUUAGCCUGGGUGCUAUUGACUACUGUCUUCAUGUGCUUAAAUCCCUCCUGGAGUUUUGGAAGAGCCAACAAGGUGAAGAAGAGCCUGUGGCUGUCAGCCAGCUUCUCCGCCCACACACAGCCUCCUCCCCACCCGAUAUGAGUCCAUUUUUCCUGCGUCAAUAUGUGAAGGUAUCAGAAAACACAUUUUUUUAUUAUUAAAAGCUGACAUCUUUUUCUGGAGCUUAUUGUUAACAUGGGCUCUUUCUUCCUAAGGGACAUGCUGCUGAUGUGUUUGAAGCCUACUCCCAGCUUUUGACUGAAAUGGUGCUCCGGCUGCCUUACCAGAUCAAAAAGAUUGCUGACACCAACCCACGUAUCCCACCUCCUGUCUUUGACCAUUCCUGGUUUUACUAUCUCUCAGAGGUAAACCAUGAAGUUAAUACUGAAAGGAUUUUCCAUUAAAAUAUUGUCCUGCACAUAAAAGUUAACACAAUCUGUCUCCUUUUUCUCCCAGUAUCUGAUGAUUCAACAGACACCAUUUGUCCGGCGACAGGUUAGGAAGCUCUUACUCUUUAUCUGUGGGUCAAAGGAAAAGUACCGUCAGCUGCGGGAUCUGCACACUCUUGACUCCCAUGUGCGCAGCAUCAAGAAACUGUUAGAGGAGCAAGGGAUCUUUCUACGGGCUGGAGUGGUCACAGCUACAUCUGGAUCAGCUCUACAGUAUGACACACUCAUCAGUCUGGUGGGUGUUCACUGAACUUAGAGCAUCAAAAUAUGUACAUAUAUUUUCAAAACCUUGUUGUUAUGUCUCUUGUUAGAAUGUAUUAUUUUUAGUUAAAUGCUUAUAUUUUGCUUUGUUUUUUUUCUUGACUCUUUGUACAGAUGGAACAUCUAAAAGCUUGUGCUGAAAUUGCCACCCAGAGGACAAUCAACUGGCAGAAGUUCUGCAUAAAGGAUGACUGUAAGUUGGUUGUAUAUUAUUCCCUGCUGUUCAAAACAAACAAAAUUGUAAGGCUGUCAGUCUUUUAAACUUCUGCUUGUCUUUUUCUCUUCUCUUUCCAGCUGUUCUGUAUUUCCUCCUUCAGGUCAGCUUCCUGGUGGAUGAGGGUGUUUCCCCAGUACUUCUGCAACUCCUCUCCUGUGCCCUGUGUGGCAGUAAGGUGCUGGCUAGCUCCUCCUCCUCUUCUUCAUCAUUCUCAGGGGGAGGCUCCAGUAGUGCUGGACAGACAGGAGCUUCCCAGUCCUCACAGAGUAAGUCCUCCAGUAAAAAGAGCAAAAAGGAGGACAAGGAUAAAGAGAAAGAGGGUGAGGCAAUAACUCUGACUUUUUAUCACACCAGUUCUUAUCACUCUGCACACAUUUAACACUUGAAAUAUCCUAAAGAUGAUAUGUGGGUAUCAUACUCAACAGUAGAUGCUAGUGUUGUUGAUUUGUUUUUUUUUUAUCCUCACGAUUUGGCAACAGGUGAUGGUGUUGGAAGUCAGGAGGAUCAGCUCUGUAUGGCUCUAGUCAGCCAACUUAACAAGUUUGCAGAUAAGGAGACCCUCAUUCAGUUCUUGCGCUGCUUCCUGCUGGAGUCAAACUCAUCUGCUGUCCGCUGGCAAGCCCACUGCUUGGCUCUUCAUAUCUACAGGUACUGUAAACUUUACUGAGGCCAAGCAUUGGCAAACAGCUUAGUCCAAACUCAAUCUAGAAUUAGUCUCGUUAAUGUCUUCUUUUUUUAUUUAUUUAUUGAAUUUUUGUAUACAAACAGGUAAUAGGUUUACAGUACUUACGAAUGUCUGUUAGUAUACAUAACAAUCUCAGUCCUUAAAGCAGAGUAAAAGAGGGAAGACAAAUGAAGAAACAAGUGGGAAAAUAGUCUUUUUUGCAUAAAUGCCCAAGGGACUUUACAUCUCUCUGAAUUUAAGGGAGGGUCUUUUUAAUGUAUAUCAAAUAUUUUAGAGUUUUUAGAUCAUUAAAAUUUUCUUUUACCCAGAGGGUGUGUGAAGGGAGUGUUGUUCACUUCCAAGCUAUCAGCAAAUGAUUUAUGAUUUUGACUCAAUUUUAGUGUAAUUAGGGCUGUAACUAACAUUCAAGCAGUUACUUUUGUAAAAGCCUGUGGGCCAGUGGUUUGCACUAAAAAUCCAAUGGAGAACUCUUACUUGAAAUAAGAGUAUGUAUUUUAUUCAAAUAUUUAUUUAUGAACUUAGAACGAUAACAACAUAUUUACGCAAAUUAAAAUAAGUUAUUUACAGUGUGAAUGAAAUUCACUUUAAAUGAGAAAAAGAGGAAUUCUUGAGUGCAGCCAAACACAUUUAUUGACCCAAAAAAACAUCUCUCCAUCUUUCAUUAGCCUGUACAAUCUCCUGGUGAUUGUGGCACAUAACAAGACCACUAGGGUUGGGUAUCGAGAAUCGAGACUAAAACUUCGAUUCUUCUGGUAUCGUUCAAAUAUUAAAAUUUCGAUUCCAAGUUUCGAUGCCGGAGUCCGCCGACCGGAAGAAAUAGCCACCGAAAAUCAACGAAGAAGAAGCCGCUUAACACCAACGAGGACGGAGCGUAUGAGACAAAGCCACACAGAAAGUGAAGAGAGACAGAGAGAGAAAGUACAUUGCAACCCACAGCAAUGCAGCCGCUGUGGGUUACAAUGUAAUCUCUCUCUGUCUCUCUCCUCUCUCUGUGUGACUUCGUCUCAUACGCUCCGUCCUCGUUGGUGUUCGGCAGCUUCUUCUUCGUUGGUCAAAAGUUUGGCUAACUUUAGCAGGAAGAAUGAACUCUUAUCUCAAUGCAACAUUAGCAAUACAGUUAUAUCAUGCAAAGGAGGGUAAACGACAAACAUGAUUAAACACCUCAGGAUUCAUGGAGGAGAAAUACCCGAGUGCUCGUCUUUGACGCGCUUCGCCGGUGUUAUGCCAUAGAAUGCACCCCUGCUGUUGAAUUUACCCCUGACGGGAGCGCGGUUGAAAGUAAACAACAAGGCGAAACAAUCCAAGUUUUUCUUACCGUUGGACGGAAUCUAAAGCGUGUGCCUUUAAUGAUUUCAUUCAGGCUAUUCAGAUAUGCCGAAAAAAUAGCCCUCUGAUUCUGAAUAUUUACUGUCCGGAAAAUAUAAUGUUCUCUACAUUAACAGCUUACUGUACAGUUUAUAUACCCAUGUACACCUCUAUAUGUGCGUUUCUGAGACACAGAAAAACAAAACGAAAGUUUACUGCUCCAUUUGACGUGUUGUCAUGAUCUAAUACUCGUGUUUUUUUAAAUAUGAGAUCAUUGUCUUCCACUUUAAGAAGCUAAUCAGUGGAGGGGAGGCAUUCUACGGCAGGGGUGCAUUCUACAGCACAACACCUGUCUUCCGCUAACCAGUCAGGAUCAGAUAAGUGAAACAAUAAAUUACUUCUGUCCUCUGCUAACUUUGAAGCGGUAAACAAAUUGCACUGAGUACGGUGAGUUAACUUAAAUAUCCAACUAACGUUAGCCCUUGUGCUUUUUCAUAGACAAACGACCUGACAACAAAAAAUGAUAUUUAUAUACUGAUUGAAAAUAGCACUGUGAGAAAUUCAUAGUAAAGUUCCUAAAAAGUUAAUAUGAUUUAAAAAUUCAUGGAGAAGUUCAGAAAUUACAUCCAAAAAGAAGAGCUCCGGUUAGCGCCCUCAUUCAAACCAUGCUUUUUUUUUUAUGAUAUCCUGCCUUUUAAAAGAAUCGAAAUAAAGAAUCGAUAGGAAUCGAAUUCGAAAUGAGGAAUCGAAAUCGGAAUCGGAAUCGUUCAAAAUCAAACGAUACCCAACCCUAAAGACCACUAAGUCUUUUUUGAGUCAUGAGCCAUGUCUUUAAUCUGCAUAACCCACUAAAGCUGUGCUCUGCCUCAGCAGAUGAUAUGGGCACCACCAUCAACAAUCCCACCAGUGUCUCAACCUGAUCUAACAGGCUAUGGACUUCAGGGGGCAUAUUUCUUUCAAUGCAUGCACAGCAUCUGCAGUUGUGUUGACCUUGUACUUAUUUUUAAACAUGGCCAGUUGGACUCUCAAGUCUUCCUCUUUCAAUUCAGAGUAUUUGCGAACUGCUGCACCAUUAGUAAUGCUAGUCAGGAGUGAGUUUUCCAGUUCUUUUAAUGUCUGAAUGUCUGGUUGCAUAAACCUCCCUGUAAUUUGUGUAUCUACUGUGACUAGGACACGGAGAUGAAAUCCACAAAGUCCUUGUUUAAAUAAUGUUGUCAUUUUAAAUGAUGUUAGUGCAACUGAUGAUUCUUUGAAAAUAAGUUUGGUUGAAAGUGAUAGCACCAAUAAACAAAACAGUUGAAACGAUAUGGCUCUGAAAUCAAAACUGCAUUCUUUUUCUGUGGCUGACAUAUUUUUGAUUUUCCUGUAGGAACUCAAGUAAAUCUCAGCAAGAGUUGCUACUUGAACUGACUUGGGCCAUUUGGCCUGAGCUCCCUGCAUACGGCCGCAAGGCUGCCCAGUUUGUGGACCUGCUUGGAUACUUCUCACUCAAAACCCCUCAGACAGAGAAGAAGGUUUGUUUGAAUAGAUCAUGAGCUAUGAUUCAAUUUUAAUGAGUUCAGACCAAAACCAUACAACUAUCUAUCCCAGUAUUCCUGUCUUACUGCCAGAUUUCUUAUAAUGUAUGCCAUGCAUGACUGUAGUUUGCCCUAUCAGUUACAAUAAUCACUUACUGCACCUGCUUGAGAAACACAAGAAGAAGAAGAACUUCAUUGAUCCCCGAAGGGAAAUUCAUUACUGUAUUCUAAAGUUGUUUGGCCUUUGAAAAUGACAUACGGUUUAUUGGACACAGAAAUGCUCAGACUUUUUCAGUGAAUUGAUGAUUCGAAAGUUGGACAGUGUUCCUGCUGUUUAGACUGAACUCCUCCUCCUAGUUGCCGUUAUAGCAUUUUCAGUGCAAUGGUUAUCUUUCCUGAUUGAUGAAAAGUCCCUCUGAAAAGUAUAGAUCAAUCUCCUUUUUUGUCUUAGCUGAAGGAGUAUUCCCAAAAGGCGGUGGAAAUCCUGCGAGCACAGAACCAUAUCCUGACAAAUCACCCCAACUCCAACAUCUACAAGUAUGUCAAAAUCAGCAUGCUAUUUUGUAGCAAGAAAAAUGCCAUUUGUAGCGGAGGACAUAGUCUGCAUAGAUUGGUGUAUUUUUUUUUUACUCUUGGUCAAUUUCUCCACCCCCCCAGCACUCUGUCAGGAUUGGUGGAGUUUGAUGGAUUUUAUCUGGAGAGUGACCCCUGUUUGGUUUGCAACAAUCCAGAAGUUCCCUUUUCAGUACGUACAUGACUUUAUUUCUAAACUCAAAAUUACCUGCCGUAGAUUACAUAAGCACUUAUGCUGACAGAAUUUUAGUUAAAAGUUUGUAUAUACUUGUAGGUUUACAUGGCUUGAACAUUUGUUAAGAUUGGCUAAAAUCUGGUUAGUUUUUAGCCUCUCACUAAAUCCGAUGUAGUCAGCGUACUUUACACUAUGAUCAACUAUAUAUCUGUGAAGGUUGUCAAAAAUUUUACAAUUUUUUAACAUUUUUUAUGCCAACAGCCAGUUUAGUUACAUCACAUUGUAGUGUGAGGUAUGCAGAACUAAGUGGAAGGCUUCAGUAAGGAAACCAUUAAGCCUUAAUCCAAAUGAUGUUAAUGGCUUGAACUAGUUGGAAUCUGCUCUCAUCUGUUUUUGAUUCUCAUCCCUAAUCAUUGUUUUACAUCAUGCUGUGUAUUUCCUUCUACCUCGCUCUGUGCCUCAGCCUCUACACAAUAAAUUAGUCUCCUUCACAGAUCACUACAUUCUGACAUAUUCUGUGGUCUUCAGUUUCAGUUUAUGUCUGUUGCAGACAGACAGAACAUAGGAAAGAGACAGCUAUCUCACCUGGUUCAUCAGUCCUGACCUGUAGACUGUUUAAUGUCAGUUUCUGAUUUGAAUACCAUCUUGUGUUCUCCAUCUUCCAGAAUAUAAAACUGUCAUCAAUCAAAGUGGACACUCGCUACACCACCACGCAGCAGGUUGUCAAGCUCAUUGGCAGCCACACCAUAAGCAAAGUCACAGUGAAAAUUGGUGACCUCAAACGCACAAAAAUGGUUCGAACCAUCAACCUCUACUACAACAACAGGACUGUACAAGCGAUUGUGGAGCUCAAGAACAAGUAAGCUUAAAAGAUAUGCUAUUUGUCCCUUAUCUUCUUUUUUUCUUGUACAGCACUCUUAAGAGUAAAGCUAAAAGCAUACAGGACCCGUGUUGAGCGUCACGUAUCUGCUGUGUCGAGCAGCGCUGUCUAUCACACACAGGAUGCGUGUUUGGAGCGUGGCAGUAGCGUAGCGCAGCCUUGGUCAACUGGGCUCAGUAUAGAGGAAACAACAUGCUCACAAAAGUUUGCUUUGCCUUUCUGUGAUCUAUUUCCUGCUAAUUUGGAUAUAAUCCAGUGACUGUUGAGCCUCUACUGUAUAUGAAAAAGCAACAUGAUUUUAAAGUUUUGGUAUUUGCAGGUUGACUCAUGUUUAAUAAAGUAAACUAUGUUCCUUCAGGGCUCAAUAGCACGACCGUUUCACUCGCAUCUGCGACUAAAGAUAGAUGUGUGCAAAUUGUCAAAUGUAUUUAGGGGCACAUGUGCCCAUAAAAAAAAAAAGGCUACAGCAACAAAUGUGUUUUCAUGUAAAUACCACGCUGAAGUUAGUGUUAGGUUGGAUAUUUGACGGACAUUCACUGUGGAUCUACAUGUCACGUGACCAAUUGACCUAAAAUUGAUUUCAGAAAAUAGUACUUAUGUCGACCAAUACUAGACACACAUUAUUUGAUCAAUUUUCAUUGUGCCCCUAAAGUUCUUUGUGUGCUCCUUAGUUUUUCAACUUAGGAGCACAUGUUACUUGUGAAAAAAGUUAGUGUCAAGCCCUAUCCUUUAUGCUGUGCUGCUCCUUCAGAGUUCACAGUUUAAAGUCCUGCUGGGGCCAACAUGGAUCAGGCAUUGACCAUCAGACUGUUCUGUGUUACUGAUAAAUCCAUAACCAGGAAGUAUUUCUUAUCUACAUAAACUAAUACACAGUCAGGAGUCCGCAUAUGGUAUUUUAAUUUGAAAUUUACAGGAUGACAUGCACGGUUUUCUUUUUUGACAUCCUGUCAAGAACGAUCUUCCCUGUGUAGAUUGAUGGGUGUUGAAAGACCAGAGAAAAUAGGCUCUGCAUGUAUCUUUUGCAGAGCCACGCUCUACACACCUCUGAGACAGGGCUGCGACAGAGCUGAGACGCAUCUUGAGUGCGAUGCUGCAUUGAUUAGAAUGGCAACCUAUUUGCUGCGAGACAUGCGAUGCUGACGGAACACGCUCAACACGGAUCCUGUAUGUUUUAGGCUUUACGUUUGACUCUACUCUCUGUUUCCAGACCUGCUCGUUGGCACAAGGCAAAGAAAGUCCAACUGACCCCAGGCCAAACAGAGGUGAAGAUUGACCUUCCACUACCAAUCGUUGCAUCAAACUUGAUGAUCGAGUUCUCUGAUUUUUACGAGAACUACCAGGCCUCUACUGAGACCCUACAGUGUCCGCGUUGCAGUGCCUCUGUGCCAGCCAAUCCUGGGGUGUGUGGCAAUUGCGGUGAGAAUGUGUAUCAGUGCCACAAGUGCAGGCAAGUAGCAGGUUUUUCCUUGUAGUCUAAAAAUAUGGAAGUCAAUGAAACUUGAGACAUUGAAGUAAAUUAUUUUCAAAUUUGAUUUUUUUUUUUAACUCAGGUCCAUCAACUAUGAUGAAAAAGACCCCUUCCUGUGCAAUGCUUGUGGUUUCUGCAAAUAUGCCAGAUUCGACUUCAUGCUUUAUGCUAAACCAUGCUGUGCUGUGGAUCCCAUUGAGAAUGAAGAGGACAGGAAAAAAGUAAGCAGUAGCUAUUUUGAAAAUGGAACUCAUAUCCAACGGUUUUUCAAAAAGUCAGCUUGCAAAGUAGAACAAGUUGGAGGCUCAGUGGAAGCAGUUUGUUCAAAUCAAAUCAAACUUUAUUUCUAAAGCACGUUUUAUACAAGAGAUGCAGCACAAAGUGCUAUACAUGUUACACCUGGCCGAGCUGAGUGCACACCAUGUGGCUGAGAAAUCCCAGACAGAGCCAGUCACAGCCCCCACUGAGAAAACACUGGAGAAACAGAAUAAAAAUAUAAACUUGGAACAUCAGACUAAAUAAAAUGAUAAAAUACUAAUACAUAGCUAAAAUAUCAUUUAAACAUAAGUAUAUAAAGAGAAUAAACAUAACAUGUAAAUGAAGACUAAAAUAUGUAAAUAAAAUAAAAUAAGAUAAAAAUAUAAAUAAGAAUAAGACAUUAGUUAAAAGGCAAAUUAUAUAUGUGGCUCUUGAGCCUGCUUUUAAAAAUAUGAACAUUCUCUGCUGCCCUCAGUUCCUCUGGCAGGCUAUUCCAAAGACGGGGCAUAGUGCUGGAAAGAUGCCUCUCCAUAAGUUCGUGUUCUAGCUUUGGGGACUAUAAAAAGGCCAGUGCCAGAGGAUCUCAGGGUCCGCGAGAGUUCAUACUGUAAAAGCAAUUCUGAAAGAUAAGGUCCAAGACCCCUAAGACAUUUAAAAACCAUUAAAAGGACCUUAAAAUCAAUCCUAAAGAACACAGGGAGCCAAUGCAGUGAUAUUAAAAUGGUGUAAUAUGUGCUCGCCUUCUGGUCCUCAUCAGCGCACAUGCUGCUGAGUUUCACAACAGUUGUAAACUUGAGAUGUUUCUUUUUGGAAGACCAGAAAGCAGGGCGUUACAAUAGUCUAGUCAACUGGAGAUAAAAGCGUGCAUUAGCGUCUCUGUGUUAGCUUGGGAGAGAAAGGGCUAAGAUAAAACCCUGUUUUUAUUAUGUUUUUGAUAUGUGGAAUAAAAGUCAGCUCAGAGUCAAAGAUGACGCCCAGACUUUUUACCUAAUUUGAUGGAAUUAAGGACAGGGUUUUCAGUUUUGUUAAAAGUUUCUCUCCCUGAGCCUUAGGAUCGAUAAUUAAAACCUCAGUUUUGUCCUGGUUGAGCUGUAGGAAGUUUUCUGCCAUCCAGGAUUCAAUGUCUAGGAUACAGCUAAAAAGGGCAUCAAUUGGCCCUGUGUCAUCAGGAGACAUGGAUAUGUAGAGCUGUGUGUCAUCAGCUGUGAAAAGUGAUACCAUGGCGUCUAAUGACAUCUCCCAGUGGGAGCAUAUAUAAAUUGAAUAGUACGGGACCUAAGAUUGACCCUUGGGGCACACCACAUUUAAUGCUAUGAAUUCCUGAAGAGCAUGUGUCCAAACUUAUAAGAAACUUUCGAUCUGUGAGAUAGGAGUUAAACCAUUGAAAGGCAGUACCAGAGAGGCCUUCAAGGUGCCUUAGUCUAUUGAAAAUAAUUGUGUGAUCUACUGUAUCAAAAGCAGCGCUUAGAUCCAGUAGCACAAGGACUGUAAGCUUGCAUAAGUCCAGGUUGCACCUAAGAUCAAUAACAAUUUUCAGUAGUGCAGUCUCUGUAUUGUGGUUCGUCCAGAUUGAAGUUUUUCUAGGAUGGAACGGUUAUUUAAAAAAUCAUUCAACUGAAUAAAAACAAGUUUUUCCAAAAUGUUGCUUAAAAUUUGUAAAUUGGACACUGGUCUGUAGUUAUUAAGAACAUUUGGGUCAAAACUGUUCUCCUUCAGAAGUGGUUUCACUACUGCCAUUUUAAUUUACUAUAUUUAAAAGCUAUCCUUCAAAGAAGCCAUAAAACAUUUUAAAAAGUGAUGUGGGCAUUGGGUCUAAAAGGCAGGUUGUUGGUUUUACUUGGGAGAAAACUCUACCAAGCAUCUCAGCAUCAACCAGGAAAAAACUGUCCAGUGUUUCCUCAGGUAAAAACAAACUUUCUACUGUAUUAGACACAGUGUUUUGAAUAGUUGUGAGUCAGCUGUGUGACAUGUUGUGUAAAAUCCAAGCAGCUCAAUAGAUUUAAAAACUCUUUUGCCAUGUAAUCAGAUGGAUUGUCUAUGUGUAAAUUAAAAUCACCAGAUAUAAUAAUAAAAUUGUAAGUGGCAUGGAUUAUUGCUAAAAAUUCAGAAAAUUCACAGAUAAAAGCAGCAUUAUGUAUUGGUGGUCUGUAAACAGAAAUACAGAGAAUUGAGGGACUGUUAAAAUUGACUGCAUGGUGCUCAAAGGUGAUGUACUGAUCAGAUUGUAUUUCUUUGGACCUUAGUGAGUUAUUGAUUAUUGAUACAGUACCGCCACCUUUCCUGCCACUUUUGAGGGAAAAUGUAAAGUUAAAAUUUGGUGGGGCGCCCUCAGGGAGAAUAUCUGGCGCAUCUGUACCCAGCCACGUUUCGGUUGAGAACAGACAAUCAACCUUGUGAUCUAAAAUAAGCUCAUGGAUAAUAAAAGAUUUGUUUAAAAGGGAGCGACAUUUAAAAGUGCCAUGUUGAUGGUGACCGAUGAUUUACACGAUGUGGGUGGACUGUUGAUGUUUUGGGAGAGGUCUGAGGUUUUUAAAGUUCACAGAGUGAACUUGAUGGAGUCUGGUUUUCUUAUGAUGAGUAAUGAUGACAGGGAUGGGUGACCAGUUAAAGAGACAGAAGGUCAAAGUCCAGUAUUGUGUGAGUCAAAAGUGGAACUAAAACCAUAGGAACUGGGACCUGGGGGACAUCAAUCAGUGACAGGCUGAUUAGUAAGAGCAGGCUCAGAGGAGGUGAAUGUAGGUUGCUGCCUACCAUAAGACAGCAGACGGCUGCCAGCUCUGUUGAGGUGGAGCCCAUCAGCCCCAAAAUUGUUCCAAAUUAUUUUUUGAGUCAAGGUUCUCCACCAUCUCUAUGAAUUCUUUAAUCUCGUGUUCUUUAAUCUUUAAUAACUUUUUUCCUGCAGGCUGUGACUAACAUCAAUACCCUAUUGGACAAAGCUGACCGGGUUUACCACCAGCUCAUGGGUCACCGUCCCCAGUUGGAAAGCCUGCUGUCCAAAGUCAAUGAGGCGGCGCCUGAGAAGCCACAGGUCUGUUACAAGAGGAGUAUGAAGGGUAUUUUAAAGUUUGGUACCUGACAUGGAUGUUGAGACUUGGGCAUCACUUUAUUUCAAAAAAACAAAACAGUUCUAGCUUUGCAAAUAAACAAUUUAAUGCAACUGUUUCAACAGACAUAUUGCGUAUUUACUGCAAAACUUUACAUAUAAUACACACUUUUAAUACCUUGUUUAUCUAUUAAAAAAAGUGAGCUGUGUCCUAUGCACUGGCAGAGUGGGGAUUCUUUCUGGUAUGUUAUCCAGCAGCUUAAAGCAGCAAGCGAUCACUUUGCUGCCUAAGCAUGUUGGAAAAAAACAUAGAGCAUAGUACAUGGUUUUCUUGAAAUUACUCAGAUUCUGUCUUUAUUUAUUUUACAGUCUUUUUCUUGUGUUACUGUUUUGUCUUCUUUUUUCAGGAUGACCCUGGAGCAGGUGCAGGACUUGGCACAUCCUCUGCUAAUGUGAACAGAUAUAUACAGCAGCUGGCACAAGAGUACAGUGGAGAUUGCAAGACGUCCUUUGAUGAACUCUCCAAGAUUAUACAGGUUGAAAAAAAUAGGCUUAGUUCAACUGGUGUUAUUUGUUUCUACCCCUUUUCAAAUAUUUCUCUGACUUGGCCUCCUUUUCUACAGAAAGUGCUUGCAUCUCGUAAAGAACUCCUGGAGUAUGAUCUGCAACAAAGAGAAGCUGCCACCAAAUCGUCACGCAGUAGCAGCACUCAUCAGCCUACCUUUACUGCCAGCCAGUACCGUGCCCUCUCAGUUCUGGGCUGUGGACACACCUCCUCAACCAAGUGCUACGGUUGUGCCUCAGCUGUCACAGGCCACUGCAUUACACUGCUACGCGCCCUGGCUACUAACCCAGCUCUGCGGCAGAUCCUGGUUCUACAAGGUCUUAUCCGUGAGCUGUUUGAGUAUAACUUGCGGCGAGGUACAGCAGCUAUGAGGGAGGAGGUACGCCAGCUUGUCUGUCUCCUCACCAGGUACGUUCUCUUUUAGUGAAAUAGGAGACUAAAGUAAGGCUGACAGAUUUUCUGAUAUUGAUAGAAAUGAUUUAUCAAACUACAAAACAAAAAGAAACAAUACUUGAUACACAUAGGACCUGUGCAGCCCUACACUGAGAAUUUUGACCUUUUUAUUUCUUUUAAUCUGUAAAUAUAUAACUGUGAUACACAAUGUACUGCACACAAUUUUCAAUAUUGUCUUUUUUCCUCUUUAUAAUUCUUUAUUCCAGAGAUCAUCCCGAGGCCACCCAGCAGAUGAAUGAUCUCAUUAUUGCCAAGGUGUCAGCUGCUCUCAAAGGCCACUGGGCCAAUCCUGACUUGGUUUGUAUUUCAUUAUAUUCAACUUGAAUCUGAGGGAAAUAAUCUAAAUAAGCAUUGUGAUUCCGCUAUUGAAAAAAAAAGGUAUUCUUAAAUAUUUUUUCUGUUUUUUUUUUGUUUUUUGUUUUUUUUUGUUUUGAGGAAAACGCUUUAUGUCAAUGGCACAGCGUCCAGAUGAAGCAGGUUAACUUAAUUAAAGGAUUUUUCAUUUUAACAUGAGCAUGCUGCCUUUGUUUUUAUGACAGGUCAGCAAUCUGCAGUAUGAAAUGCUUUUGCUGACGGAUUCUAUUUCAAAAGAGGGAGGAUGCUGGGAGCUGCGGUUACGCUGUGGUAAGCCUGAUUUGUAAAACUUGUAGUUUCAUUUAUUUUGAGUCAAAGCUGAUGGAGAUAAGUUUCAUGAGAAGUAGCCUAAAGUGUGAUUGACUCGGUCAUGUUCUUAACUUCGACAUGAAAUUGUGCAUUUGGAUAUGGUAAUUAUAAGUAGCAGUCUAUAAGUUGUGAAGGAUUAGGAGGCAGAUCUAGCCCAAGGGUGUCUCCUGGAACAUCACAGUCUGUCUUUUGUCCCUCUGAUAUAACUUGGUUUAAUUAGGGCCCGAGCCGACGCAUCAAAGCAGUAAGCAAAGAGCCUUAUUGAAAUGCUAGGAAUUAUUAUUAUAUGUCCCACUUUUUCAAUGUUACAACCCUCAAGAUGGGCUAUAAGUGUGUAUAUGGAUGAAAAAACCAACUCGCCCCCUUCAGAUUAUCAUGGGGACCUUUCAUAGGACUAUGAAAUUUUGUGUGUACAGCUCUCUAAGACCUUUCAUUUUGCACACUUGGACUUUUCUCUAAAAUGCACAGGGGAGAAGCUACGAUAUUUCACGUUACAUUCGGAAUUUUCGCUCAUCCAUUUUCAGUUUGUUCUGUAAUAACUUGGUGUCAAUUUGAUGUUGAUCAUAUAGAGAUUUCAGAAAAAUUAUCCUUCCACUGAGGCAUUGAGCUCUGACCUCUUGGGGGUGCAAAAGUAGGCAGAUUUUUUUGCAAAGUACUAAGAUGGUCUUACUCUAACGCUGUGUGUGUUUGUAUUUUUGUUCCGUUUUUGUCUUGUAGCCCUCAGUUUGUUCCUCAUGUCAGUGAAUAUAAAGACGCCAGUUGUGGUCGAGAACAUCACUCUAAUGUGUCUGAGAAUCCUGCAAAAGCUGAUCAAGCCUCCUGCUCCCACCAGCAAGAAAAACAAGGUAAGUAAGCUGUAGUUGUGUUAUGAACCCCUUGAUUUUUCCUGGUUUUCCCUUGGAGCUUCAGGUAGCAGUGAUGCAGUGUAGUUCAUAUGGACAAGCAGGACCAUAUGGGGAAGUCACAUAGUGAGGCCUUUUCGGAUGACUCAACAGUUAACCAAAAAAAAAAAUGCAAUAAUCAGAACAGAGACUAAGUUUCAAGUCACUAAAUAAUUUUGUGUGCUGUGUAUACCAUGUAGUCCUAUGCUUUUCCCUAACAAUAGUAUCUUUUUAAGGAUGCUGCGGUUGAGUCCCUGACUACAGUCAAGCCUUACAGCAAUGAAAUCCAUGCUCAGGCCCAACUCUGGCUCAAGAAGGAUCCUAAAGCAUCUUAUGAGCUCUGGAAAAAAUGUCUCCCUGCAAGAGGUAAAUAAUAUGGUUGAUUAAAAACAAUAUUCAGAGGUGUGUUUAUCCAGAUCAACCUGAAAUUUCGAAUUUUUUAACCUGAAGAGGUGACCAACUGGAUUUGAAACAUCUGCAAGAACAUGUUUAAAUGUAGGGGGUAAUACAGUUGUGGUCAAAAGUCUUGCCCUUGUAAAGUACAUAAUGUCAUGGCCGUCUUGAGUUUCCAAUAAUUCCUACAACUUUUAUUUCUUUGUGAUAGAGUGAUUGGAACAAAUACUUCUUUGUCACAAAAAAUAAAAUCAUGAAGUUUGGUUCAUUUAAGAAUUCAUUAUGGAUCUACUGAAAAUGUGACCAAAACUGCGGGGUCAAAAAUAUACAUACAGCAAUGCUGAUAUUUAGUUACAUGUCCCUUGGCCAUUUUCACUUUAAUUUUGGUAGCCAUCCACAAGCUUCUGGUUGAAUCUUGAACUGAACUGAAACAAUCGGGACACUUGUGCAUUAUGUCUCUGUGUAUGCUACUAUAUAAGCCCCAUCUUCAUCUCUUCUCCUACCUUAUUACAUUUACCCUCUCUCUCUUGCUCUCUCUCACCCUCACUCUCUCUCUCUCUCUCUCUCUCUCUUUUUUUUUCUUUCUUCCCUAAUGUUAAGUCAUAUAUUAAAUUAUGAAAUCUUGUUUUUUUUCUUCAAUUUUUAAAAUCAAGUAAACCCAUUAAAAUUCCAGUCAUAUCAUACAUUAACAAUAUAACAAUGUGAAGGAUAUGCUGCAUGUUGCUGGAUCUUCCUUCUCUUGAUACCAACAGGCCAGGAGACCACACCAAAGCCUCAGGGGAAGGCUGAGUUGCGAAGGCAGUACCUGCUUGAAAAGUAUGUGUGGAAGUGGAAGCAGUUCAUGAGGUCAAGGAAAGGUGAAAGUCUCUUCCCUCGCCUGCUUAAGCUGAGCCACAAUAACUGGCUGCGACAGGUACCAAUUAUAUAGAUUUGUGGUGCAACAUAUUGCAGGGGUCAUUGCUGCCCUACAUUCUACAAGCGAAGUCCAAGACACUUGAUAAGAUAAUUUAUUAAAUUAAAUUGUGUUUUUUGCAGGUCUUAUUUACACCCGCCACUCAGGCAGCCAGGCAGGCGGCUUGCACAAUUGUGGAAGCCCUAACCACAAUUCCUAGCCGCAAGCAACAAGUUCUAGACCUGCUUACCAGGUACAAACCUAAAACAGAUUAGAAAGUCUGUGAUCUUAUCAUACUGUUCAAACACAUGUGGAUGAACUUUUAUGAGACUGAUGAAGAAUGUUUUUAGAGUUUAAGUUGGAAAUGGCAUGUUGUCUUAGUAUGUAUGUUGUCAGCAUAAAUUAUAAUGAAACCCAUUGAAGGGUAUCAGGCAAAUCAAGAGAAUUUUGUCUUUAUAAGGGAGUUUAAAAAUUUUUUAGUUAUCAUCAAGAAACAAUGAAGUAAUUAAAUCCCAAGUAUCAGUGUGUGCAAUAACUCCUACUGUGUUAUUUGCCAGCUAUCUUGAUGAGUUGAGUAUAGCUGGAGAGUGUGCUGUUGAGUACCUGGGUCUCUAUCAGAAGUUGAUAAAACCAACACACUGGAAGGUUUACCUCGCAGCCCGUGGAGUUCUGCCAUAUGUAGGCAACCUGAUCACCAAGGUAUGUGCCUGAAAUUAAAACAAUAUUAUUUUCUUGUAAGUGAGCUUCAUUUUCUAUCUAAUUUCUGUGUGGACUGCUGAUACCCCUGAAGUACUUUUUAACCUCUAAUCUUGAGUAUAUUUAUACAGUAAGUUCAAAUGGUUAUUCCAAUUCUCUGUUUAGGAAAUAGCCAACCUGCUGGCCCUGGAAGAGGCCACACUGAGUACAGACUUACAGCAGGGCUAUGCCUUAAAGAGCCUGACAGGUAUGCUAAUGUUAUUCCUGGUGUUUUUUUGGCUUUGAAAAUAAACAUGGCAAUGUUAUUACUGCAGGGUCCGGUUUCAAAACCAUUACAAAUUAAUUAAAAAAUACUGCAGUUGUAACUCUUACCUCUGAACUUCAUUUCAUGUGUCUUUCUUAAGAUUUGAAUGAUUGAUCUUUUUUUGCUGCCAUUGCAGGAUUGCUCUCUUCAUUUGUGGAGGUUGAGUCCAUCAAACGGCAUUUCAAAAGCAGGUUGGUUGGUACAGUGCUCAAUGGCUACCUGUGUCUGAGAAAACUGGUGGUGCAGCGCACCAAGCUCAUCGAUGAGACUCAAGACAUGCUGCUGGAGAUGCUGGAAGACAUGACAACAGGUUUGCACUAAAGUCGUAGCAAAGAUGUAAUGAUACAACGAUACAAGAUGUACUUUCAUCCUUUUUUUGUUGUUGUUGUGUUUUGUUUCAUGGCACUUCUUUAGCUUUAUACUUGGCAACAUGAAAGGGAAUUGAGCUUAAUUAUGAUUCGGACAAGAAUCAAAUAAUCAAAAUAGCUGUUGCAUUUCUUAAAAGAAAAGGUAUAGAUUAAAUAAAUAUAUCUAUAGUCCGCACGAGAAAAUUUUCAUGUCAUUUGUGCCUUAAAUGUGCUUGCUUGUAUAUACAAAAUACCAAUAUUGCACACCUUGCCGUGGUAUUUACAGGUACAGAGUCUGAAACCAAGGCAUUUAUGGCGGUGUGUAUAGAGACUGCCAAGCGGUACAAUCUGGAUGACUACCGGACACCAGUUUUCAUCUUUGAGAGACUUUGCAGCAUCAUCUAUCCUGUGAGUUACUUUAACUUUUGUUAAUUCAAAUGAAAAAAUCCUACAUGUAGCACACAAAGGAAAAAAGCAGACAUACAGCUGCAAAUACAUUUUCAUCAGGACCUUGUGUUUCAUCUUUGUGUUUAGGAGGAAAAUGAGGUGACAGAAUUUUUUGUCACGCUGGAGAAGGAUCCUCAGCAGGAGGACUUCUUGCAGGGCCGCAUGCCGGGAAACCCCUACAGCAGCAAUGAGCCUGGUAUUGGCCCUCUAAUGAGGGACAUCAAGAACAAGAUCUGCCAAGAUUGUGACCUGGUGGCACUUCUUGAAGAUGACAGUGGCAUGGAGGUACAAAAAAAAUGCAUAUGUAAUUUAUUCUAAGCCCUUUCUUAACUUGACAUUUUAUUGUUUGUUGUCACCUUUUACCAAGGGUUCUAUAUCUUCAAGUCCUCAAAACUGACCUUUUUCUAGAAGUAUUUUUGAUGCCAAUCUGUUUUACUCAGCUUCUGGUGAACAACAAAAUCAUCAGCCUGGAUCUGUCUGUGGCAGAGGUUUACAAGAAGGUCUGGUGCCCUACAAAUGAGGUGAGAAAAUUUUUUUACUAGGAGCCAGUGGUCUUUUUCAGGAGCCUUUUGGAUUGUGUGGGUUGGUUCUACAUAUAUGAAGCAGUUAAGAUAUUCAUCUUGUAACUGCCACUGGUGUUAAUCAUUGAUCCUGCAUACUGUUUUUUUUCUGAAGGGUGAGCCGAUGAGAAUCAUCUACCGCAUGAGAGGUCUGUUGGGGGAUGCCACUGAGGAGUUCAUAGAGUCACUGGACUCAACUACAGGUUAGAUCUACAGACAUUGCCUUACUAAAUAGUGUGAGUCAAACACAGUUUGGUGGGUGUAUCUGACGCUAUGGUCUUUGUCCUGACUAUGUCAUAUAUGGUAGUUAAGGGUGUCUGCGGGGUCUUAAAAAGUGUUAAAAGUUGAUAAAUCACUUGUGGAAAAAUUAAGGAAAGCGACCUUGAGUAGGGAGCUGGGGUGCUGAAGUGAGUGGCACACCAAGCAGCUUCAUACACAGCUCCUCCUGGAAAGCCUGGCAUGUCAUGGGCUUCCUCUGCUGUGUCUGGCUGAUCUCUUUGUGGAGGAUAUAGCUGUUUGUAGCAGCUAUAUUCAGGGCAUUGUCUGAACAUAGCUUUUUUUGUUCAGGGCAUUGUCUGUAGUUUUUGGGACACCAACUUUAUUAUUAUUAGUGACCUGAAGCUGGGAAUAAAUAUCAAGAGUGUGCAAACUAUUUACUUAGUGUGUUUGGGAUGGAAACACCCGUCUCCUCCUGCAUCUCCAUCUCUUCUCCCUCCUCCACAAAUCAAGUUGGAAGUCUCCUCUUCCUCACAAAUCUCCUCGAAAUUUCUCCCUCCCCUAUCUACACAGUUACUUUUAAUACUACUAAUAUACACUAAAGGAACUAACAUAAAACACAGGUGCUUCGGCCAGACCACGGCACAAAACAUGGCUAAAUGACACUCAAAACCUACAGAAUAAACACAAUACAAAAAAUAUUAAUAUAAUAUAUACAAAUCUAAACUGCUAAUAUGCCUCUAAAACUCUGCUAAACUCGGAUCUGCACUCUCUGCACCCUCUGACGUCUCUCUCUUAUCGUAUCUCUUGUCCCACAACUCAGUUUAGGACAGCACAGGCAUCAAUGCCACUACUGUAAUGUACCAUACAUCAGCGCAAAGUUUAGAGUCUCAACUUUCAGAAUCUGCUGGAAUUUUGUCAAUAGCGCAAAUAGUUGAAGAGUUGCAGUGAUUCUAAGUGUGCAUGUCAUUUUCUGUCACCAGCAACAGCUCCAGCUUAAGAGAGUUAAAAUGUAUCAAAAAGUCUUUGGUGCGAUUUUAUGUGGUAUUAAAUCUGAUUGAUAUUCAAGCUUUGACUUAAGAUAGUACCAUGAAUAUUCAUUUUCCUCAUCAUGACUAUUACAAACAAUGAUGUGCCAAUGGCAUACUCAACGCUAGAUCACCUUAGGGCCACACUCUUAUGGGCGCGACCUCAGGCGACAGCGUGUGUUAUGGCCUCAGAUAUGAUAAAGAGUAGACGCCCCAUCGACCGCUAUUUCCUGUUGGCGUUGAUGUGCAGUGAGGCCACCAUCUUUAGCCGGCCCGCUCAGUGCAGUUUGACAAGCACAGUGAUGUGUCAGCGCAUUCAAUUAGUCAUUACUCGCUAAAAACUAAACUUAAGUCCAAAAUAGGCUGCCAUGUUUCGUAGAAUCCAUAAACUGACCCUUGAGUGGUUGGACUCCCAGUUCAACAAGAUAAGGCAUUUUGCAAAUAAAGAUGCUGCCCAAUAGUAUAAGAAAAUGUUAGGAAGAGAAAUUCUUUUUACUCUAGGACUUUUUUUUUAAUUUCACACAAAGGUGUCUAUAUGUUUAUAAAACUCUUUAAAAAAGUUUUGGAGAUAAAGACUAUUGGUGCUGUUUGAAAAUAUAUGUAUAAAAAUCUUGGCAGGACUAACAUUUUUACCCAAUUUAUUUUCCCUGCUAAGGAUAUGAGGCGGGAGCCCCAUCUUUGCAGAUCUAAUUUAGCUUUCUCCAGAGCAGGUUUAAAGUUGUAUUUAAAGAGGUCAGCGUAUCUCCUGGUAACAGUUACUCCAAGAUAUAUAAAGCUUUCCCAGCUUACCUGGAAUGGACAGAGCUCAUAUGACAUCAACUUAGCUGCUUCGUUAACAGGGAAAAGCAGACUUUUCACAGGAGUAAUCUUAUAUCCAGAUAUUUUCCCAAUCUCCAUCAUUAACACUUAAAAAUGUAGGUAUUUCCUACAGAGAAAUUGCCAAGAAAGUCAAGGUGUCAGUGAGUAAAGUUUCUUUUACCAUCAGAAGGCACUCAGAAACUGGGGGUAAUGCUGACAGGCAGAGGUCCGGCAGACCCAAAGCCACAACAGCAUCAGAAGACAAGUUUCUGAGAGUUAACAGCUUGCGUGAUAGGCGGCUCACAGGACACAGCUUCAAGUACAGCUUAAUAGUGGUCGCAGUAAGCCAGUCUUAGUUUCAUCUGUGAAGAGAAGACUUUGAGUUGCAGGUUUGAUGGGUCGAGCUGGGAGAAGGUGUUAUGAACUGAUGAAUCAAAAUUCUAAAUCUUCGGUCCAUCGCGCAGGAUUUUUGUACGCCGUUGAGUAGAUAAAAGGAUGGUUCCCCAGUGUGUGACGUCAACUGUCAAACAUGGAAGAGGAAGUGUGAUGGUCUGGGAUUGUUUGGCUGGAUCCAGAGUAAGCUUGAAAACAUGGAGUGGCCAGCAUAGUCUCUAGACAUGAACUCCAUCAAGCUGGAUUGGGAUAUACUGGACAGAAGAGUGAAAGCAAAGCAAACCUACAAGUGCUACACUUUUGUGGAAACCUUUGCAACAGAGUUGGGAAGAACUUUCUGAAGAAUAUUUGAUUUCUGUUGUAAAAAAAAUGCCAUGAGUGUGUGCAGCUGUUAUAUCUGCCAAAGGUGGAUACUUUGAUAAGUCCAAAGUUUAGAAUACAAUUUUGCUUCUAUAGUGGAGCAGAGAAGUGAAAUAAUCAUUCAGUUGGUGAAACAAGCAUGAAAAUUGGCAUUAGAAUUUUUCAUUGGUCACUUUACUAGGAAUAUAUAUAUAUAUACACACACACACACACACACACACACACACACACACACACACACACACACUAAAGGUCUAUUUACAACGUAAAAAAGAGCAGGGGUAAAAUCAAACAAAUCCAAACUUAAAGAACUAAAAAGGAUGCAGGGUUAUUAUGUCUGUAGGUAGGAGAACCAGACCAAGAUGCUAGCCGUAUUGCACACACCCUAGCAGCUGAUGAGGCAUCUACUUUUUAUGGUGUCUAUGGAUAAGCAGGUUGAAGUGCAAGAAGAAAACCUGGAUGGAGAAAAACUUUAAAUAAAAGGUAGCGUUUCAUAUUUUGAGACUAUUAAGUUGUUUUUGGUUAAGUAUUAAGUUUCAUAUUUGUCAAAGAAACAGGUUGAGCCAGCAAAAGGAAUAUUUGGACAGUACAUUUUUUCACCUUUGUUCAUUGUUUACUGUUAUUUUUGGUUUUAUUUUAUUUAUUUUUUCAUUUUAAAAAAGUCUGACGUAAAGUAUCCCAUGUGUGCACUGUGAAAUAAUCCCUUCUACGCUUGCAUAGGCGCGCAAGUGUACAUGUUGGCGCACACACUAAAGUGAUAUGGCACAGAUCUGGUUCAGGGUACUGAUCAGGCACUGACAACAUACCUACCCAAGCAGUCUACAGCCUAAAAAAUGCACCUUAGUUUAAUAUAUUCUUCAGGCUUUAUUCCUUCUCAGUUUACCUCAUUUCUGUUGAACUGCAAACUACAACUGUUAAAAAUGAGUUGUCAACAACAGCUAAAACUGGUGAUGAGGUCUUAAAAUUUUAUAAAAGGUUUUUAAAAAAAGUCUUAAAAAGGUAUUGAAAUCAACCUCAGGAUUCCUGCAUAUACCCUGUAGUUACUGUUGACCAAUAUCUGAGCCAUCAGUCUCAUGGACAUACUCUAUUCUAUCUCAAGUGUACGUAUUAUAUUCUGUGUCCGUGUUAUAAAGGCACGGAAACGACAAACUUACUGUAUUUCAUCCAAAUGCAAUAAACUGUUAUCUGAUCUGAUCACAGAUGAAGAGGAGGAUGAUGAGGAGGUGUACAAGAUGGCAGGGGUCAUGGCACAAUGUGGCGGACUGGAGUGUAUGCUCAACCGGCUGUCUGGAAUCAAAGAUUUCAAACAAGGAAGGCAUCUGUUGACCGUAAGACAGCAUGUUUUUUCCCUUCAGAUUCUUUUUAAGCCAAAUGGUAAUCUUAAUUCAUACCCUCAGAGCCCGCAGAAACAUUUCUCAAACUAAGGAACAAAGUUUUUGAUACUGUCUCAAAAGUAGCUUAUGUGUUUUAAACAAGCACAAGGAGGUUUAACUUUGGGAGGUCUUCACAAUUUUGUCAUGGCUUCACUUGCAGGUUUUGCUGAAGUUGUUCAGUUAUUGUGUAAAGGUUAAGAUCAACAGACAGCAGCUGGUUAAACCUGAGAUGAACACACUCAACGUCAUGCUGGGAACUCUAAACCUGGUGAGUAUCACAGUCACAAUUUUUAAUAUCUUUAACAGGUUUUGAUCAUACAGUUGUUCCGGUUCUUCGUUAGUGGUUUAGAAAUUCAGUCUGCUAUUCUUCCCUUCUCUUUUAGGCCUUGGUGGCAGAGCAGGAGAGUAAAGACAGUGGUGGAGCCUCAAUAGCGGAGCAAGUUCUUAGUAUCAUGGAGAUAAUUCUGGAUGAAGCAAAUGCAGAGAUCUCCGAGGACAAGGUAAGAAUUUAAGGAAGGUUCAAUCUUGUAGUAAAGGAAACCAAACAAACUUGCUCACCACACAAUAUUCAAGCCAGAAGCGUUUUUGAAUGCUUUGGUUUAACUGGGGCUGGUUUAUCUUUGCAGGGCAAUUUACUGCUGACAGGGGACAAAGAUCAGCUGGUCAUGUUGCUAGACCAGAUCAAUACCCCAUUUGUGCGCUCCAACCCCAGCGUGCUACAGGGUCUGCUGCGCAUCAUCCCAUACCUUUCCUUUGGUGAACUGGAGAAGAUGAGGAUUUUGGUGGAACGCUUUAAACCAUGUUGCAGCUUUGACAAGUCAGCAUUUCUUGGCUUUUGAUUUAGCUGAUAUUUAAAUUUAUUUUAGCUGUAGCUGUUACCAAAUAUAGUUACAGUUUUAAAUCAGGCUGUGUAAUAACUUAUGCCAGUUUCAGAGCAAUGCCUUAUCAGAGAAUGUUUUAGUAUUAAUGUUUGCCUUUGUCUCCUCAGGUAUGAUGAGGAGCACAGUGCAGAUGACAAAGUGUUCUUGGACUGCUUCUGUAAAAUAGCUGCAGGAAUCAAAAACAACAGCAAUGGCCAUCAGCUGAAGGAUCUUAUUCUUCAGAAAGGAAUCACUCAGAGUGCACUGGACUACAUGAAAAAACAUAUCCCAAACGCCAAAAAGUAGGUCUUUUCUCAGCACAGCAUGUAAUGGUCUCUUUAAAACCUUCAAUUCAAUAAAAUACUGUAAGAGCUUGAUUGUCUAAAACAUGAAUUUUGUUCUGAAUUCUUAUAAGUCUGGAUGCAGAUGUUUGGAAGAAGUUCCUGUCCAGACCAGCUCUACCCUUCAUUCUCAGAUUGCUCCGUGGUUUGGCUACUCAGCAUCCCCCCACACAGGUAUUAGAUGUAGAGCCCCAUCAUAUUCAAAUAUGGGAGACUGGUUACUUUCCCACAGAUUCCACGUAUGCAAAAGAACUUAACAAGAUGGACUAUUUCAACAUAUGUACAAGCUUGCAAACUCAGUUUCAAAAACUUUUUCAAAUAAACUUCCAUGACUGAAUGUUAUUUUGUGUUCUGCUCAGGUAUUGAUUGGCACAGAUUCCAUAACGAACUUGCACAAGCUGGAGCAAGUGUCCAGUGAUGAAGGUAUUGGUACACUGGCAGAGAACCUCCUGGAGGCACUGAGGGAACACAAUGAUGUCAACCUGAAGAUUGAAGCAGCCCGUAGGGAAACCAGAGCUGAGAAGAAGCGUAUGGCUAUGGCCAUGAGACAGAAGGCCCUAGGAACACUGGGCAUGACGGUAUUCUUUCUCUAAUGAUUACCUUUUCUGUUGUAAACUUUUUUUUUUUUUUUUAAUAAUCAGAUUUUAUUCCAUUUUUAGAACAUAACAACAAUACAGCAUUGCAUACAUCAAUAAGGUCUGAGCAAGUGGAAACAGAUGAAUAAGCAGAACUCAGUAAAAAAAAAAAAAAAAGGGGGGGAAACGUAAAACAUGUAAAAAUAAAUAAAUAAAUAUCUACAAACUAAUAUAUAUAUAAAAAAGAAAAAAAGGAGAAAAAAAAAAAAAAAAAAAGGAGAAACUGUUGUAAACUUUUCUGUUGUUGUAUUUAUCUAUUUCUGUCUGCUCCUCUCCCCUUUCUUCAGUAACACAACCAUGUUGGUAAAUUUGGAAUUUCACAUUUUAAAUCUUUAUCUUUUUAGACUAACGAGAAGGGUCAAGUGGUGACCAAGACUUCCCUGUUGAAGCAAAUGGAGGAACUCAUAGAGGAGCCGGGCUUGACCUGUUGCAUCUGUAGAGAGGGUUACAAGUUCCAGGUACACAACUUAAAUGAGAUUUUUGAUGGAUAAAUCCAUACCUUCAUGACCAUGUGAAUCACAGUCAACUUGACAGAUCAGUUUUCUCUUGUGGUGUCUGCAACUUUGAUUCUUGCUGGUUGUAGACUUAAAUGAAAGCUAGUGGAAAAGCAGAAAAUGAAAUGGAACUAUUGGCAACACAGUUGUAAAUGUUAAAAAAUAUGUAAGUAAUAUUUAUCUCUCUUAUUUAUUCUAGCCAACCAAAGUCCUGGGUAUUUACACUUUCACAAAGCGUGUGGCCUUGGAGGACUUUGAAAACAAGCCUCGUAAGCAGCAGGGCUACAGCACUGUGUCGCACUUUAACAUAGUCCACUAUGACUGUCAUCUUGCAGCUGUCAGGUAACUCACGCUUACCAUUCAGCUCUUAAGGUUGAGAAUAUACUCUCAGAUAAUACUUUGAUUAAAAUGUAUUCUUAUCUCAUCUACAAUUAUUGUUUUUCCUCUGAGCAGGCUGGCUCGUGGGCGAGAGGAAUGGGAGAGUGCUGCUCUCCAGAACGCCAACACCAAGUGCAAUGGGCUGCUUCCUGUUUGGGGGCCACAUGUGCCAGAAUCAGCUUUUGCUACAUGUUUGGCAAGGUAAAAAAAAAAAUUCAUAAUCACACAUGCAGCAACCAAAAAUUUUUUUUUUUCUCAUGGUAAAUUUUUUCCAACUGAUUUCUCUCUGCUGCAAAGGCACAACACAUAUCUGCAGGAGUGCACAGGCCAGCGGGAGCCAACGUACCAACUCAACAUCCAUGACACCAAACUUCUGUUCCUCCGCUUUGCCACUGAGCAGUCUUUCAGUGUGGAUACAGGAGGAGGAGGGCGGGAGAGCAACAUCCACCUCAUUCCCUACAUCAUCCACACUGUGCUCUAUGUCCUCAACACGUAUGUACCCUUGGCUGGAAAAGAAAAAGAAAUCAAUCCAGUGUCAGGUGUAGGGAUAAAGACAGCAUUACAAGUUGACCAACAUUCAGCUGAUUUUUCUCAAUAUUUGGGCUCAUCUUACUGUGCUCUCUUCACCCUGUCACUUACUGCAGCACAAGGGCUACAUCCCGGGAGGAGAAGAACCUGCAGACUUUUCAGGAACAGCCCUGUGAAAAAUGGGUCGAGAGCUCAUACGAUGUUGAAGGACCGCACUAUUUCACCAUUUUGGCCAUGCACAUCAUGCCACCAGAACGCUGGAGGACUUCACGGAUAUACUUCCUACGGAGACUCCUGGUCACUGCGCACACCCGCAAGGUCAUGGCAGUCUGCACCAACAAGUAUGAAACUUGAUGUUUUUUCCCCUUUUUUUUUUCCUCAACUGAUCACGGCUGGUUGGGGGGGGCGGGCGCGGACACCCUCCAAGGGGUGCAAGCACGGGACUGGAGGCGGGGGUGGGGACCAAGCAAGCAGGACAAAAAAUACAAAACUUCCUGAUCUCAGUCCAACACAUCCGAGCGGAGAUGUAACUGAUCAAACCUUGAGGAAACAUUUCUUACCUUCACCCUGGUGUCUACAACAGUCAGCAUUGUCAGUCAUCCAGCUCCAACAGUUUAAUGAUCCACCGAUAUUAUUCCCAUAUUUACAUCCCCUUUCUUGCGGUCAGCACGUUUCAUCUAUUUUCAUUGUGUGAAAAAAGUUUAAGCACACUUAAGCUUCAAGUGUCCCGAUAGAGGCCGACAGGAGGAGCAUCUCUGGCUGGUACCUCAUGGAUGAGACGCUGACCGCGAGGAAGGGGUUGUAAAUGGGAUGUAAACAGGAUGUAAACGGAAAUAAUAUUGGUGGAUUAUUAACCUGUUGGAGCUGGAUAACCAAUGCUGACUGUUUUAGACACCAGAGCAAAGGUAGGAAAUUUUUCCCUCCGUUAUUUUAUGUCAGAUCCCCGUUAAACAGUGGUUUAAUGAGCUGCUGUGAAACCUGUAGCUUGGUGAACACAGGUGUGUCUGUGUGUCUGAGAGGGGCUGUUUUGCUCUGACAGGUGUGUUAAUGAGGGAGACAGGUGAUGAAGUUUAUUACACUUAAUACCAAUUUUUACAUUUGAUCCCUGCUGCUGUGUGUGCGUGUGUGUGCGUGUGUGUGUGUGUGUGUGUGUGUGUGUGUGUGUGUGUGUGUGUGUGAAUAAACGGAUCCUCACUGCAUUGAACCACCUUUGGAGGGGCCCAGCUUGAACCCCUGCCCUAAAACAAUUAUUCAAUAAAAUCUCUUCAGUAUGGGUCUGGUCAAACAAAAAUGUUCUUUUUCAAAUUAGCUGAGUUCCUUGGAUUAAAAAGAUCAGUUUUGGUGGCAGCUGUAAAAUGUUUCAAUUGUGUUUCCUUAGAUUACAUCAGAUCAGAUUAGAUUAGAUUAGAUUAGAUAGAUUUAAUGAGAUUAAAAUUCAGCAUUAGAAAAAAAACGAAUAAUCAAAUAAGAAAGAAAAAUGCAAAAUAUAUAAAGAAUAAAGAUGUUGUAUGAAAAAUGUAUGACAAAUGAAGUAUUUACAUACAAAAAGUGAGAUAUAAAGCAAUAGAAAUUCUUUUCACGCACACUGAAAACCUUCAUGCUAGAUUUCAAAAACAGUUUCCAGUUCUGUAGCUGACCUUGUGAUACUACAUAUAAAAAUUAACUUUUGCUUCUUCUUUUUGUCUUUUAACCCAAAUCCUCACCUUUGUUAUGUUCUUCUCCUUAAUUUCAGACUCACAGAUAAAGCACCAAAGGAAUAUGCAGUCUAUCGCUCACCUCUUCUCUUCUGGGGUCUGGUGGAUCUUGUCUAUGACAUGUUCAGGGUAGGUUAUGCACUUUAAUUUAAAAACAAUAGCUGUGUAACUAAAAUUAUUUGAAGAUUGAAUAUUUGUUUCAGUUAAUUGUUUAUUGAGUCUCAUCUGAUAAAAAGAAUUUUUUUGUGAAAACUGAAUAAAUACUUAAUCCUAUUGAUUAUGCUUAAUCAAAGGUAACAGCGAAUCAAAAAAGUAAAGGUGGACUUACUAAACAUCCAAAUCCAGACAAGUGAAGCUGUAGACGUCUUUUAGUUCACUUUAGCUCAGUAAUAAAUGUAUAUGAUACAACAUUGAUUUCUAGUUUGUUUACUAAAACCAAAGCAAUUCACACCCCCUGUCUUUUCUCCUACCUCUUUUCCCAUCUUCUCUCUGGCUAUACAGAAAGUACCCACCAGCAACACAGAGGGGGGCUGGUCCUUCUCGCUGGCAGAAUAUGUCCGUCACAACGACAUGCCCAUUUAUGAGACCUCAGAGCGUGUGCUUCGGGCCUUCCAGGAUGAGCUAAUGCCCACAGAGUCUUUGUCAGAGUUCUUUGAUGUUGUAGGUCAGUAUACAUGCCUGAUCAUCUCUAGAAGUUCUCAGUUUGACGGAGAGGUUCUGCAACAUUGGGUGCAGCUCUACCGUCAAAAUUUUUGUAUGUCAAAGGGUGAUGUGAAAUUAAAACUUUGUAUAAAUUCCAAACUGGUGUAAGUAUGAUUUCAUUUGUUGUUUCUUUUUCAGGUCUUCUCUCUGAAAUCGCAGACCCAGACCUCUUCCUCCAGGAUCUGUUGAACUCUUUGCCCUGA